CCAGACAAGAACAAUCUUUGGAAAUGGAACACCCAACAUCUGUCUCUCUAUGUGCAUAAUCCCUCGGCCAGGAGAACACAGAUAUAUCUUAGCUGUAACAGUCUCUCAGCCAGGAAACUCUCUAGCCAGCAUAUUAAUGUGAGCAGUCUUUCAGUCAGGAAAACUCUGUCUCUUAGUGUGAAUAAUCUCUCAGACAGUAAAUCCCUUCCAGUCCCCUUUAUCCAACAGUCUCCUAAGAGAAGGGCUCUCUAUAAAAUAAAUAAAUAAACCAGUUAUGAGAACAGCCCUAUUUGUAUUGUGCAGUCAGUAUAAUUAGUCUCUAAGUGAAUGAGAAGAUUGUAACUAUCUGCCCAGCUAACUCUACACAGUGUACUUUGGCAGUAAGUAGCGCUACUUAGCCAUGUUCAGAGCAGUCUCGGAGCAGGAGCUGUCUCCUUCUGCCAGCCCCGUGCAGUCCCCUCUCUAGUGCAACCUUACUCUUGACGCAGUCAUUCCCUCUCUCUCCGGUAGAGUAGCCCGUCGUUCCGGUGGAUCUCUCUUUCUCUCUGAGAUCUCCUUGCUCUAUCCGGCAGUCACUUCGUCUCCGCUUUCCCUGGUGGGAGUCCCUUAAUCCGAGGUCUCUCCGGUGGGAGCUUCUCUGUCUCCGGUCCCUCUGAUGUCUGGGAAGGAUGCGGGCUGUGCUAGAGGAGCUCGGGAUCCGGGUGCUGCUGUUCGGGGUUUUUGUGUAAGUACCGAGACUUCCCUCCGCACCCCCUGAAAGCCCUAUAUCACCCCCAGCUGUAAGUAGGAAGCCUGGGAACUUGAGUUCACGCUGCGUUCUAGUGAUAGAAUGUUGCCUUUGCUAACAUUCCAUUCUGCGUUCUAUGUGCAGUUUCUAUGAUAAUAGAGUGUAUACACAUACAUGCAGUGUAUCACCAUGGAUUUUUAAUCAUAUUAAAUGCUGGUUUUACCUUAUAGCAGAUGUAUAUGACAGUCACAUUGUUCAGUGGAUACAAUCUCUUAUCUUCUUUGCAUUCGAGCUGAGCUAAUCACUUGAUAAGUAUCCUCUUUCAUCCACAGUUAUUCUCUCCAGAUAGUCUUACUCUGAUUCCACACAUUGGGUCUCCUUUCUGUGCCUCUGCAUACUUUUAGGUUUUUCUUAAUCCUCUGUAUGCCUUUGGGGAGAUUAUUAUUUUCUGUAAAAAGCAACCCCAUUGUCUAAAUUAUUAUUCUACAAGUUGAUGAAUGUUGGUCUGUUCUGUAGGUAUGAAGAAUAAUACAAUUCGAUACAGUGCUUCAUACAGUCCAUUCAACUUGCUAGACUGGGUAUUGUGAUUUUGAAUAGUAACUAAUUUAAUCUUUGUUCUUAUUUGUUAAAAUAUGAAUGUACACGUUACUGUUCAAAUAUACUUUUAAAUUCUGCAAAUCGAAGUAUCAGAGUAAUGAAAUAUUAUAGCUUACUCUGGGUUACUUAAUGCCUUGCAAUAUUUCUACGAAACAGAAUAGAGGCAGAAAUACUACUACAUUAGGUGUGACAAAACUAUGAAUACAAUGGUAAAAAAUUGUUGCUAUGGGUGUUUUAAAGGAGUAUGCUAACAUCAAAAUAUGGGAGUGUAAUAUUUAAUACAGUAAAAAAAAGUGUGGUACUUUGUAGUAAAACUGCAGACAAUAUGUGCUAAUUAAUGUGUGUCCAGAUUCAUGGCAUUUUUUUUGAGUUUAUGUAAAGUUUGGGCAUAACCACUUGAGAUUGUAUAUGUGUUAUUUGUUAUCAUGCAGUGUCUGUAAACAUCAAAGAGCAAGUCUUCCAAAAAAGCAUUAACCCCUUUUGCUUUCGAUUUGCAAUGCUGUCUUAUUAGAACAUGCCAUAUUUUGGUGUGUUAUGAGUUUGGUAUGUCAUUAGGGUAAUACUGGAUUAGACAGACUAAAUCAAAUAUCAACCCUUUGGAUGAUUCCAUAUCCAACACUUAUUAUGCUCAGGAUUUGAUAUCCAACAUCUAUUAUGCUCUGGAUUGUAAUGAGUUGAAAUUCACAUUCCACUUAGACACAGGCAGCUUUGCCUGUCUGUCAGGCUUCUUGUAAAUGUUAACCUUCAGGUAGGCUCUCUGAUCCUGCCAUGGACAAUCAUGACUAACCUGACCCUCCCCACUUAAAUAUUUAGAACUUUUUUUUUUACUACUAUUUUUAACAGUACUUAGUUAUAAAGUAACAAACUAUAAAAGAUAAUCAUUUGUAAGUUCAUAUAUUAGAAUUUGCAGCAUAGUUUUGACAAUAAAAACCUGUUUGAAAGUGUGUUUUUAUUUUGUAAUUAAAUUAUUCUUAAAGGGAAUAACAAUAUAGAUCACAAGGAGUUUAGUUAUGGUGUGUAAUGCAUCCCGAUUUUAUUAUUCAAUCUAUAUGACGCAUUUUUCUUAUUUACUUGAAACCCCAAAAGACUUGAAAUCACCCUACUGUAAAAAUGCAUUACAUUUCUGACAAAUGUGCUAAAAGGCAACAGAUUGUGUAUCAGGCAACAGCACUAAAAACUUAGCACAGAAAAGUAGCUAUUAGGUUAUUUACACUUGAAAUUAUAAAUAUAGAUACACACAUCUAUUCAAUAUACACAAAUAUCAUACAAAAUCCAACACACUCACUAAACCACAGAUUUAAUGCUCACAAAAUGUACCAGUUUUCAAAACACCGGACUUCGCCAAUGUAUUCCAAUUUUGGCAGGUCCUAUUCUAGCAACCUAAUGCCAACUCUCAUGAAAUAAACAUACUUGGGAACUAAUUCUCCUGGGACUUUAGUGAGUAAGUGCUUUGGAUCUUGUAUGUUAUAGCAAUUUGUCCCAGCUGCACCCUUAUAAUGUAUGCAUUUUGAGGUGAGUGGAGCCUUUCUGGUUGAAUUUUUUAUUUUCAUUAUUUUCAAUACUUUCAAAGUGGCAAAAUAGCGUGGGGUAGCCAACCACUCCGCUAUUGCGCUAUGGUGUAUACAAGAAGAAUAUGUAGUAAAUAAAUGUAUUUUUAUCGGGUGUAGCAGCACCCGUACAGUUUGCAGUAUAUAAUUCAAGUGUAUACAUUUUGUUGUCAAUAGUUGUACAUUUUGAGUAUCUUGUAUAACUGGGUAGCCUAUCCCGUUCCUCACCUGCGGUUGUUCGCCAAUAUAUUCUAACUUUUAACCCUGAAGUAUAUGUAGAGAGUCAACAGGGUGAGGCAAUCUUGGUCAUGGGGCACCGCGAUAAGGUAAUAAUGCACUUUCAAGAAGGUGGGUUGCUGCAUCUGGUGCUCCAUGUGGACAAACAGUGUCUUAAAGCCUCAGCUUCUUUCUUGGGGCUGUAUUGGCCUGCAUACCUAGUGUUGUCCGUACGAGAUAGCAGAGAGAAGGUCAGUAACUGGGGGGCGGGGGAGUAAGCCCCAGAAUAGCAGAAAGUCUGUGAGGGUAGAAAAGAUGAGGGGGGGUCCCCCGCUAAGCAAGAAGGGGGGGUUCCUCGCAUAGGACGAGUGCCCCCCCGCCCACUUCACCUUCACUUCUGUCGCUUAAGUCACUUUGUAACCAUGGCUUCCACUUUUUCUAACUUUUUUAGGGAGCCUCGUGUGAUGGCAGUCAAUUUGUCCAUGAGGUAGGUUUCCUUAGUUUCUUUGUAUAACUAAGGACAUGGGUGGUGCGUCUUGUUUGAGCCAGUUCUGUGCUAGGGCUAAUCUUGCCGCCAACGCGAGUUUGUGCAAUAGUGUUGCAUUGGAAAAUUUGUGCUAUGAGGCCUCUCACUUUUUGCCAGAAGGACUUUGCUACUGGGCAUUCCCACCACAUGUGGAUGUAUGACCCUUUGGUCCUGCACUGCGUCCAGCAGAGGUCGUUUGGUAUUUUGCCCAUGCGGUAUAACUGUAUUGUACUACAAUAUUGUUUUAUAUGUUUGUUCCUGAAGUGAUCUGCAAAUUUAGACAGCUGUGUUGGCCUCCUAGAUAUCCUGCCAGUCCGUGCCUGCCAAAGUUUCCCCCAGGUCAGUCUCCCACUGCUCUUCAUAUGUCAGUUUUCCCCAUUCAGUAGAGUUGGAUGCUAUCUGUGCGUACAGUGAUAAGAUCGACUCCUUAAGACACAUGUGUUCAAAUCUUGUCAUCUGUUGUUUCGUGGCUUCUCGUGUCUGUAUUUGGCCUACAAAAUCCUUGAGUUGUAUGUACCGAAAUAAAUCUUCCGGCUUAAGAGUUGUUCUUUCCGAGAGCUCAUCGAACGAGAUCACUCUGUCGCCGGUGCUCAUGAGCCAGAGUCUUUGUAGCCCCAUGUAUUCCAGGUUUUUAAAGUCUCUGGCCCUCAUCUCCGGGGGGAAGGCCUUAUUUCUGAGUAAGGGUAGAAUUGGAGAGGGGAGUGUUGCUAAGCUGUACUUCUGAGCAUAUUUGUCCCAAAUUCUUAUUGAGUUCAGGACCGCCGGGCACUCUGUACGCAGGAUAACUGUAUGUUCUUUGGGCAGCCAAAUGUAGAAUUGUGGCAGAUCUGACCCCAUUUUCUCUUUGGGCAGCUAAGUACUAGUAAAAGAGGUUAGGUAGUCCCAGACCUCCGGUGGCCUUUGAUCGGUAAAGUAUGUUGCGUGAUAUCCUGUGUCUUUUUUUGCUCCAUAUAAAAUCUCUGAUUGCCUUUUGCAGUGGGGCAAGACCAGAUUUUGUGAAGGGAUCGGGAGGACCUGAAACAAGAAAAGGGUACAUGGGAACACGUUCAUUUUAACUGAGUGUAUCCUGCCGAUCCACGAGAUUGGUUUGUCUACCCACUCAUCUAGGUCAGUCUACCCACUCAUCUAGGUCCUGCAUUGAUGAUUUGAACAUAGGUACAUAAUUUUGUGCAUAAAAUUGAGUUGGGUCAGCUGUCAGGUGUACCCCUAAGUUUUUAAUCAUUUUGCGAUUCAUUUGGAUGUGAUGUGUUGUGAUGAUACUGGUCAUAUCUGUGUCUGACAUGUUGAGUGGGAGGGUGCUGGCUUGCCGAGGUUGACUUUGUACCCCGAUAGCUUACCAUAUUCCGCUAGGGUCUGUGUCAGUGUUGGCAUCAAGACUUCGGGUCGCGUCAAGGUGAGGAGGAUGUCAUUAGCAUAUGCCGAUACUUUGAAUUGCUCCCCCCCAUUGUCACCCCGUGGAUGUCUGGGUGGGACCUGAAUUUGUGAAGUAAGGGUUCUAGCGCUAGAAUGAAAAGUAAAGGGAAAAGUGAGCAUCCCUGCCUAGUUUCGUUGCUCAGAUUGAAGGGAGUUGGGGGCACCGCUAAUCUGAUUUGUGCCUUGACGUCCACGUACAUUUCCCGGAUGGACGCUAUAUAAGGAUCUGGGAGUCCCAUCUGCAACAGGAGAGUGAAUAGGUACGGCCACCUGACGCUGAGAAGGCGUUCGACAGGGUCUAGCGACAGGAUCAGGGAUGGCUCUCUCGUCGUGUUUUGUCUCCAUAUUAAAUCUACAUUACGUGUCAUGUUUUUGAAGAGCUGUCACCCCUGGACAAAACCCACUUGGUCCACUUAGACCACGGAUCACUCGCAGCGGAUUCAGUCGUGUCGCCAGUAUUUUUGCUAAAACCUUGACAUCGUGAUUUAGGAGUGAGAUGAGUCUAUAGUUAGGGUCUAUAGUUACUGGGAUCAAAGUCGCUGUCUACUUGGUCUUCCUCCAUCAGAUCGUUGAACCAUAUCUUCAUGUACGGUACCAACUACUAUAUAAAGUUCUUAAAGUAACUGUCAUCUAGUCCAGGUGAUGGAGUUGGCGGUGUCAUGUGUUUUUAACUGCGAGGUGCAGGCUAAGUAGCUUUUGUGUAUUGUGUUGCGCAGGGUUUUUUUUGUGCCGUUGUUCUGCUGUGCGGAGGGAGUAGAGCUGGUUGUGUAGUUUCUGCAUUUUCUGUUUCUUUUUAAGGGUUGCUGGUUUGAAUUAAGGUCCCUCGAAUGACUGUCUUAUGGGCUGCCCAUACCGUGGCUGGUGGGGUUUCUGCACUACCGUUUAGGAUAACGUAAUCGUGGAAUUUUUUUUUACUGCCUCAAUCACCUCUGGGUCUCUUAUUAGUGCCGAGUACAGUUUCCAGUUCCACGGUGUGGCCACGCAGAGGUUAUCUAGGGUAAGCGUUAUAUCGGCAUGGUCCAACCAUGUGAUUGAGCCUAUGCUGGUCUUUGUUACCCAGGGCACUGCUACAUCAUUGAUAAGUGAGUAAGUGUGGUGGGAUGCUGAAUAGAACGUGUAGUCGUUUGUGCCUGGGUGAUGAGCUCUCCAUAUGUCUAUUAGUCCGGUGCAUUUAUUGAAGAGAUUGAGCAGUUUAUCCUGGGAGCCCUUACCCUGGGAUCACACCUGUCCAGGUGUCGUACACCUAUCUAUGACUGGGCUUGGGGUGGCGUUGAAAUAUCCCCCCAUUACCACCUGACCAGAAGGUUGGGUUAUGAUCGUUCGGGGUGUAUACAUUAAUGAGGUGGGUAGUAUAGGAGUAGAGGUUGCCAGAAAGUAUGAGAUAUCUUCCCCCCCCCCCCCAGUCUGAGACGGCCUGUGUCACCUGAAAUGGGCAUCUGUUAUGGAUUAGAAUGGCCAUGCCAUUCCGUUUCCGAAAUAUUUGGGCUUCGUAGACUGAGCUAUAGACGUGAUCUCUCAUUGCCACUAGAAACCCUUGAGGCAAGUGCGUAUCUUGUAAGAAGGCUAUAUCAGAGAUUAUUCGUUUGAGCUCCCGGAAUAUAAACCUACAUUUUAUGGGUGUGUUAAGCCGCUUGACAUUGAGAGAUAUGACUUGUCGAUACAUUGUGGGGAACUAGACGGUCUACCGGUCUGUAGAUCUAAAGUGUGUCGGGUGUUGGGCACCAAGGCCAGUUUGGCUGGGUAACUGCAUGCAAACUUCCGUGGCCCCGAGCCCCAACCCCCCCACCAACCGCCCGUCCGAGGGGAGUAUCCCGGGUGAAGAGAUGGUCAGAUAGAGGGAGAGGAAAGGAAGAGAGGAAGUCGCAGAAAAAGAGGUGAGGUGCAUAAAAAAAAAAAGGGAAACAAAACAGUAAGGCCUGGUCUUAGUACGCGCCAGGCACCUUUGGUGUGUGCGCUACGGACCCCCUUUUUGUGCGUCUCACGAGUAAGGGGUAACCAAGUCUUGUCUGACUAUUCAAAAAUACCACAUCGUGGCUAACCAUUAAAACCAUGAUAACUUAGCAAAACCUUGUGACGUAUAGGGAAAUAUGAACGAAACAUGAGCGAAAGCGGUCCUGGGGUGUAAGUGUACUCAUCCCAUAGCCCUCUCUGGCCCACCCACCAUCCGGAGCAUCCUAGCAGUGGUCAUGGGCUCCUUUCUUUGUGUAAAGCACUGGGGAGGAUAAGGGUUGGUCUCACGGAAGCUAGUGUCUUCACUGGGUAGGGGGGUAGCCCUGGUCCCUUAAAGGCCUCCAACUCCUCGAGGCCAACUGGGCCGGCCUGUGUCAAUCCCUAAUCAUUUGGUUGACAUUCUUCUAACUCCAGCAUUGUGUAGCUAUACUAUUCCAUUAUUUUUUUUUUAAUAUAUUUGAUUUUCAUCAUCUGAACUUUCCGGUUUGUUCUGUCUGCCCUAUGGCCAGAGAGAGAGCUUUAGUCAGGUGUGGCAAAGAGGUCUAGCUAGUGUAGGCUCUGGGCCUGGGGGGUGCGGAGUGAGGUCAGGACGGGUCUGUGCACGGUGUGGGCUUCCUUCUCAGGUGUCUAGAUUGGUACCCCUGGGUCUUUAACCCUGGUGACAGAUACCUUAAGGUGGGGGUUGGGCAGGGCCGGUGCAAGGAUUCUUGCCGCCCUAGGCAACAAUACAUUUUGACGCCCCCUCAUGAAUGGAACUGCAUUCCCUCAGAGGUUUAUUCACUAAACUCUGAAUUACACUAAAGAGACAUUUAGGGAAAGAGACGCACUGAGUAGAUAUUAAAGGGAAACUAUAGUGUCAGGAAAACAAACUUGUCAUCCUGACACUAUAGCUUCCCCCUCCGUCAAGCACACCCCCCUGGUGGUGCAGCAGGGGUUAAAACUCCUUCUGUCACUUACCUGGGUCCAGCACCAAUGUCUUUUGUGCUGGCUUGGGUCAGCCUUUGCUCCUCAAGGGCCGCGCUCACAGUGGUAUUUCCGUGAUCCUAGGUUUUGCGUGACGCUGGACGUCCCCGUGCAUAGCCACUAGAGGAGUUAACCCUGAACAGUAAUUAUUGACGUUUCUUAAAAAUUGCAAUAAUUACCUUUGCAGUGUCAUUUACACAAUCUCACUAAUACACACACUCUCUCACUGGCAUAUACACUUACACAUUCUAACUCUAACUUACACACUUUAACACAUACACAUUCUCACUGACCUACACAUUGUCACUUGCACACUCUCACUAAUACACACAAUCUCACUGGCAUACACAUUGUCAGCUACAAAUUCUAACAUCACACAGUGGCACUUACACAUACUCACUAACAGUGUCACUUGCACACUCUCCCUAACACACACGCCCAGAGUCACUUGCACACUCUCCCUAACACACACACCCAGAGUCACUUGCACACUCUCUAACACACAUUAUCACUUACACACACCCAGAGUCACUUGCACACUCACUAACACACAUUAACUAUCACUUACACACUCUCACUAACACACACACCCAGAGGCACUUGCACACUCUCCCUAACACACAUGCCCAGAGUCACUUGCACACUCUCACUCACAUACACACCCAGAGUCACUUGCACACUCACUCACAUACACACCCAGAGUCACUUGCACACUCACUCACAUACACACCCAGAGUCACUUGCACACUCUCCCUAACACACACGCCCAGAGUCACUUGCACACUCUCACUAAUACACACACCCAGAGUCACUUGCACACUCUCACUUACACACUCAUUAACACACACACUAUCACUCAAACACAAACUCACACCACUUUACAUAAAGUCACACUUUAUUUACAAACACAAACACAUUAAUUUAACACACUCUCCAUUUACAAACAUGCACACAAUAAGCAAUCCCCCUUAACCAUGCCAUACCUGGGUGCUGUGAAGAGGCCCAGGCAGCAGGAUCCAGGAUGUUGCUCUUCUUUCUCCUGGGGGAGCAGGAGAGCUAUGCACUGUGAGCACAGGCUACUUUCUGCUCCCUUCACAGUGCUUCCGGUGUUUACAGGCAGGGGGCAGCCAGGAUAACCGGUCAUAUCCCAGCUUCCCCUGCCUACAGGAAGCAAACAGUGCUCUGCAGUAAACCCCACUGCCCGAGCAGGUAAUUUACAGCAGAGAGGAGCCCAGCAGGUGAGUCGCUGCGCUGGGGGGUGGCUAAGGAGCCUCUCGCCCAGCACAGUAUCCCCAGACAGCUAUAAAAUGGCAGCCCGCCUGGAAACCACCUGGUGGGCGCCCCGCAAAGGCCUUAAUGGUAGCGCCGGCCCUGGGGUUGGGGGAUGGGGAGAAGGGGGGUAGCCAAAGGUGGGGGGGGGUUACUGAAAGAACUAAAAGCACAUGAUCACAUCUCUAGGGGGCAUAUUGUCUGCUUUGCAUGCUUGUUCGAUGUGCCAAAGUUCCCCCGGUAGGUCAGGCAACAGUGGCCUUAAUAUAGGUAGGACCACAUCCGCCAGCUCCGGUAGUCCUUUCAGGUGUAUGUUGUUGCGCCUGGACCUGUUGGCUAGGUGCUCCAGCGCAGUUUGGGCAGCCUGCAGCCUGGAUGUGAGGGAUGUCACAUGGUCUGCCACCGCAUUAUGUGCCUCCGCUGUGUGCUCCACCUGUUGCUCAAGGGCGGACGUUCUGGCACCCAGGGCCUGUAUUUUGGCCUUCACUUCCCCUGUGGUGCGCGUGAUUUCCUUGGCUAGGAAUGUGCGUACCUCUGUCAAUUUUUGCAGUAUUUUUGCUGUGUUUAGCUGCGGGGAUGGAGGUCUCGAGUCUUCUUCAUGUUCGGAGGCUAUUCCUGACGUGGUUGGUGGGAGUCGGCCGCCAUCUUGGUUUCCAUUCUGUGCCACGCGGGAGGCCACAAACAGGUCUUGCACUGUUGCACCCGGUCCGGGUGUUUUUUGUGGUGCUUACGCGCCAUACAUUUGUCCAUCAUCUCAGAAUGGUGCAGGUAAUUGGCAGGUGGGUUUUGUCUUGCUUAGGUGCUUAUGUGAGCUGUUAGCCAUGUGGUAGGAACGGAGCUUCACAGCUCGCUCAGCGGUCAGACUACACCCUUUCUGGUUUCAUAAGUGUAUACACUUUGGAGUCAAGAUCAACCCCCUGACUGUACCCCUCACCUGUCCCACGUGUUAAUUUCCAGGGCCCUGUUUAAUAUAGCCCUGCAGAGAGUCCCAGGAGGAUGGCUUUUCGAAAUAAAUGGAUUAAUCUCACCCAUGCAAACAUUAGGUUACAAAAAUAGGACCUGCCAAGAAUGGGGUACAUUGACAUAGUGGCAGGCUUAUGCAGUGUAUCAUCAUAUACUGUAAUAAACUCCAAAUAUUUUUGCCUAGUUCAGAUGUUAAAAAAAAAAGGAAAAAAAAAACUAUUACAAAAGAUUUUGAGGCUGGUAUGUAGUGAGUGGGCGAGUGCGCUGGGUCUUGUAUGUUGUGUCUACUGGUCGCUGAAGCACCCUUAUAAUGCAUGCAUGUUCAGGUGAGUGCAAUCUUUCUGAUUUCAUAUGUGUAAUAUGCAACACUUACCUAAAGUUUGUUUUAUUUGUAGAUAUGUUACGUGUUAGUGUAUUUCCCAUCACCUUUUCCUCAACUAUGACAUGUGCAAAGCAACUACUUUUGCACAUAGGAAUCACACUCCCAUCCAAAAUUCUAACUUCUUCCUUGCCCAGACCAAGGGAACAGAAGAGCCUUAUAGUGUAUUGGGAUUUUACCGCAGUUAGUUAUAAGGGUUAUUUACUAAAGCGAGACUUGUUGGGAAUUCAAAGCAAACUUUUCAAGUGAAUUUCAAAUUUCAAAUUUAAGGUUAAAGUAUCCAAACUAGAAGCACUCGGGGAUUUUCCCAUUUCGCAAUUUUGUCCUGAAAUGUGAACUUUGAAUGCAAAUGUUUCACUUUGAAUUCACUUUAAAUUAUGAAUUAAGUGAAAAGCCCUGUAUGUCUAUUUACUAGACUUGUGAACAAGUCAAAUUCCUGUUAAUCUGCGCCCGGAGAAAUCAAUCCGUUUUAAUUGAUUGUUUCAGACUUAGAUUAACAGGAAUUUGAUUAGUUCACUGCAGGUAAAAAGGAUUGUGUGCAAAUCUAUUUACAAAAUAACAAUCUGAUUAUAUUAACCCUAUUUAUUUAUCCCUGCCUCUUACACUGACAUCACAAUAGCCUGACAUCAUUACUCAUAUUGCUGGACUUAAAGCGACACUGUCACACCAGACGUACCUUUCCCCUAUUGUUUCCUCUUCUCUUCCUCUCUCAUAAUUUGCUCUUCUUAUCUUCCUAUCUGAUCUAGUUGUUUUUUUUUAAAAUAUAAGAUAAAGUAGGGACUACUUUGUCUUAUGUAUUUUUCCUACGCUUGGCUUUCUUUGACCAUACGAGCUCCAGUUCCUUUGUCAAGGACAUGGGUAAGUACUUUCCCUCACACAGGAAAUGGAGCUGGUUUAAGGUCGUUCUUGGGUCAGAGAAUGUCAAGCGUAUGAAAAAUACAUAAAACAAAAUAGUCCCUACUUUAUCUCAUGUUUUAAAGAAAAUUAGAUCAGAAACAAAGAAAAGAAGAACAGAUUCUGAGAGAGGAAGAGAAGAGGAAACAAUAGUGGAAAGGUAAGUUCGGCGUGUGAGUGCCGCUUUAAUUUAACCUGUUUCCUCUGAUACAAUGAUGUUGUACAUGUGUUUGUUUUUGAAGAUUGCCCCAUUCUUUCUGAUCGAGACAGCUAGAUUAUUAACCCAACUAAUGAAAAUGCCCAUAAUCUGAGAAUUUGAGUUCAACUCUGAAAGUUUAGCUAAUCGUAUAAACUGAUAAAAUAUCUUUGAACCAAGGGAUCAUGGGAACUGGGAAGAUAAAUGAAUUAUGACUAAUACCAGUUCUUAGGAAUGAUUUUAUUCUGUUCCAGUGAGGUUAUCAAUGAGAUCUGGAGCACCGUAAUCACCUGGUCUUGGACAGGGUAGUAAUUUAGCUCUUUCUUACCCUAUUCAAUCCUUGUUGGGCUAGAGCAGGGGUGCCAAAAAGGUGGAUCCCCAGACCUUGUAGUACUACACCUCCCAUAAUGCUUUGCAUGAGUUUAGAAUGACGAAGCAUCAUGGAAGCUGUAGUUUUAAAACAUCUUGGGGUCUACCUUUUGGGCACCCCUGGGCUAGAAAAACUAGUGAAUUAUUUAUUCUCCAGCAAUCAAAAGGCACAGUAGACAAAGCAAUUACAGCUUGGGAGCAUGAAAAUACCAUAACAUGGAUUAAUGAAUAUAGCACACAUAAUAGAUACUUUCUUGCACAGGAUUAAAAAUAUAUUCAGCUCAACUUUCAUCAGCUGUAUCUUUGAUCACCUUUGAUUAGUGCAGUGCUAUCUUAUUCUAGCACUCAAAGCCCAGCAACACUUCUUUGUCAUCAAGAUUGAUUUUUUUCCCCUUCUUGAAUCACACCUUUAUAAUCCAAACACAACCACUUCAAGAUCUAUUUACACUAACCCCAAGAGCAAUUCUAGCACUCUACAAAUUUCCUAUUACUAUACAGAAUGUCCCCAUGCAUUAAUGGACUUCAAUCAUAAAUAUGUCUAGCUAUCCAUUCCUUGUUUAUUUCCAUUUCAAAUCCAGUUACGCCUUGCAUGCAUUCAUGAAAGAGUGCAUUGUCAUCAGUAUUAGCGAUCAUAAAUUCUGCCUUAAUCUGGUAUAAAUUGUUAUGCUUUUGUGCGUUUAAACUUAUUUUGCACUGCAUCUUUAUUAGAUUUAAAUAGCUUUUCCUUUUUAUGUAGUGUAGGUUUCUUUGCAGAUCUGCACUAUUUUUUAGGUUUUAAAAAUUGUGUCUGAAACAAAAUUUUCCCACUCAUACAGAGCAGAAAUUAAUUUAAAGGGAUAGCCUAAGCACCGUAGCCAGAGAAGGCGUAACUGGAAACCACGGGGCCCCGGUGCGAAAAUUGCCCUGAGUCCCCCAACCCAUACGUCUCACUCCCCCCCAUUCCCUCCAUGUGUCACACUCACGCCCUUGAAUGUGUCUCAUUCAUGCAAAUACACACACACCAUAUAACACAUACAGAUACAUACACGUACACACAUGCAGAUACAUACACACACGCAAAUGCAGACACACAAACUCACACACACACAGAUACACAUAAUUACACACUUUGAGAUACAAAGAAUGACACUCCUAUAGAUACAAACACAGAUACGCACUGACACACAUGUGGAUACACAGACAGAUACACAUACACUUUAGGACAAACAUUCAAAUACACAGAAUGACACACACUCAUACAGAUAGAAACAGUGACACACAGAUACACAGGACACACAUGGACAUACAGAUACACAUACAGACAUACAAACACAUACCAACAGACACACACAUACACACACACAUACAGAAACAUACACAAACACACACACACAUGCAAAAUGUUUUAGUCACCCUCCUGUUUCCUACCUUUUUAGGUGCAGGAGGGUGACUUCCCUGGGAUCCAGUGGUGGCUCAGGCUGAUGGGAGUCAGAGUUCCCACUCUGACUCCCUCCUUUCCUUCCUCCUUCCGUGAGGGCUCUAUAUAAACUUGGGAGGAGUGACCAGAUCAGUCACUUCCUGCCAGCUCAGCCUGACAUCCUCACAGGGGGCCCAGUCACGCUGUUAAAGUGCCGCAGCGCUGACUGGGCCCCCUGUUACUUUGCCAUCGGGUGGCCCUUACAGCAUGGGCCACCUGAUGGGCCCCUUCAAUGCGGCUGCUGGGGCCGCAACACAUGGCAGCGGGCACCAUGUUGCAGGGGUCCACAGGGCGGCCGGGCCUCCUGGAGUGGCUGGCCCGGUCGCAGCUGCGACCCUUGCGACCGCGUUAGUUCUGCCACUGACCAUAACCACUACUUUAUCAAUAUAGCGGUAACUAGACCCGUGCAUUCGGUUUCAAAUAAAUUGCAGUUCAUCCCAAUUUGGGGGCAAUCGGCAGUUCUUCCAAAUUCUGUAACUCCGAAAUACUAUAUGGACAAAUCAUAAACCAAACAAAACAGGUAAUGGAUGAACAGUUUAUUGACUUCUAGAUUCAAUGCUCCGUCCACAAGACCAAAAAAAAGAGUUGAACGAUGAGGGAAAAAAGAUGUUUAAAAGUUGGGGCAGCCACUAAAUGUUGAUUUUAUUCACAGAGCAAGGGAGAAGUGCCGAACAGAGGUGUAAAAAAAUUAAUAUAUUUCUGUUUAAUAAAAUUCUAACAUAUUAAUUAAGAUUUCUUUUUUUCCUACUGCUCGUACUUUUUUUUUUGCUUAUUUCUUGUCAUUUGAUCCGUGAACCAAUUGGUAGAAAAACACGCCUGUCGGUGAACUGCAAAAUAUAUACAUAAUAUUUAUAAUUGGUUUUCUGAAAACAAUUGCAUAGGUGAAAUUCAUCAGAAGCAAAACCUGAAUCAAUUUUGUCUCUGAUAUUGGAUUGGGAUUUGGAUACUGCUCCUAAGAUUUCAUAGUGUUAUAACGAAAAACCGCAGGGCUCCAAGUUUGGCUUCUCGGGAUACAGAACUUAUAAAAGUAAUAUAUCUUUAAACCCUCUUUUUGCUUUGCAGUGGCUUCUCAACCCUUGCAUUGCCUUUAAAUGGUCAGAAAGAUUAAGGGGUUAUUUACUAAACAGUGAGCUGUGGUCGGUGGGUAACUGCCUUGCAAAACAUAGGGCAAAAUUGCUGAAUUUCUAAUAACCUCCAACUUGGCCUGGGAGUAUUUUUCAAACUAUUUCAGACACAAUUUGCUAGAAAGUUGUCAACUUGUACAAGGUGCUGUUUAGUAAAUAAGAUCUAAGAUGUGAUCUUUAUUGAAAAACACGCUGUUGUGCUGGUAUAAAUACUGUUAAGCUAUUUUUGACAAUACAUUGCAUUUUUCCCCACUAUUUUAAAUGUUCACUAGAGUUCCACCAUGGAAAUGAAACAUUAGUGCUGCUACAUAUGGUAAAGCUGCAAUUAAAUCUGUCUUUUAUAAAAUGAUUAUUUUACACUUACACCAGUAUCAGUGUUAAAUCUCCGUGAAAUAUGAUGUGCUCUUUUAUUUAUGAGAAAUCAAUGGGGGAAACAUUUCAUAUUAAUAUUCUCAUGCACUGAAGAGGUUAUUAUCUACUUUUAUCUACUAUUUGGAAUGCAAGAGAGAGGGAAAGAAACUCGUCCCGUGCAUUUUUUUUAUCACAGCGGUGUGCCCGAUGGCCAAUCCGGGCCUGGUGUCAUGUCCUUAAAACAUCCUUUCAAAUACACAUAUUUUUUACUUGACCUAAGUAACUUUUGGUACAUUUUAAACUGUAAUUUUUUUCCCUCUGUCUCGGGCACCAUCAUCAUCAAUGCCGGGAAAGAGCUUUCUAAAAUUAUGAUUUCGUUUCCUGAGACUAUGCUGCUUUUAUUUCUCCCAGUGCUUGUGUUUUAAUAUCUCUUUUAGAAUUUGCCCCCUUUCCUGAUCUUGAGUGGUGUUUUGUUCCCCUCCUACAGAUCUUGUGCCUUGUUGGCUAUGUGAUUGCUACUUUUCUUAUAGGGGUACUCUAAGGACCAUAACCACUAGAGCUGAUCAUGGGUUGAAUUUAAUAAAAAAUAAUAAUUUGAACUCUGAUUACUGAAUAGAAAAUUGUUCUUCAGUUAGCAGAGUAAUAUGCUUAGAUCUUAUAGUAUAAUGUAGUACUGGGUGUCUACAUCCAUCCAUUAUUGGACAGUAGUAAUAGUUUGUGAUGAGCCCAGUACUCUCAACUAUCAUUACUGUCCCAGAUUGGAUGCAUAAAGCUGAAAUUCACUUAAACAUUUUACAAGCAGCUUGCAAGGUGCAGAGAUACCACAACUUUUUGUACUGCUCCUCAAAAACAAUUUGACAUAAAAGGGUGAACGGCACUCAAAUGAUUUUUGUACCAUAACCACUACAAUGGGCUGCAGUGCUUAGCGGAUCACUAUGACACUAUGAGUACCAUAACCACUUUAUCACAGUGAAGUUGUUAUUGUGUGAGGCGGUCCCAAUCACUUUACCCCUGUCCUUCUUCUCAAUGUCCAAGGCUUCAAUUAGGAAAUGCUGCUGAUAGGCUGUGUGCGUUAGUAACAACCCUUUGAGAAAAGCAAGUGAAAAAGAUGCAUACCUAAAGUUGUUAUGGUGCCUAGACUGUCCCUGUAAGGUGCUUUGAGUUCGGCUUUAAUUAUUUUGGGUAUCUUUUCCAAUCAGCAUAUCCUUGUUAUGUGACCGCAUUUGACUAUUUUCCUUUUACACAUAAAUAAAAAAAAAAAAAAAAAAAGUUGUUCAUUAUGUUGUUUAUUUUCUGUCUUGUAUUUGUAUAACUGCACUAUUUUCUAAUCAUGACUUGCUUGUUCACCUCUGCAAACUAAAGAUGAAAAAAAUGUCUCAUGGCUUUUCCCAUGAUGCCUCGGGUUAUCCUGCGGUUUAAAUGCAGUUUUGUGGAACAUUUUAACCAUGACUGCAUUCUUUUUUUCCAAUUUGACAAUUUUUAUUUUGUCGAGUAUAAAAGGGUAGGGGUACAGAAAUUAUACAGCAUGUCCGUUGAUGCCAUCUGUAGAAUAGGAGAUUGUGUUGCCUAUUAGAAUCUAGUAAAGUUUGUUGCAUUCAUGAUAUUCCGCUUUUAGAAUUCAGUGUGUCAAUGUGCGAGGGGUCAAUGUGUCACUUGAAGAAUAGUAAUGAAGAAAAAAAUAAAAUAAAAUAAAAACGUGUAUUUCAUUGCUAAGUAAAAUAAUUGUAAGUCAGUGGUUAUAUUGCCAUGUUCUCUAUUACAUUGUAAUUGACAGAUGCAUUGAAUUAUAUCAAAUGUCCACGGAGCUCGCUGCCACUCAGCGUGGUAAAUGCUGAAUCUCUCUCUCUGUCGUGCUUUGAUUUGUGACAGAGCCUUGGGCUCUUUACAGGGAAGCUUAUCUAACAAUGAAGGUGAAAUCAUAUUCAUAUUUAAUUGUGUUUCUUUAGUCAGAAAGAGGUGAGAUAGGAUUUCGACACAUUCAUUUUAGCCCAUAGUUUGGUUUCAUCAGGUGGUGUGUACAAUACUAGGUUCACCUUGGAAGGUUUAUAUUACUGUUCUGAACACACAUUCAGGUAUUUGGUUAAUAAAUGAGUACACUGUGUACUGGGCUUAAUUUGUAGUUUAUUUUAACCCAGUAAGGACCAAAUGCUACUCUUUGCUGUCACAAUAGUAUUGCCCCAUAGAGUCUGGAUAGUCACUAGUUUUGGUUAGAAUAACCCUUUCUGAGAUGGUCUGCUAAUCUCACCUCCCAUUGCAUUGAGUCCAGGCACAGAAUUGACAUUAGCCAGCCCAGAACUUUAUGAGAUGGCUAAUGAUGCUGCCAUAGCGAAACACUCAACAUGCAGGCUCCAGGCACCAUGACCACUUCAAAUUAAUGAAGCGGUCAUGGCGUUUGGAGUAACCCUUUUAGCAGCUCUAUACAGCCAUACAGUAAGCAAUUGAGGGGAACAUUACAUUUUGUAAUAGUUUAAAAUGAACAGAUGACAACAUAGUCUGCGGUUGGGUCUGAAGGGGUUAGCAGAAGAGGAGGCAUGGGUUUAGUUACUGAUUUCAUAAAAGUCAAGCUAGCUUUUGUUGGAGUGCAGUGCCUACCAUUCCAAACCAGCCAACAGCAGAACCUAAGUGUAGUAAUAGUCCAUCAAUAUGUGGAUAUCAUCCGUCUCCUUACUCUGGAUACCUGUACUAAACUUUAGGGCAUCCACCGGUGCAUUAAUUCUGGAAAAGAAAAUAAGGGCACGAUUUUCUUCUUCCAAGUUUGUAUGCAAUUUUAAUGCAAACAGGGGCACUGAGACCACGAAGGAGCAAUUGCAUCAACUGCAGCUGUUGGUUCUGGGAUAUGAUUAGGGUCUAAUUCAACAAUAAGGAAUCAAAUGGCAAAAUGCAAGAAGCAGGCAAUUUAAGCCCUUUAAUUAGCCGGCUGGUCAACUAUGUAAAAUCGUUUCCACCCACACUGGUGAAUACGACUGAUUACUAACCUUUUUCUGUCACUGACAUUUCUUCUUCUUAUCAGGUUAAGUACCACUUACUGAUCAGCACACUCCGGACAAAAGUAUAAAGGUUUGCAGACUCAAGUUUGCAAGCCCUGAUAUAUAUCAUGAUUUAGUACAUCAAUAUUUGGAUAAAAUCUUUGCCGUGCUGUAUUCACAUUAAUGGAGGCCCUAGAGAAUUCUAUUCCUCAUGUACUGACUCAAAUUACAUGUUUGUUUUAUUACCCCGUUUGUUUGGAGAAAAAUCUCUUGGCUGAUUGCAUUGAUUUCCUCUAUAUUAUACGGAGGGCAGUAAAACACAUCUUCUUGAGUCGAUGCUUCCCACUUAAUGCAGACAUCUCACCUGCUUUCUCUGGUGAGUGCAACACAGGAGCUGUAAUUCAUAAUGCGAGAUUGCCAAACACAGCAAAAUACAUCUUUUAUGGGCAAUUAUUCAGUGGAUAUGAUACUUGGCUACAAAUGCUCAGCCUCGGAAGAUCUGUCAAUGCAGGCUUUGUGGGCUUUGGGUUAUAAAAACGAAGUAUUAUGUUUGCUAGGGCUUUAUAGUAAAUGUACAUUUGCCAGUUCAGCAAUUAAGGUUAUUUGCCAGCCUGUUUAAGUAGAAUUCACCCGCGAUUUAAGGUUUUAGGCCAGGAUAACCAGCUGGAAUCACAGCAUAGUUGGGCAUAUGGACAGGCAAAUGGACAAUCUUUAAAUUUCAGCUAUUUGCUGUUAAAAUGUUAAAUUUGCUAGACAGAAAUCCAGAGCACUUUCUGGGGUUUAUACACUAAAAAACAAAAUGCGGUGAUUUGAAAUCCAAAUUUCAAAAUGUAAGUGAAAGUAAUGAUUUGGAAACAUUCUCCAACUUGAAAUUCACCUAAUUAUUUGUAUUUACUUUUUAUUGUUUCAGAACAGUUGUAGGUGUUUUGUGAAUAAACAAUAGAAGAAAUGACUAAUCUCCCAUGUAUGGGAAAUAUUCCCAACAGAGGUGGUCAGUAUGAGUAGUACCCACCCACUCUGGGCAUGAACCCUAGAAACAUAACAUAGAGCAGGCAUAGUCAACCUUCGGCACGCCAGAUGUUUUGGACUAAACCUCCCAUGAUGCUUUACCAGCAUUAUGGGUGUAAGAGCAUUAUGGGGGAUGUAGUCCACAACAUCUGGAGUGCCGAAGGUUGCCUAUCCCUGACAUAGAGUAAAGAAAAUAAGGAAUUUUCUCCUCUGAGGAAUUCCUCUUGGGUACUAAUAAGUAGAUAGGCUGAUAAAAGGUGAGUGCAACAUAUAACACUUAACGAGGAAGUGAACACUUAAUGGUGGAGGAUAAGUGUAUAAAUUAUCCAAUUGGUAAACCAGCAGGCUUUAUUUGUGUUGCCUAAAAUGUACUACCCAUAAAUGAUCCUAUCCAUUUAAUAUUGUCAAAUGUAAAUGAGUACAUCGGUUUGAAAAAAUAGAUUCUCAAGUAACUUAACUAUGAGUCCCUAUUGCUGCAGUCUAACUCCUCCAACCAUCUAAGGAUACUCUGUACAAAUCCCCCCCAUUAGCUUUUUUCCUCUUUACAAACAAACAAAAAUGUGAAAAAAAAUCAGUGCAUAGUGCUAGGUGAUGUGGAAAAAGUAUCCCGACACGUGUUUCGGUGCUUAGAGAGCACCUUCGUCAGGGGUAAAAAAAACAACUUUUAGUUUAACUGGCACCCACAAAGGUGUCUUAGGCACUGUCUAGCUGAAGCUGCCGAUAUUCAGAUACAUACAUGGGGAAAGCAGUAUAUUUGCACAGCUCACUGGAGGAGGAGGUUAGAAACCCAGUUAUCUUAUGAGGACAAUAGCUCUUUACACAUCCCAAUCAGAAUUGCUUUUUUGGGGGAUCUGGAUAAGUUUAUGUAUCCGAUACCACUGCUGUAUUUAGUCCGAUAUAUGUGGAUCACCAAAUACACAUAUACUUUUUCAUUUGUUUGCCCCAGGUAUUUGGGGUUAUAUGCUGCUCCAUUUCCAACCGCUGAUCCAAUUUUUGAGGAUUCUAACGGUACACCCACUGAUGUGGCUUCAAGCUAGUCAACAGCUUAGUUGUAAUCUCCCUUAUUAACCCUAGAGCACCACGGUUUAUCUCUAGGUCUAAUUAGACCAUAAAUUACUUGGGAAUUUAUUUUUUCAAACCGAUGUACUCAUUUACAUUGGACAAUUGAGAGACUCUAAGCUACCGACCGAAAUACUACCACUAUUUUAAUAUUAAAUGGAUAGGAUCAUUUAUGGGUAGUACAUUUUAGGCAACACAAAUAACGCCUGCUGGUUUACCAAUUGGAUAAUUUAUACACUUAUCCUCCACCAUUAAGUGUUCACUUCCUCGUUAAGUGUUAUAUGUUGCACUCACCUUUUAUCAGCCUAUCUACUUAUUAUUACCCCAGAGGAAUUUCUCAGAGGAGAAAAUCCCUUUUUUUCUUUACUCUAUAUUUUAUGAAUAAACAUCCACUGGGGAAGGCUAAUAACCUUUGGCCUAGAGUAGCAAGUACAAAUAAUGAUACCCUAGAACCUGUGAAGGCUACACUAGCAAUCAUGCAGACACAAAUUAGCAAACAUCCAUUUCAAUUCUAAUUGUUAUGGAGCCAGGAGGUCUUGGGUGCCAUCUUACCAUAAGGGUUUAAGACAUUCACAACUGGUUUAACACCAAAGUUGCAAACAAUGGCACCCGUCCAUUCUGCCCCUCUCUUCCGGCAAUGGUCCAGGGCUACGAAGAGAAACUCUCAGCCUACCACUAGCUCCCUGUUCUCAAGAGAGCUGCACCGAGGCCUAUUAUUCUUUAUUGACCUUUUGCACCAUGGCUGAAAGGAGGGGGGCCGUCUUCACUACUGUACAUCAACUGUAAGAAGGUAAGAUGGCACACAGGACUUCCUGGCACCAUAACAACUUAAUUGAGAUAAAGUAUAAGUCAAGUAGUUUAAAUAAUAGAUGAAAAGAAAUUAAAGAGGUAAAAUGUUAAAAUAAAAACUACUAAAAGCAUGUGAGAUUGAGCUUGACGUCAUUUGGGUGCUUUAAUAUGACUAUAAAUAUGAAUUAAUAUGGCUAUAAAUAUGCAUUUCAUAAUUGCUGCUUUGCAUAUUUAAUGAUUAGUGUAGCAAGCUUAACACAUUCUGCAGAGUGAAUCGAAAUAAAAUGUGUAAUUACUAUGGCGCUUAGUGUUAAGUUCACAGAGACAGUAUAUAAUAAGUGUUGGUUAUCUUCACACUAUUGUCUCACAUGACAUUGAAUCCUGCACCCCCUUUCCAUAGUUUAUUUAAUCCAGCUAUAUGGCACUUAGAUUGUGCAUUACCUAUACUACAGCAUGGAUAAACAUUCUAAGCAGCGGAAGUCUCUUAUUUGCUAAUGAAACUAAUUCGAAUUAUUUUUUAAUAUGUGCAACACAGGGGGCUUUCUUUUUAUAUCUUUUCUAUAACUUUAAUUAGGAUUGUUAAACAAUUACAUUUAAUAAAGGGCACAUCACAUAGGUCCUUAGAAGGGGAACCAUAGAUUCUCAGGAUAUUUAAUAUGUGCACAUGAUACAUAUACAACUAAUACAUUUUUUAUUUUAAUAUGUUUAUGUGAGCUAAGUUGUGUGGUCUAAAAGUAAAACUAGAUUUAUAAAUUCACGCUGUUGUAUUUCCAUCUCUCCUGGAACUGAGUGCAUAUAUCUUGGCCCUCUGACAAUCAAACUUUGCCCUUUGCAUUUGUCAGCAAGUGGCAGAACUAAUGUAGAGAGGGCCAGGGUAUCAGGAAUUGUUUGUGCCACCCCUCUAGUGCAAGGGUCGCUAAAAGGGACGUCCUCAGCUGUUGUAAAUCUCACUCGAUGUUUGGCAGCUAGAACACUACAAUUUGCUGAUCCAGACAGGGUUGUAUUUGUGAGCUUAUUUUUUGUGUGUGGAGUAUGUGUGUGAAUGUAGGGCAUUACUUAUGUGUAAUGUUGGUGUUUUUAAUGCAGUUGUGUGUUUGAGUGUAGUCUUUGCAUUUGAACACAAGGGAGACUUUGUGUGUAGUGUUUGCACUUGAAUGCAGUUGUGUGUUUGUGUGUAGUCUGCAUUUGAACAUGGGGAGACUUUGUGUGUAGUGUUUGCUCUUGAAUGCAUUUGUGUGUUUGUGGUGUCAUUUUUGCAUUUGAACACAGGGGAGGCGUUGUGUGUAGUGUUUGCUUUUGAAUGCAACGGUGUCAGUGGCGGAACUAUUGUAGAGAGGGCCCUGGUGCAAGAAUAUUUUUUGGGUCCACCUCUAGCGCAAGAGUGGCAAAAAGUUAAAACCCCAUCUGUCAUACAACUCCCAUGGCAGCUGGGGAUCUACCAGUUGCCAAUCCUUCAGGGUUGUAUUUAUGAUCAGUGUUUGAUUGAAGUUUUUGUAUAGAGUAUGUGUGUGCAUGUAGAGGUGUAUUUGUAUGUACUGUUACCAUUGGAAUUCAGUGGUGUGCUUGUGUGUAGUGUUUGCGUUUGAAUGCAGGGCUGUCUUUGUAUGUAGUGUUUGCUUUUAAAUGCAGGUGUGCUUUUGUGUGUAGUUUUGGUGUCUGCAUAGAAUUUUAGCUUUUUAAUAGAGGGGUGUGUUUGUAUGUAAUGUUUGUGUUUGAGUGCACUGGAGAUUUUGGAUGUAGUGUUGAGGAUGUACAUUUGUGUGUAGCAUUGGUGUUUAAAUGAAGACACACACAAUGGCACAUGCACACACCUUGACACAAGAUAAACAUACUGACAGAUACACACACUGAUACACACGCUGGCACAUACACACACUGACACAUACAUGCACCAUGACACACAGAAUGUGUUACGUGCCUUCAUCCACCUCCAGGUCCUCCACUGUCCAGCUAUGGCCAUCGCAACACUGACCAACACAUACUGACAGACACACACACUCACUCUCUGACAGACACAAUCACUCACUCUAUGACAGACACACACUCACUGAUAGAUAGACACACACACACUCACUCUCUGACAGACACACAGACACACACUCCCUGAUAGUCACACACACUCACUCACUCUCUGACAGACAUUCACUCUCUGACAGACACACACACACUGAAAGUCACACACUCGCUCUCUGACAGACACACACUCGCUCUCUGACAGACACAUACAAAGAUAUUCUUUGUGGGCUGGGAGUUUGACAUGCUUGUUGUAAGAUUUAAAACAAUAUUUUUUUUUUGUGUGCGGUUGUGGGGCUUCUGUUCUUGACCCGGGGAAACUUUUCUUUUACUGCAGCUAUUCUCCUUAUUCAGACCGGAUUGUGUCAGUUUCAGCUUAAUUAUACUUGAAAAGAUAGCAUAGUACAUUAACCAUGUUAGCUGUGUUUCUUAAUCUGGAUGUGUAUAUAUUGGUCUUUACAGUAACACCACUGCUGAGAAAUGUCCGUGCCACAUGUGCCCCCCAAUUUAUACAACUGGGGGUUUAUUCAUCUGGUAUCCAAAUUUAAGACAAAAGGAACCAAGUUGAGAAAAAAAAAUGUGUUGUAAAUUUUGUGAACAAACCUGCGUCUUUAAAGUCUACACAAAGGGAGUAAUUCAGCUCUAGGUAAUGGACCAGAUAGAUAGAAGACAACUCAACUGAACAAAAUCCAGCGUCUCUGUUGGUCGAUAUUCAAAUAUAAGUUUGCAUCUUAGUCAGAUCCUAAAUUUCUAUUCAAAUAUACAUGCCCAAUGCAUUUCGCCACUCCCCUUGACAUGCAUGCUGGGGGACGCAUUUUUUUCUUAAUGUCUAGAUGUUUGUGACGGAGAGUUGAAACUUCCUUUUUCUUAACUCACUAAAUACCAGAGAGGUGUGCAACCUUUGAAGAUUUUAUUAUCCAUUCUUCUAUUUUUGUAGAUGUACAUAAUUAAUGGACUACUGGAGUGAUGUAGGUGGGAGUCAGGACAAUAUAUUUCUCUACAGAGUUCGCUGUUGCAUGUUAAACUGCCCCAGGCUAGUUUGACUAAAUUGAGAAUUUCAAAAGGUGUGUGUGAUCAAUACAUCAUAUGCUGGACUGUGAAUAGCAAAUCAGAACCUCGGGGACCAUUUAAUUGGCUGUUAUUUGAAGAUAUACCUUCUUGAGAAAUGCAAAGCUCAUUUUUAUGGCACGAUAAGAUUACUUUGACACCAGAAAGAAAGCUGGAUAACGAGCAAUGGAAAAAAGUAAAAGUUAGAAACUGAAAUCAAAAUUAGUUAUGGAUAACCAUUGGAACUCCACAAGUUAUAAGUGGGUGACCUUUCAUUUUAAGCCAGUUGAAUGAAAUGCCAAAAGGUAUGUAAUCAGUGAUUUUAUAUAUAUAUACACACACACUGUCUGUCCGGAAAAUAUAUAUAUACAGUGGGACCUCGGUUUACAAAUUUAAUGCGUUCUCCGGGACGAUUCUUAUUGCAAAACAUUUGUAAACCGAAACGCAGUUUCCUAUAGGAAUGCAUUGAAAACCAAUUAAUCCAAAAUAAGUCAAAAUGAGCUGGUAUAGAAACCAACCCACGAUGCAGAACACACAAUAAAAGGCAUGCAGUUCCACUGCUCGAGAAAUGCACCAAAAAGACCCAAGACAACUGCAAACAAUUUCCAGAAUGGCUCCAAAACUCGAUGAAAAAACGGUCCAACACCUCCACACUUGAUGCCACGUGCUACCCACAGGCUCCAGCAUGCAGGGGGCGGUGCUAUAAACCUCCCAGGUGCAAUGCAUCCUGGGGAAACUUGCUUUGUAUUGCGAAAAUAAAUUGUAAACCUAGGCAUGAUUUUCAAUGGAUUUACAUUUGUAAACUGAGGCGUUUGUAAACCGAGGUCUCACAGUAUAUAAUAACUGCAGCUCCUUGAUAGCCACACAAUGCAAUCCCAAUACACAUACACUCACAAUGCAGCCCCUAGAUGCACGUGCUCACAGUACAGCCCCUAGUACACAUAGUACACCAUAAACAGACUCAUAUAUACACCUUUCACCACAGCCCUUUCUAAACACCAUGGGAUAUUAUCUUGAAUCUCCUGAAAAGGUUUUCCAGUUUCCGUGAAAAGGUGUCUUGCCUGUAAUAAGUAAGGCGCAGCAGUGGAACUACAGGCAGUGCUGGUGUUGCGCUUACACCGGGGCCCAUCGAGUGGCUCAUUCAAUUAGGGCCACCCAAUGGGCAUGUGUCUUCAGGGGCCCAAAACAGUUUUUGCAGCAGGGCCCCACUCUGACACAUACUGACUGAGAGACACACAUAGUUUCUCACACAUUUUUAUUUUUAUUUUAAUCCACCCAGCCUUUGGGAGAGCUGAGUGGAUCUUUCCCUGGCAUCCAGUGUGUCUCCUCUCAAUCUUCCUGCAGUUUCUCUCUGGUCCCCUGCCCGCUCUCUGAAGUGAUGCCGGGGCCGGAGUGACGCCAUGUCACUAAACAGUGCACAAGGGAGCAAAGAGGAACUGUAGGAAGGUUACUGCUCCCUCGCGCGCCUCCUCCGUGCUCACCGCAGCGGCCUGGCUUUAAUGUUUCCUGUCGGCUUAGCAAAGAGCUGACAAAUGCCAGGCGCCAAGGUGCAAUGUCUAGUCACCAUGACGACCUGGCGCCUGGUGUUUGUCGAGCCCUGUGUAUGUAUGUAUAUAUAUAUAUAUAUAUAUAUAUAUAUAUACACACACACACACACAUACACAUUUUAUAAAUGCCCCUCUACUUUUUCUAAGUAUGAAUCCUGGAGACGCCACUGAACAUGAACCAUUUAAAUAUUACAGAGAUGCUCCAUGCUUGUGUUUACCUAAUAUAUAGAUGAUGCAUUAAAAUGAAGAGAAAAUCAAUAACAAAGAAUAAAAGACCUAAAAGUAACAAAUAAUAAACUGCAAACUGUAGACAAUGUAACUAACGGUAAAAAGGUGAGAAGAAGAAUAGAAAUAACAGGAUAAGGUUAAAAAAACUAGAUAAAACCAAAACGAGGAGGGUAAUGAUAAGUAAGGAAUCAUGGCACUGCGCACAAGCCCCCACUCUCCACAGGGGGGAUAGUAGCAGAGGUACUGGCGUCAAGGAACACCUAGGAUUACUGGCCAUCUUCCACCAUGACAGCUUCACGUUGUUAUGACAUUUAAUCCAGACAGGAUUACUAUACUUGUAUCUUCAUCGGAUUGUCGACAGACGCAAGCAAGGCCUCUAAAGCUUUAAUCACUUCCACUUUAGAGAACGUUGAAAGGGUGGUAUCACUGGCAAUUCCCAAAAGAGUGGUAUGAGGGAGUUGGAAGCAUUUAGUUAAAAACAGAGAAUUGAUUUUUCUUUUCUGAUGAAGUGCCCUUUUAACAUGGAUAGAAAUAACAUGUUAUUAAAGACAAUUGAAGGGUAUGAAAAUAGGACAAAGAGUAGGCAUUAGACUACUGGAAAGGGUGUGCCAGUGAAGUAAUAAGUGUUCCAGGUGAUGAGGUGAGGACAGCGCCUACUGAAAAGUAGAGAGUAUUCCCCCUCCUCUUAAAUAUUAUCAUUGGGGCCAGCACCUGCUGACCACGGGUGUGAGCAGGGGAAAAUAUUACGAUAUUUCUCCCCUUUUAUUUUAUUAAAUAGGGAGUCCACACUGCAUUAUUAAUUUUAAGGCCCCCCAUGUUAUUUAACAGGCUCCAUCCCCAUUGGAUACCGCCUUUCUAGCUAUGGCAGCCCAAUCGCUAGUUUUAAACAUUAAGCUGGGUGCUGCCAGCAGGCAAAUAGUUGAGAUUUUUUUCAAAUCCGGGCCCAGAUUUGAAGCGUUUGGGUCUGGAUUUAAGCUCUGGUAGUGUUCGUACAUUGUUAAAUAGCAUUUCUGGAUUUGCAGUCCCAAUAGAUCCAUAUGAAGCAGCAUUUUGCCCCACACGAUUCAGUGAAUGACGGGAUUGUGCAAAGACACACUGUACUGCUGGAGCCCAAUUAGGAAUCUCCGCCUGCCAGUUUAGCAGAUGAUCAAGUAUUGAUACCCUGAAAUCAAGCUUAGUUUGCCUUUAUUAUAACUGUCCACAGUGCUGACUUGCCAAUGUUUCAACUCUUUUGGGUCAUUAUUGUGUGUGUCCCUACUCUAAGUACUAUCAUCCUAGGAUUAGUGACUCCUAUAUUACCCUGUGCACCAGGCCUUAGGCAAACCCAGUGCAGGUACCAAUGUAUAGUAAUGCAUAUAUAAAUAUAUAUACUAGAGUGAAAUUAUGUAAUACACAUUUAUAACUUGACAAACAAAUCAUAUUCACCAUUGUUUUGCACAGUUGUGUGGUAAAUCUAACAAGUGACACAUACUGUGCAGGCUAAUUAUAUGGUCUAAGGUUAUUUCUGGGGAUGUUAUUUAAUUUUCAUUUCUCCUAUCCAUUUACUUUAUCUUUCCCUACCUUCUGGACACACAUGGCUCAAAAGAGUUGAAACGUUGGCAAGCCAUCUUUGUGGGCAAUUAUAAUAAAGAUGUACUAAAGCUAUUGACAGGGCAUCAGACUUUUAUCAUCUGUUUAACCGGCAGCUGGAGGUGGAGAUUCGUAAUAGGUAGGGAAGUGUGUCUCUGCACACUUGCCUCACCAUAGUCCAGCAGGGCGUUGUCCCAGGGACACUGCCAGACCAGUUUAAACUAGCUAACCUGUCCCUCCUCAAUCUCCCAUCAGCAUUUGCUAUUGUCUGACCUCACCCUUCCUUGUACUAUAGUACUCUCUGCACCCUAUUGUAUUUAAUUGAGGCUGUUGGGGGCUUAAAAUAUGUGUGCUAUGUCUUUUAAAGUUAGUUGUUGUUUUAACCUUCACCAAGUGUCAUCUGGUACAUUGGUACAAGGUGGAAAAGGCCCUCAGUGAUCCCAGUCAAGCCUCGGCGACUAGGUCUGAAGUGCUCCAGGGUCCCUGAUAGCUUCAAGGAAGCAGACUUGGCGGAUGUACUCGGUCGGAGUACUGGAACGGCGCUAUAUUUGGUGGCAAGUGGUGGGACGGCUUACUAGCAAGUGGGGAAACAUCCUUCGGACAGCAGAGUAUCUUAUGGCAUCCUGGCAAGAGGGAUAGUGCUAGCAUCCGUGCAGCAUCCCUGUCUGGAGAGGAACCCAUUGUAAAGCGCGGCGGAAUUUGACGGCGCUCUAUAAAUAUCAUCAUAAUAAUAAGGAUGGAGCAAGCUAGCCCCCGGGCAGCGUGAAUUUUAGCGGAAUUUUGGUCCACUAAAUGACAUUAGAUGUAUCCAAAGUCUGGCUUUAUAGACACACCUAUAGGAGAACAUUUAUUCAUACAUUCCCUAUGGGAAAGUCCAAAUGUGAUUGUGGUGCUCGCAUGCCCAUUAGAUUCAACAAUCGCUGGCAGCGGAGGUCAGCAAUGGGGUAAGUGAUGAAAGGGUUUUUUAACACUUUCAACUCCGGGUAGGGGGGGAACAAGAGAGGUGGGGGCAGAGGGUACUAAAAUGCUAGGAAUACAACUUUGUAUUCCUAGCACUAUAAAUAUGCAAAACCGCAAUAAUGAGGAAAUUGCAUAUUUAUAACUAUUUUCAAGUAUCUAAGCUGAAUAGUGAGCAGGCCACUAAAAACCGCACUGGGGUAUUUUGUUUUUAGUUGUCUUGGCUCUUUAUUCAUUUAAUUUUUUUCCGAAACUGUAAGGUAUCUCAAUGCACAGCUCCUCUUCAUACUGCACGCCAUCCGUGCAGGAGAAUUUCCCAUCCUUUAUUUUGUUUUCAUUUUUGGGCACACUGCCAGUUUUCUAUAUAAUAGUUUGGCAACCGGAGUGAAAUCUUAAAUUAGGGGAGGUUGACUGUUUGCUGUUGGAAGGUGGUGAUUGAUAAAACAUAUUACUGCAGUAUAGUGGUCCUGCCAUCACAGCUGGUUUCCCUAAAGGAAAGCCAGUCUGUUUUUGUCUGAGACAGAAGAAUUGCCUGAAAAGUGACACUGCAAUCAUUGGUGUGAAAAAAAAAAAAAAAUCUCUACGAGGAUAUAUAAAAUGAUCAUAAAGCUGUCCCCACAUAUCACGUCUGCCUCCCACGCUUUUGUGGAACACAUUUUCCAGCUGAGUUCCUUAUCUCUUCUUAAUGUUAUGCAUAUUUUUAUUUUGUGUCCUUUUCUGUGUCAUUUCUGUUAUUUGCAAGCAGUUUAUGGGACUAUGCAAUGUGGUUUGUUUGUUUUUUUUUGCUCCCAGGAGAGACGUGUAAUGAGUAAUCGAGUUUUCUAUGGCUCUUUCAUCCAAUUCAACAUAUGGUUUGUUGUCAAAUAAUAGAUGCCACUCAUUCUGAAACAGUCAUAUAAAUAUUCCGAGCUAUUUUUGAUUCUGCGUCCGUUUGUUACACCAAGUCAAAUUUCACUCCAUGCUCCACUUGCAAUAACAAGAACAUCUGUCUCUGAACUCGCGCAUCAAACAGUGUUUAACUGCUUGUAUGCAUUUACACAUUAAGUGGUUAUAUAAAGAAAAGAGACGGUGAACAGGAUUUAGAGAAGAAUAUGUCAGAGGGAUUGUGAUCUUCGGCUGGAAACUGCAAGGCUUGAGGGUAAUGAUGUUCUAUAAAAUGGUAUUAGCAGUGGUGCAAUUCAAUGUGGUGGGGUGCCAGGAUUACACCCACGGAUUUGACACCAACCCCUCUCUAGAAGCCCAGCCUCUUCAUCAUAUAAAAUAUUAACACAGCUGUCAAUUUUUUUUUUUUUUUAAUCUUCAUUUCAUAGGUUUAACCCUUGAAGGGCUAGAGAUAUUGACAGCACACUGCAAAGUAUUGUGAGUGGCAUUGAAAGUGUUAAAAACAUACACCUGUGUAUUACUCAGUGUACGGGGACAUUUUCUGUGUAAAAUCUUCUACUGGGUACCAAUAAUUUAGGUCCUUUACUAGGUUAGGUUUUAACUUACCUGGAAUCUAGCGCCAGGUGAACUCCCGGCACUGACUUCCACACCCCUUCCAUUGCACGGUCCAAUCACGGGCUUCUCAUAGAGAAGUCCGUGAUUGGACCGUUUUACCAGCUCGGAGCACAAGUGCAGAAUGCGAGCCAUUGAAGAGAGGGGGAGAAAUUUAUAAAAUCUUUUUUUUUUAAAGUUAAAUUUUAUUGGGAGGUGGGGAAGGAAGAAAAAUGCUUGUCCGCAAUGUCCGUUUCCAGCAUACUGUACACACUGAUGACAGGCAUAUUUUAUGCACAGAAUUGAUAUUAGAGUGUGACGGAGGUGCAACCCGGUAGCCCCCGGUACAAGUGCAGAUUAUUCCGUAUGCGCAGUGUUUCAAGCUGAAACACUCGAAAUACAUAUUCCUACCACCAUGACCACUUCAAAUCAGUAAAGUUGUCAUGGUGGUUUGACUACUUACAUAGGGUCUGCCUGGUGCCGGCUACUUUCUCUCUGGAGAGGCUAAUACUAGGGAUCUUUGUUCGCUCUCCUGAGCUCAGAGCUAGAUUUGGACUGACCAUGGCUCUAGACAGGGUGCCAGAUUGGGAUCCCUUCAUGCGCCCGGGGUCUGUGAGUGUUGUGUAUAUGCGUGGAAGAGACUGAAUGUUGUGUGUAAGAGUGCAUGUUGUUGUAUAUGUGGAGGAAACGGAGAGCUGUAUGUGGUGAGGAGGCUGAGUGUACCUUUGUGUGUUGGUUGCAUUUUGUAUGAAUUUGUAUGUGAAGUGCCUGAAUGUGUGGUUCAGUGUUUUAUGUGUGUGUGUAAAUUUUUAUUUUGAUCCUUUCCUGAUUACCUUUUGACAGGAGGAAAUGCUAUCCCAGUGGAAGUAUGCUACGGGGCUGGAUCUCUGGUGGUCCGGUGUUGGACCAUUGUGGUCUGCACCAGUCAUGGGUGCAAAUCACUUUAAGAACUGCUUUAUGGUCUAAGUGUUCUGUCACUUUAAAUGGGAAGCAUUGGGGGAUUGCAAGGGAACCUUUAAAGUGAUCUGCACCCAAUAUUGGUGCAGUCUACUCUAGUCCACCACUGGACAACCAGGCAUGCAGGUGUCCAGAAUGCCUCCACUGGAUCAAUAAAUAUUUUAAUGCCCCCCUUAUCUUUUGUGAUGAUGAGGGCCAAUUAAUGUCCACAAAGACACAACAGUGAACCACAUUCAGACUCUCUUUCAAACACACAAACACACACACACACACACACACACACAAAAUUCAACCAGAACACAAAGCUCCCUCAACAAACUGAGGACACAGGGCUGAGCAGGGAGAUCUUUUUAAUAUUCUCAGCCAUGGUUGGCUCAGUGAAGAAGGCGCCAGCAGACCCUAAAUAGGAAGUCAAACUCUAAGCAAACUGGUAGGCUACUAACAUUGGUGGAGGUGCUGAGGCACUCCUGGUACCAUAGCCAAUAUAACUCUGUUUCCUAUGCUCCCUUAACUAAGUCCUAGUUCCUAACGCACAGAGUGAGAGUUUCUAAUGAUGCACUUGCGCUAUACUGCUUGGGGACAGUUCCCUGGAAUCCCCAGAUCUGGGACACCAGGGAACAAACUCAGGGCAGGAGGACAGGACCCUAAAAUAGGGACUAUCCUGUACAUUAUAAUCGUUAUUGCCUAUUGUGAAUGCAUUAGAGGACUUACUGUUGCUGGUAACAUUUGAUUGUAUGACCUCUAUGCUGAUGGAGAGAAGUAUAUUAUGGUCUUGUCUUGCCUCACUUCUUCUAUCUUUCUUGUUGUACAGCCAUUUUGCCUUUGAGCUAAUUAUGUACGUGCACAUAAUCCUGACUUCUAAAUGUUACUGAUAUGCUAAUACAACUCUGCUAAAUUUCAACAUUUGGGUUAUCGGCCCAGAGUAGAAGCUACAAGCAUGACCACAUAUAAAUAUAUUGUGAAUGUUAUAGGAGUUUCUGACCUCACUUUUACAAAUUACCUUGUAUUGAAGUUCAGCAUGCAGAAUGACGCCAUGAUAAAGGAUCUCUGGGUCACAGUGGAAGAAUCCUCACCAGCAUGUGUAAGAGAAAAAGGACACAAUUACAAGCAAUGAGAUCUCCACUUACUGUGUGACAAGUAACAAUGAUUUAAGCCACAUUAACUUUAGGACAGCCAAUGAGGUAUGAGAAGGCUUCCAAUAAUAAAUGUUCCAGUCUAAAUUAAAGGACCACUAUAGUGCCAGGAAAACAUACUCGUGCCCCCACCCACCGGGCUCUGGGGAGAGGAAAGGGGUUAAACUUACCUUUUUCUCCAGCGCCGGGCGGGGAGCUCUCCUCCUCUUCGGCUGAAUGCGCAUGCACGGCAGGAGCUGCGUGCGCAUUCAGCCGGUCUCAUAGGAAAGCAUUUACAAUGCUUUCCUAUGGACGCUGGCGUCUUCUCACUGAUUUUCACAGUGAGAAGCACGCAAACGCCUCUAGCGGCUGUAAAUGAGAGGCUGGAUUAACCCUAUUAUAAACAUAGCAGUUUCUCUGAAACUGCUAUGUUUAUAAAAAAAAAAAAGGGUUAAUCCUAGAGGGACCUGGCACCCAGACCACUUCAUUAAGCUGAAGUGGUCUGGGUGCCUAGAGUGGUCUUUUAAAGACUUUAUUUAUCAAGAAAGCAAUUCAAUAUGAAGCUGUCUCUGGGAGGAGGCCCAGAGAAACAUCUGAAUCAAAUGUCAGAGUUAAUUGAUCUAAAUUAUUUUGGAAAGAAAACUAAAGAAGGCAAAGUGAUUCUGAUUUUAUUAAGUCUUCCAGAGAGCUGUGAUUCAUUAAUUCAUGCACUAGAAAUGAGAGAAUCUCUCUGUAAAAUGUUAUAAUAAGCUUGAAAGAAGAGUCAGUAAGGUGGCUGAAAAUGCAGUGGUGAAUCACAAGACUUUGCAAUACAAAACACUGAGAAGCAUAUCAUGGGAAACUAGUCAGCUCAUCACAACAGCCAAGGAAACAGAUUUACACCCAAAAAGGGCAAAAAUAAUGAAUGUUUUAUUUGUGGAGAUAAAUUUCAUCUUGCUAGAAACUGCUUAAAAAGGGCUACCGUAGACCAGAACAAGCCUGUUCGUGGCAAAAGACAACACAGUAAACAUCUAUAACAAACCGUUUUUGUUCAAGAAAUGGUAGAUACGUUUAUCUAACAUUAAUGCAUUAUUGAGCCAGCUGCGACAUCGCGCAUGUGCAAAGAUUUUCUUCAAAAGUUAGACAAUUUGACAGAGCUUAAAGAGAAGGGGAAAGCCGAAUAAUGCAUACCAUUGCUAUUUAAUUGCUCCUAAAUAUAUUGCACAAGGAGGCAUUGUGUCUGUAUUUACACUAUUGUGGAACCACCAGGAGGAAUCUGUGAUUAUAGUGUUUGAUCCAGGAGACAAUAUUCAUCUUAUGUUAUACCGGUAGUUUUCAUUUUUUUUAAUCCUAUAUAUUGGUUUUGAUUGUGCUGGCAUUUACUUUUAAACUUUGUUUUGGAGGAUAUCUAUUUAAUGCCAAUGGUAUUUCUCUUACGUUAUAGUAGUUAUCUUGUAAGUUCUUACUUACUAGAGCAUUAUCCUCUAAAUUGUGCUAUCUCUAUUCUAUGUUCAAUAGCAGAGAUAAAAUGCAAAAUGUAAUUUACUUACUUGAAAUCAGGAUUGCCAUCAGGGGUGCAGUCGAAUGAGCACAUACACACACACACACACACACUUGCUCUUUUAUUUGCUAUACUCUCUGGAGGAGAGCUCUAACCCAGGGCUUGGGUCCAGGGUGGGAAGAGGCGGCGAGACCCCAGCAAAGCUGCGGCAGCUAGAGGCUGGAAGUGCUUAUGGUGUCCUGGCAAAGUGCUUGUGGUACUCGGUGAUAACUAGGACGUGUGAUUGGCGGACGUACCCAGUCAAGGUACCAGGCGGUCCACCACACUGGACAUGAUAAAAAGGGUGUCAGAAUAGACAGUGCAUUGCAGUUUGCUGUGUACCCUCAGACUGGUCAGAGUGCCCAUGAUUACCCCUCUUCACCAUUGAAAACUGUGAGCGUCAGAACGGGACCAUGGAGCAGCUUAAAAAGGUUGCCUGACUUGAUCAGGGUUCCUUUAGAAAAGGCAGGGUGCUAUUUUUGCCUUCUUCCCAUAGUGCAUCUUGCUGCCAUCUCUUCCCGAGGUAAACAACGCACACACACCCGGCCUUCCAAAUUUUUCUAAAAGAAAACAUGAUCAGACCAGGCAAACCAUUGCUCUAUGGUCCAGUUCUGAUGCUCAGUGGGCAGUGGUCAUCAUGGGCACUCUGACUGGUCUGCGGCUUCACAGCCCCAUAUGCAACAAACUGCAAUUCACUAUCUAUUCUAAAAACCUUACUAUCAUGAAGUUUUUCACCAAUUUGAGAUGCAGUAGUUCUUCUGUGUAAUCAGACCACAUGGGUUAGCCUUUGCUCACUAUGUACAUCAAUGAGUCUUGUGUACCCAUUACUCUGAUGCCAGUUCACUGGAUGUCCUUCCUUUUUUUGGUAGGUACUAAACACAAUGCAUACCAGGAAUACCCAACAAGACUUGCCAUUUUGGAGAUGCUCUCACCCAGUCGUCUAGCCAUCACUAUUUGACCCUUGUCAAAGUCACUCAGAUCCUUUCGCUUGCCCAUUUUUCCUGCUUCCAACACAUGAAAUUCAAGAACUGACUGUUCACUUGCUGCCUAAUAUAUCCCACCCCUUGACAGGUGCCAUUGUAACUAUAUAACCAAUGGCAUUCACUUCACCUGUCAGUGUUUUAAUGUUGUUUAAUGUAGAUCAGUGUAGUUUGUCUACAAUUUGUAAUUUUCUUGUUUGAUUCCAACAGUUCUUGAUUUGACAAAAAAACUGAAAUACAGAAUAUAAUCUGGAAGAAUAGAAAUAUGCGAUACUCACAAUUUUCAUUCAUAAUACCGCAAAUUCCAGAGAAACUGCAAUGUUUACAUUGCAGCACUAAAUCUACAGCCACUGGAGGUGCUUCCUGGAUCCUAACGGACUUUUGGUUUGGUAACUGACACUCUGCAUGAGAAUAUCUCAUUCAAUGCUUUCCUAUAAGGAUGCUUAAUCUGUGCACGGCACCCGCUGCGUAUGCGCAUUAGCCCUCGAGGGACAUCGGAGGAGGUGGAAGCAAUCCAGCGUUGAGAGACAUCGACACUGAGAUCAGGUAAGUAAAUUAUUAACCCUUUAUUUAUCACCGGGGGGAGAAGGGGUGCAAGCGAGGGAAGGGGGAAAUAGAGGGAGCGAGAGUGCCAGGAAUAUAGCUUUGUAUUUCUAGCACUAUAGUAUCCUUUUAAAAAGUGAGCUUGCACAAUCCCUUAUCAUUAAGCUGCGGAACAUUUCAAAUAAACACAAGUAAAAAAUAAAAUACAAUAUACCAAAAGCAAUAAGGAAAAUGUAAAAGGAAUGCAAGAAACCGCGACUGAUCAUAUUUAUUCUCUUUCUUAAUUUAUUUUGUAUUUUUUUUUUUUAUAUAUUUUUUGUAUCCUCACGUUACAAUGCAUGAGUCAAAUGCAAGUUAAGAAAAGCAUUGUCACGGGUGGCGGUACGGAAACCGGGACCCCUGAGUGCCUGAUGAGAAGUUGGGAGUCUUCAGCGUGGAAGUGGAUUAUCAGGGCCUGGUGCAGGGUAACCACACACACCCUGGUGUUGAGCACCAGCGUUUGUGCGGUCACAUACCAGGUCCGUGAUAUAGCUACUGCGGAUCCCAAGAGCUAGGAGAUAUGCAGCCCUCCCAGGAGCUGAAUAGGGAGAUUCUGCAGCAGGAACCAGGAGUUUGGAUAUAAGCAAACCUCCCAGGAGCUGAAUAGGGAGGCUCUGCAGCAGGAAUGUAUCCAGUACAGAAACAAGGCAAGACUAGAACAGACACCAAACAAGACAAAACUAGUAGAACCCAGAACCAGAGAAGGAUAGAAAGUUAAACCCAGAACAUGUACACAAGACAUAAGGGAAACUUUAACAUAACAUGGGCAGGACAAGACUGUGCAUGGACUGGGAAUAAAAAUAAAAACAAGACAAAAUAUAAUAGACAAAACAAGAGGAGACAUAACUAAGUACUAUAUAUGAAAACUAUGGGGAUUUAGUUACAUUAUAUGAUCAUACAUUGCAAAGGCCUGCCACAACGCCAGUGUACCCCAUAUUUGGCAGCUCCUACUCUGCCUAAUGUUCACUAAAAGAACCAUAAUAAAACACAUAUAGCACUUACCUGCAAGAAAGAGCAGAGGACAUAAAACCACUGCUGCAGGUCCAGACUGAAACAAAAGGAAUCAUGGAAAAGGAACGGGUGUGGCAACAUAAAACAAACAUUUAAAUGAAUCCAGGAGACUGGGAAUUCCAGGGACGGAAUACAGGAAUGAAGCCAGAAGUCCCAGCAUAAAGAAAACCAGAGAUGGAAUAGAAAACCAGAAAAACAAAGAAAAAACAAACAAGAAUUGCAAAAAGAGUACUGGAUACCAGAAGCCAAGGCCAGACAUCUCCGCAGAACAUGGCAUGAUGUGACAUGCAUACAAUCAUAAAAUGUAGGUAAUGUAUAGAAGUAGAAAGUAUCAAUGCAACGUGAGAGGUUUUAUAAUUCUAAACAGCACGAUAUGUAAGAAAUGAAACAGAUUUAUAUAAUAUGAGCAAUGGAGCAGCUGGUAAGUUAGCAUUAUGUAGGCAGCACAAUUUAAAAAAACAGAAAGACGUGAUAAAGGACUGUUUAGACAACCAUAGAAGAUGACCAAUUCCCCAGGUAGAUAAACGGCAGUCCAUUGACUUUAUGAUGUUCAGCCAAUUCCAUGAUUAGGAAAUAAGCAGUCAUCCAGCCUCUGGAUCCAUUCAGGCAAGCCAUGGUUUCCAUGAGUGCUGGAGGCUGCUUCACUUUGUUUCCAUUAUGUAAGGCUUAAAGGGACACUAUAGUCACCUGAACAACUACAGCUUAAUGUAGUUGUUCAGGUGAGAUCUAUAGCUCCCUGCAGGCAAUCUAAUAUAAACACUGUAUUUUCAGGGAAAAUACAGUGUUUACAUUGGUUGAUAGGAAUACCUCCCGUGGCCAUCACUCAGACGGCCACCAGAGGUACUUCCUAUCAUGUAGGGCCCUAAAAAGGCCUUGUACACAUCAGACGUAUUAAAAUACAUCUGACUUGUGCAGGAGAGAGAAGGCACUGUGUGCCCGCCUUCUCUCUCCUGUCUGUCAGCAGAGGAGAGGGGUCGGGCAAAGGCCGCGAGCUGAGAUGUCAGCUCAGCUUGCGGCUGCGCACACCGCGCACAUGCGCGGUAGUGCACUCAGGACUUCAUAGGGUGGCAUGAAUGCCGCCCUAUGAAGUAUGUGCGCAUGUGCGGCGAAGCCGCGCAUGCGCACAAGGGAGCCAUGACGCUUUCAAAUGGAAGCGUCUGAUUGCUCCCUGCUCGCGCCCACCUAUUUCGUCAUUUUGAGGAAAUAGGGGGCGCGGCUUCACAAGGCUCCCGGCACUGGAACCAGGUGAGCAAAAUCCUCUGCCUGGAGAGUCCCUUUAACCGAUACCAAUAGCGUGCAGGCUGGAGGACGUCUGCGCCCAUUGCACCAUGCCUGGGGGACGGUAGGUAAUAUUCUGGCAGGUAUAUGCGGAGACCCCCGCAUAGGUAAGUGAGGAGGAACUGAACUGUGGCAGUUGUAUGAGCCAGGGAUCGGGCCUCAUAGUUGGUAUACCCUGUGGAAAGGCAUAGAGGCAUUGCAAUCCCAGUUUGUUGGCUUAAUUUAGCGCACAAUUUGUUGCGUAGGAAAUCUAAUGAGCUAAGAGAAGCUACUAUACUUGUUUAUAUGUGUGAAAUCCUGCAAGGGCUCAGCAGCCAUCUUGAGUUUGUAGGCACGCUGGAGGUGUCAGUCAAUGGAAAGGCUCUAGGGAAGACUGCAAAGUCUUCCACCGGUCCAAAAGGAGGCAAGGUGAAUGGCAGCAGAAUUUCUCAUAGGACAACUGGUAUGCUGCAGUCAGGUAAAAGAGGCUGCGGGCGGCCACCCUACUCUCUGCUUAUGUAAGCCUCGAUUGAGAAGGCUACAGUUGUCUCACAUAGUAGCCAGAGUCCGAGGGAUCAAGUUCAGAUGAGAUACCAGCACACCAAUAUGCUAAGGACCCCAGCACACUGGUACAGGGUGAGCAUUUUUGCUGUAAUUUUAGCAAAAAGAUCAAAAAGCAGAAGCACUCCUCUGUAAGGUGACCAGUCAGCAUGGCAGACAGGCUUCCCCCCAUCCAUUACCAUUUGGUUUCUGUGUUUCGAUUAAGGCAUACUUGACUGUCUUCAGCAGAUCGUCACAUUAUGUUCAACAGAUCAUUGCUGUAAGCCUGGCAGCUACGCUACUUCUCUCCCAUUAAAAAAAGCACAUGCAUAAAUGAUUUUACUUGCUUUCUAUAUUCUUACAACAUUUGUAGGUAUUUCAUAAUCUGCAUCUGACAGAAGGCAUUAGAUCCACAUUUUAAGAAUGGGCAUAGUGGCAAUAAUAAAUUGGCAGGCAGAUGUUUGUGUAAUAAAAGGGAUUAGAACAACAAUCUGUGUCUGCUAUUAAAUACAUUUUCAUUUCUUUGUAUCAAAGCAUCUCAAAACUCAGAAUUCAGGAAGUUUGGGCCAUGUCUCCUAAAGAUGUAACUGUUGGUAUCUUUUUUUGUUUUUUCUUCUAUCCUUUAUUAUUGAGGAUUUAUGAGAAUCAAUAAAGUAAGUUACAGAAAUGAGGGGGGAAAGGUAAAUGUACAUAUGUUAUCAAAUCUGAUGUUCAAAUGUUACAAUGAAAUAUAGAGAGAAUACUAGAACCAUACAAAGACAUAGGUGUCCUAUUGUAGUUCCAUCUCAGGUAGUACGGAGUAGAUGCUAUGAGAAUGAGUAGGGAGAAGGAAGAUGGACAGAGCAGAAGGGGGUGGGGGUUUGAGGAAAAUAAAAUAAAAAAAAUGGAGGGAGGGAAAUUUUCAAAAACAAGUAUGACUCCACUCCAGGGGAAAUCCAGGCCCUCUGAGGAUUAUUCAGCCCAGAUGCUCCCUCCAGGACAUAAAGUUUAGCCAGAGAAGCCAGGUUACAUUUAUGAGCCCUAUCAUAUAGACUUCCAUUUGCCUAAUCUCCUCAACCUUGGCUAUCCAUCGAUGAAGUGUUGGACCUCACCGCUUUCAGAAGACAGGGGUCGUAGGUGUCGUCUUUGAACAAUCUAUAGUAUACAUGUUUCUUUUUUUGUUCCUAAAUGAUAUUUCUUGCUUCUUAAGUAAGCGUGUGCACACACAAAAAAUCAUUAAUAUAUAUAAUUCCCACCCCCAAUAUAAUAAUAAACACUUAACUGGUUUGGGAAUAUAUAACAGCUUCCCCCAAACUAUAAAAUCUGAUUAAAUGAAUGGUAAAAAAAAAACUUGAAAGUGCCUUAUGAAGAUAAAUAUCAGUAAUAUCUCCUAUGUUAAAAAGAGAUUAAGAUUUGUAUAUCCGCAUUUCAUAUGCUGCUGUAUAAAAAAUAUUAACCAAUGAAAAUGUAGUGUUUACUAUUAAAAUAUAUUACUGUAUAAGUACUAUAUAUAAUAUGUAUUGUAACAUAUAGUGAAAUAUCAAUGUGUUAAUGUGAAAAUAAAAGUUAAGAACACCUUCAAAUAUAAUCUAAAUGUUUCUAGCCAGAUGGCAACAGCAGAACGAGCCACAGAAAGAGCUGAUACUUCAAACCAUGGCUAAGGGGCAUAGCACAUAGCCAAAUAACAAGGAUAAGAAGAAAUUGUACUAAAAUAGAUGGUUUUUGAAUUCCAAGCAGAAUAUAACAAAAACUAAAUUGGUGAAUAAACAGUAUAAGAAAACAAUACAGAAAGAUAACUAACAUAAAAAGAGAGAGACAGAACAAAGAUUUUUUAUCUGCCUCCGAUAAUUUAAGGAAGGGCAAAACAUAUAAAAAAAUAUGUUGUCAUCCAGUUAUGAGUGGAGAAAAAGCAGUAUGAAAGAAAACAAUGCAGGAUUUAAGUUUCUAAAUUGUAAGUCCUGCAAAUCUAAUAAAACAGGUAAUAGAAAAAUAAAAAAGUUUAAAAACAACUGCACACAGGAAGAGUUUCUAAUACGUUCCUGGAUGGACUGCGGCACAGAUAUUGUGGUGUAGUUACUGCAGUGCCCGUGUGUCGAGUAGUACUUGGGCCGAACAAAAAGGAAACUCGAAGAUAGAAUUUUGGAGCAUUAGAAUAAUAAAAACAAUUUCCAAGACCACUCAUUCUUAAUACAUUGUAACAAAUGUCCAACAUUUAAUUGGCACGAGGGGACGUUUCUAGUGAUAGAGAACGUAAAACCACAUUGGUAAGAGGGAGACAGAACAAACAAAUUAUCACAAAAGGAAACUUAUUGGAUUCAUAAAUUAAACACCCUGGAGCCAAAAGGGUUAUGUAAUUGACCGUUUUGUACACAAGAGGUUAAAAACCGUUUAGUCGAUAUUCCACUUUUCAGAUGCACAGACAUCUACUGCAAUCACCAAUCUCCCGAACUGCAAACACAUGAAUUCACCAAUCUCCCGAACUGCAAACACAUGAAUUCACCAAUCUCCCGAACUGGAACCCGGGGAAUGCUCCAAACUCCCGAACAGGAAACACACGAAUGCUGUAAACAGCUGAACAGGAAAAGCAUGCAAUCAGCUUGCACUCCUGGCAGUCGCACUGUACCAGCAUACAAUCCAAUUCCCCCCAAGAACAAGACAAAACUUCGUUUGAGGAUCAAGCAGAACUGAUUUACUGGGGCUACCUGCCCGGCUUUUAUGCAGGUCUCCCACCUGGUGGACACUCCCCUAGGGGACCAGAUGGAAGACUGGGAAACAUAUUGGACAUUGACCAAUCACAAGCUUACAAUUCCACAAUGCAUCACAAUCCCUCCUCUCUGUCCUGGAGAUAAUUGGGAAGUAAUCCAAUUAUCUCCAAGGACAGAGGCAAAACUCCAUUAACCACAUGGUAGACAAAGGACAAUAAAAGACAUAAAAUUACAUACUGUUACAUUCAUCAAAUAGAACAUACACAUUCUACCUAUCCCCAGGUAGCUUAGAUCUGAGCGCACAUUAUUACCGGAUGGCGCUCAGAUCACAUGCAUACAGUUUAAUCGCCAAGGAGCCAAAGUCUUUCCCAUAGUCUUUCAGUAUACGAAUGGGCUCCAUGGCAUAGCUAUCUGGGGUAUCACCGUUCACAUAGGGAGAAUAAAAGGUUUUUAAUGCAGGGCCAUAGUCCAGCGGCAAGAGGUGGGCAACCAGGCUCCGCCAGUGGCGAGGUUGGUUCCGCCACAGGUUGCAUGUAAAUAUCAAUCAUAUGUGUUAUAUGAGAUGAUAAAAACAUAAUACUAGACAAGUGUGCGAAGGGUUUAAGUAGUGGCAUUAACCCCCAAUGUUCAGAGAGAGAGAGAAAACCAAACUUUUAUUUGCACAUUAUUGUAAAUUAACACAUUAAUAGUUCAUUACAGGUUACAAUACUUAUUAUACAUAGUACUUAUAUACAGAAAUAUAUUUUGUUAUGACACUUAGACAUUGUGUCCUAAUAAAAAUAAAAAUAAGAUCAUGAGCUAGCAGAAAAAACAGGGGGUAAUCCCAAGGAAUAAUACUACCAUAGGAUAACAAGACGACUAUUAGUAGAAAGAAUAUAAAACACAGCCUUUAUUAAAUAUGAAACUUAAAACUGUGUGACAUUAAAAUAUUUAAUUCACUGUCUAAUACAAGUUUAGAUGUAAUGAUUAAUCUAACCUAUACAUAUGAAUAGAAACAGACUGGAAUAUAUAUAUAUAUAGCUACCUGUGAAUAUUCGCUUCACAACUCUAAAUAGCAACAUCCAAAUACAAUGUAACUAUCACUCAAGUAACAUCUGUUGCCUGAUAAUGUUAGUAUACCGUAGGUAUAGAAGCAAAACCAGAUUAAAGCCCGUUGGGCCUGGUACCGACAAUUGUGAUGGGCCUAAUUACAGAAUCUUAUCAAUAGAAAAUACUAAAACAGUCAUACCUCCCAAGCAUCAUGUAUCUGGUGGAGAGGGUGCUGGAGGGAAAACUCACAGGAUAUAGCUAUCAGAAAACACACACCCUAUGCUAAUCUCUAUCUUAUAUCUUACAAGUAAAUCCAUUCCCCUUAACAGCAGUGUCUGGUAAAGCAGGAUGCCAAUGGACAGCGUAAAAGGGCGGGCCACUGACGCGAAUCAUGUAACCAGAACUGUCCAUAGGGAAAAACAUGCCCAGAAAGAGGGCGUGUCUGCACAAAGAAUUGAAAGGCCAGCCUGGUGUGAAUGCAUGUCAGGCUGCCUGCCAAUCAUGCAGGCUGGCCAACUAAGGGCAUACUGUGCAGGCAGCACCCUGAGCUUGGCAUAAAUAUGGCUAAUGAUGCGUUUGAUCCACGCUUUCUUAGGACUGUCCCCUAGCACUGUCCUGUCCACUCCUCUACUUACCUUCUUACUAGCAGGCAGAAGCUCCUGGUAUACAGUCUGUGACAGAGGAAAGAUGUAUGUAGUGAGUGUAGAAGAAAGGGAACAUGCAACAAUGUUAGAGAGACUGAAGAGCAUUUGCAUAGUGCGCAAAGUCAGUUUUACCUUAACUAAUUUCAUUGUCAGCCAGUUCACACAGGUUUUGUUCCUCCACAUCCCUCCUAAGUUUCCAUACUUAAAGGGACACUAUAGUCACCAAAUCAACUUUAGCUUAAUAAAGCAGUUUUGGUGUAUAUAUCAUGCCCCUGCAGUCUCAUUGCUCAAUUCUCCACCAUUUAGGAGUUAACUUCUUUUAUGAACCCUAGUCACACCUCCCUGCAUGUGACUUGAACAGCCUUCAUAAACACUUCCUGUAAAGAGUCAUCUAAUGUUUAUCCUUCCUUUAUUGCAAGUUCUACUUAAUUUAUAUUUUCUUAUCCCCUGCUAUGUUAAUAGCUUGCUAGACCCUGCUAGAGCCUCUUGUAUGUGAUUAAGUUUAAAUUACAGAGCAAGAGAUAAAAUUGUUUAAGGUAAAUUACAUCUGAUUGAAAGUGAAACCUGCAUGAUCCAUACACUAAAACGGCUUCAUUAAGCUAAAGUUGUUUGGGUGACUAUAGUGUCCCUUUAAGCAACAGCAUUUGAAGAGUAGUAAAAAAAUAAAUAAAAAUGUAUUUAUUUAUUUUAAUCAGUGGGCCUAUUUCAUGGGCCUGGAGCUGCAGCUCCAUCAGCCCCAGGUUAAUACAGUCCUGUAUAAAAGAAUACUCCAAUGACAAAGCAUGUAAGUAGUAAGUAUGGUUAACAAGCGUUCCAAGUUAAGCACUCUUGACCAGUCUUGAUUUUGUCCUAUAUGUUGUGCCUUACUACUAGUCAGUCAGUAGGGCAUAUGAGGGGCAGUGAGUUCAUAAAGGGUUGAGCAAAUAUUUGAAUUUGAUCUUAUAGCCGAGUGUAGGCUUUACUAUAGGCCUAUAGGCUCCGAUAAGUACAGUAAUCUUUACAUGUACUUCCCGGAAUGGCAUAAAUUUAUGUUUCAAUAUCCGUGACAUACUGCAUUGGGUUUGGCAUUGGUUUGAAGUUUUUUUUAUGAUAUUAUAAUGUAGCUUGCUAAAAUCCCUGGAGGCUAUUUCUGAAACCCUUGCAGCUGGGUGUUAAUGCAGGAUCAGUGUCAUUACAGAGUAUAACGGGUGUAUGGGAUGGUGUAAUGGCUAGUGACCAGGAUAUAGAGUGUACCCUUGGCCUGUAUCUUGAAAACGGUUCUGUGAGACCUGAAAUAAUGAUCAUGGGCUGUGAUAUGUAAAUGAAUGUGUGUGACCUUGUAUUUUGGUUAAAAGAAAUGUCAUCAAGGUUUUCCAGAAACACAAAAAUAAACCUUAAGCUCCAAUGUCGAGUUGUAUGUGAAUAUCUCUAGAACCCAGAAGUGGCAUUAUUUUCCUUUAACAUAUACUUCACAGUUAUGUAUCUUUUAUAUUACAUGAGUACCAGUUAUCAGAUUUUUUUUUAUAUCACUGGAACACAUGUUCUAUUCCACUCAAGGUUUCUGGGAGUUUCUGUUGCGAUUUGCGCUGCCAACAUUCAUUCAGCAUUUCUGGUAUGCUGGGAGAUGUUUUUUCUUCCCAGCUCCUUUGCCACCACAUCAUCAUCAACAACGGGCUGAACUAAGAUUCUAGCAGCUGCUACCCGGGGUAUAAUGCCUACGAAUCACAUACAGACUGGGACAUGUAUUUACCAAUGCUGACCUGUGAUUAGGAGCCCUGCACACGAUGGCACCAAUCAACUUGUGUAUGAUGGAAAUUAAUGCACAGGUGACAUCAACCAUUGCAGUACAGGCUUUGACAGUCUGACCUGCCCGUUUAAAUAACAAUGUAAUAUCAUUAUAAUAUAUUUAAUAUAUACUAAAUAUUAUUACUGUGGAAAAGCCAAGUCUCUUAGACCCUUCUGUGCUAAUUACACAAUCUGAACAUUUGGCUUGUGUCUCAUUAUAAUCCACACUAUCUUCCAAUUCUCUACUGUUCUCCUUCCAUCUCAUUAAAUACUUCUUAUUGCUCUCCUGUUCCUUCUAACCUGCAUAGCUGUCACUCAGUCAGCCCAGAUCUCAUUAAAGUAGGACAAGGUGAACAGCCUCUGCAGUAUUAAAGGUUUGGGGAUUUGUAUCACUUAGGAACAAAGUUUUAAUUCCAUCUACUUGGUAUCUUUCUGUGGUUAUAUGAGUUUUUUUUUUUUUUUUUUAUAUUUGUUUGCAUCUGCUUUGAGUUAAUAAGGUUAAGAAUACCUAAGGCUUCGUAAACUAAAGGGAUAUAUUUGUUUAUUCAGAAACUCUUUUACCAAGAAAUUAAAUUGAGUUAUCUCCCAUUUUCUAGUUUAUCUUGGGAUACACAAGCAGUGCCCAAGUGUUAGGUAUAUGUUUAAAUAUUACAGAACCUAAUAAACGUUAGCAUUGGUUACAGAUAUUAUAUUUAGAUAUUCCACAGCGCUGUAUGAGAAGGCUUAUUCUAUUUCCAUUUUAUAAUGGGUAAUAAGGUAAUGAAACCUAACCUAAUAUUUAUCAGGUUUGAGGACUCGGAUUGGGUUCCUGAAUAGUGAGGUAACUUUCCAGAAAAUUAAUUGGUGAUAUUGCAAUAGCGAUGAAGUUGUUCCUUUUGACGGAUUUGAGAGUUUGAAAAAGUAUUUGUUACGCUUUGUUAAAGGAACUGUUUAAGGAGCGUUCUCCUCUCUAUUUAGAUUCAGCCCCAUACCUUAACAAGUUAAAUAAAAUUAUUUACUUACCUUUAGUCCCCUGCUGGCUGGUCUCAUCACAGCCACUGCUUGUACCCAGGCUGAGAUUAUCAAUAUAUGAUGUCUCCGCCAAACCAAUGCUUUUUUGGGUUGGUGCUUGGCACGCCAGUUUCAGCACUGCACCUUUCAGCAUCCUCACAUAGAUUGCAUCAGAUCAAUCCAUCUCUAUACGGGGCAUUCGGUAUCUUCACGCAGACCAUGGAGAUGCUUGAUAUCUCUGUCGGUCUUGCAAAGAUUGGAGUACCACACUUGAAGGGCCUCUAGAGACUUUCUGAGUGACAACCACUAUAGGUGGCCUUAGGAACAAAUAUAAACAUUGUCUUUUCUCAUUAAGCUGUAGUGCUUCUGGGCCUAAAGUGUCCCUUGUGCACAUCAGUGCCUAACGCAGAUUGUCUAAGUGUCCUUGUUUUAUCUUGCCAAAGUACAAAUACUGUGAUUAUAUGAAAUAGUUACAAAGCAUCCAAGUAACAAAAUGGUGCAGCAUGCAUCUGAAUAUAUUUUGGUUUUCAAGUGGGACAAUGAAUUGAAUUUGAUGUAAACACAGACAAACCUUUGCUCAUAUCUCAUAUAUAAAGUAACCAUAAAUCUAAUUCCAUUUUGUCUAUUUGUUUUCCAAGAUUCACUGAAUUCCUGGAUCCUUUUGAACGUGUUAUCCAACCAGAAGAGAUAUGGCUGUAUAAAAACCCACUGGUACAGUCAGACAAUAUACCCACGCGGAUGAUGUUUGUAAGUUGUAAAACAAAGCCGUUUAAUGAAAUAUGUACCUAUUAAAAACAAAAAUUACAGGAAUGAGUACGUAAUGUACUACCAGCCCUAUUCACUGAAACUGAAAUUGUAGGAGAAAUGAGUAGAUAAGAAAGAUUGUUUUCUAACCUAUACAGAAUUAAAAAUUUUUUACCUUGUUUAUUCACUAAACUGAGAGUAGAAGAGGAAUAAAAAAAAUAAAUUUAGACCAAAAUAGGUGAACUGAAAAAAUUUCCCAGCAUUUUGACAAGUUGAAUGAAUAAACCAGUGGGAGAAUAGGUCAGGAAGUUCCCAUGAAACAGGUUGAAGUCCAUAAAAAGUUUUCCUAACCUGGAAGGAUUAAUAUAUACAAGUGAUACUCGAAAAAUUAGAAUAUCGUGCAAAAGUUAAUUUAUUUCAGUAAUGCAACGUAAAAGAGGAAACUAAUAUAUGAGAUAGACGCAUUACAUGCAAAGCAAGAUAGUUCAAGCCGUGAUUUGUCAUAAGUGCGAUGAUUAUGGCUUACAGCUCAUGAAAACGCCAAAUUCACAAUCUCAGUAAAUUAGAAUAUUGUGAAAAGGUGCAAUAUUCUAGGCUCACAGUGUCCCACUCUAAUCAGCUAAGUAAGCCAUAACACCUGCAAAUGGUUUCUGAGCCUUUAAAUGGUCUCUCAGUCGAAGGAAGUUGGAUGGUCCCAAAGUGCUGUAUCAAAGCACAUUAGUAGCAAGUUAUGUAGAAGGGAAAAGUGUGGAAGAAAAAGGUGCACAAGAAGCAGGGAUGACCGCAGCCUGGAAAGGAUUGUCAGGAAAAGGCAAUUCAAAAGUGUUGGGGACUUUCACAAGGAGUGGACUGAGGCUGGAGUCAGUGCAUCAAGAACCACUACACACAGACGGAUCCUGGACAUGGGCUUCAGAUGUCGUAUUCCUCUUGUCAAGUCGCUCCUGAACAACAAACAACAUCAGAAGCGUCUUACCUGGGCUAAAGAAAAACAGACCUGAUCUGUUGCUCAGUGGUCCAAAGUCCUCUUUUCUGAGGAGAGCAACUUUUGCAUCUCAUUUGGAAACCAAGGACCCAGAGUCUGGAGGAAGAAUGGAGAUGCACACACUGCAAGAUGCUUGAAGUCCAGUGUGAAGUUUCCACAGUCUGUGUUGAUUUGGGGAGCCAUGUCAUCUGCUGGUGUUGGUCCACUGUGCUUUAUUAAGUCUAGGGUCAACGCAGCCAUCUACCAGGAAAUUUUGGAGCACUUCAUGCUUCCUUCCUCAGACGAGCUUUAUGGGGAUGCUGACUUCAUUUUCCGGCAGGAUAAUAUGCACGAUAUUCUAAUUUUUUGAGUAUCACCGGAGACUACCUCAUGCCCUGCUCGUUGCUUGUCUGAAUUAGUAUGGCUAAGGAAGAGUGUAUCUGUUUAACCAUGCCUGAGGUCUGGACUGUCCGAAAAUAGCUUAAUAUUGAAUGUAGGGGCAGAGCCAGGGGACUCCAGGCACUACAACCACUUCAAUGAGAUGAAAUGAUAGUCCCCUUUGAAGAAAUACUAUUAUGAAGAAAAAUAAAGUAUUAAAUCUGCACUGCUUUUCUGAGAAAGAUAAAAGAGAAAUAAAUCAAGCACAAGCAGCUUCUAAAGACUGCUACAUUUUUCAAGAAGAUACAUUUCUAUGAAACCUGGCAUGAUUAUUGAUUAAAAACCUAACUAAAUGGGAGAAAAUGUCGUUUUUUUUUUAUGAUAGUGUCCCUUUAAGAGAAAAUGAUCAAUAUGUGUUUCAUUUGAGACAGAAGUAACCGCUCUUGGCUAGAUGUAGCCUGUAAAUGAAACUCUGGCUUGUAUUGAUGUUAGAGCUGUGCAGACAUAAAAGAGACUUGAAAAUGGCAUCUUUUUUGUUCUCCACAAAAGGUAAAAAUCGUUCCUUAAUGACAGAGCCCAUCAGUUACAAACUAACAUUCCCAGAAUUGAUACACAGAUAGGUGAUAUUAAUCAAGGCGUCCUGUUACUGUUGGACUUGGAUCCAGAUAUUUUGAAUAAUGUAAACAUUAUUUAAGGAGGCCCCUGAUGUCAGAAAAUGUCUUUAUCCUAGCUGAGCACACAGUGGCCAUACCAUAACAAUGAGCCGAUUUGACCACCUAAUAAAAAAUUAAGAUAAAGAGGAUGACAUUUUACUGUAUCUUUUUAGAAGUCUAGUUAUCACUAAAGAAAUAUUACAUUUAAUAACGCAUGUUGUUAAUUUUUAGUUCGAAUGUAACUGGCAUCUUGUUUUGUUUUUCUUCAAAUAAGUGAUGGCUUAUUUUUGUGAGCAAUUCAAAAAACUGUUCAUAAUCAUUGAGUAUUCAGUAAAGGAUCAAUUGUCAAUCAUAUCAAUUGGGCCCCCAACUCUAUACCAUGGUAGUAAGUGCAAUUACCGUUUGUUUACUAUCACAUGCUUUGAAUUGGACAUGUUGGGGUGUGCGACAUGAUUUGCACGUUGCAAGCCAAUAGGUCGGCACAUGUUCUGGACCUCCAUGGAAGUACUUGUGAACAUGCAGAAUGCUAUAAAUGCCCUUUCUGUUCAUAGAUUUUUAGCACAGUUACGGAGGCACUUUUUAUUGACAUAUACCAGUGUCCCAGAGGAGAGCACGACCAGAGAAAUUAACUGUUGUGGUAGAACCUGGGUUUUUGGUAUCAUUUGUAGGCUUCAAGCACAGAACCAUUUAAAAAAAUAAAUAAAACUGCAUCAUAACGAGCUUUGUUCCCAUUGGAGCCCUAUACAGUCUAUAUAUAUAUAUAUAUAUAUAUAUAUAAAUCUAUACAGGUGUAUAUAUAUAUAUAUAUAUACCUAUAUAUAUUGGGUCUUGAUAUCCUAAAUUUCAUCAGACUUCACUCUCCCUCUCAGGCUAAGCAGGCUCUGAAAAUAUACUUGCCAGAGUUGGCACUCAGCACAAAUUAUUUAAUAACAAUUUGCCAUCUUCUUGCCCUGGAAGUAGCAAAUGGAGAACACAAACAUUUAGACAAGGACUGUACAAAAAACUGAUGUGCAGGUAUAGUGCAAGAAUGCAAUAUAAGCCAAGCCCACAAGGACAAGCAUCGUUUUUGGGUUCUGCAGUGAGUGUCAGUUGACCUCCUCCCCUUUUUUUAAAGUUAGAAUGUUCAGAAUCAUGGCAAAAAAAUACAAAACGUUUACAGUUGUAACUGUCACAUUGCACAAAGGUGCUAAUACAGUUGCAAGAAAAAGUAUGUGAACCCUUUGGAAUGUUAUGGAUUUCUGCACAAAUUGGUCAUAAAAUGUGAUCUGAUCAUCAUCUAAGUCACAACAAUAGACAAUCACAGUCUGCUUAAACUAAUAACACACAAAGAAUGAAAUGUUGCCAUGUUUUUAUUGAACACACCAUGUAAACAUUCACAGUGCAGGUGGAAAAAGUAUGUGAACCCUUGCAUUUAAUAACUGGUUGAACCUCCUUUGGCAGCAAUAACUUCAACCAAACGUUUCCUGUAGUUGCAGAUCAGACGUGCACAACGGUCAGGAGUAAUUCUUGACCAUUCCUCUUUACAGAACUGUUUCAGUUCAGCAAUAUUCUUGGGAUGUCUGGUGUGAAUCGCUUUCUUGAGGUCAUGCCACAGCAUCUCAAUCGGGUUGAGGUCAGGACUCUGACUGGGCCACUUCAGAAGGCGUAUUUUCUACUGUUUAAGCCAUUCUGUUGUUGAUUUACUUCUUUGCUUUGGGUCAUUGUCCUGUUGCAACACCCAUCUUCUGUUGAGCUUCAGCUAAUAGACAGAUGGCCUUAAGUUCUCCUGCAAAUUGUCUUGAUAAACUUGGGAAUUCAUUUUUCCUUCGAUGAUAGCAAUCAGGCCCAGACGCAGCAAAGCAGCCCCAAGCCAUGAUGCCCCCACCACCAUACUUCACAGUUGGGAUGAAGUUUUGAUGUUGGUGUGCUGUGCCUUUUUUUCGCCAUACAUAGUGUUGUGUGUUUCUUCCAAACAACUCAACUUUGGUUUCAUCUGUCCACGGAAUAUUUUGCCAGUACUGCUGUGGAACAUCCAGGUGCUCUUGCGCAAACUGUAAACAUGCAGCAAUGUUUUGUUUGGACAGCAGUGGCUUCCUCUGUGGUAUCCUCCCAUGAAAUCCAUUCUUGUUUAGUGUUUUAUGUAUUGUAGAUUCGCUAACAGAGAUGUUAGCAUUUGCCAGUGACUUCUGUAAGUCUUUAACUGACACUCUAGGAUUCUUCUUCAUCUCAUUGAGCAUUCUGCGCUGUGCUCUUGCAGUCAUCUUUACAGGACGGCCACUCCUAGGGAGAGUAGCAGCGGUGCUGAACUUUCUCCAUUUAUAGACAAUUCGUCUUACUGUGGACUGAUGAAUAGCAAGGAGAUACUUUUAUAACCCUUUCCAGCUUUAUGCAAGUCACAAUUCUUAAUCGUAGGUCUUCUGAGAGCUCUUUUGUGCGAGGCAUCAUUCACAUCAGGCAAUGCUUCUUGUGAAAAGCAAACCCAGAACUGGUGUGUGUUUUUUAUAGGGCAGGGCAGCUGUAACCAACACCUCCAAUCUCAUCUCAUUGAUUGGACUCCAGUUGGCUGACAUCUCACUCCAAUUAGCUCUUGGAGAUGUCAUUAGUCUAGGGGUUCACAUACCUUUUCCACCUGCACUGUGAAUGUUUACAUGGUGUGUUCAAUAAAAACAUGGCAACAUUUCAUUCUUUGUGUGUUAUUAGUUUAAGCAGACUGUGAUUGUCUAUUGUUGUGACUUAGAUGAUGAUCAGAUCACAUUUUAUGACCAAUUUGUGCAGAAAUCCAUAUCAUUCCAAAGGGUUCACAUACUUUUUCUUGCAACUGUAAUAGCAACAAUUUAUUAAAUAAUAACUAAUGAUGUUGGUGUUAAAUUAGUCCUAGCUGUAAAUGGAUAGCUUUCUUACAAAGGAAAUCUGCUAAUCCGUUAUUUUUUUCCCUGUUAUGCUAACUGCUUGACCUCACAAGAACAGAAACUCUGCCCAAGUAGAUAUGUUAAAAAUCUACGCCCUUUUGCAGAAUACUGCAUCUCUCUCAAAGCAAAAAGACAUGCCCGUCUCUCAGACACGUGGCUUGAUAACUACAUAUCAUAUCUACAAAAAAAAUAAAAAAAAUAUCCUAUCUCAAAUCUCACUAGAACAGCGUUUGUGAAUACAGGCACAUUUGUCAGGAAACAUUGAUUUUGCUUCCUAUGGACCAUGACCAACAUGAUACCAGGCAAAAUGAGGAUAAGGGAUGGAAUAGCAGUGGGAGCCACUGGCUCAAAACAUGACUGAGCUGGCCCUUUAACCACGUGUGACUUGCCGUAAAAGUGGCAAUUCAUGGUAUGCCUUGGUAUGGCUAGAUAGCUUUUUAUAACCAUGUGCGUACCCGAAGUACUGAAUGACAUAAUAUGCAUACUAUAUAUCUAGACCUUUUUCCAGAAACAUAGAAAAAAUUUCAUUUUUUUUCAUAUAUGAUUAUAAUUCGAAAUGUAUUUCAUCUCACAUUAGUCUUUCUAAAUGUUACAUUAAUUCUUAUUUUGCUAAUAUCUUUAAGAUACUAUGACUUGAACACAUGAUAAAAAUGAGGGUUAAAAUAAAAAAAAAAAAUACCUCCUUAGAUUUGCAUCCGUAAGUGGUCCUCCUGUAAAAUCAUGCUUCCAUUUUCUGAAUUUAUAUUUCUCAGAUAACUUCUCAUGGUUCUAGAUUGUCUGUUUAGAUACGUUUUGUCUUCUUACAUCUGACUUUAAAUGGAUUAGUUUUCCAACCAAGCUGCUUUUGUGGUGACAAUCUUUAUGAUGUCAUUUAUUGCCUUAGUGAUGUAAUAAUGUGCAUCUGAUCAGUGAAUGCAGAUGUGCAAUACAAAACUGUAUUCAAUAAUAAAUAAAUUAUGAUCUAGUGUAAUUAAGGAUGUUGUAUAUUAAAAUUCCCAUAUUGAUAGAUAUAGCAAGCUUCUCCGCUCAAUACACCCUGUCAAAACUGAGUUUGUUUCUUUUUUCCUUAAUUGGCUGGUGACUUAAAUCAAGAGUGGCCAAAAAGUCGAUUCCUGACUAUGUAGAACUACAAGUUCCAUGAUGUUUUGCCAUGCUUUGGGUGCACAGGUUAGUUGCCAUAUUUACACGCCCUGCACAGUAUCCCAAUUUUUGGUAAGUUGACAAAUAACAGUCCGUUUAAUUUUUCAUAUAUUUAAAAAAUUAUUAUUGGUAUUUAUAUAGCGCCAACUUAUUCUUCAGCACUUUACAAUUUUAUAAAGGGGGCAAUUUAACAAUAAAUGAGACAAUUACAAAAUGUCACAGAAACAAUGGGUUGAUGAUGACACUGCUCAUACAAGCUUACAAACAAAUGUGUCUGUGAGGUAUGAAAAGUAAAAUUAAAUGUAGAAAUAUACACCUCUUUAUCCUGAAACCAGGCACCUCCAUCUGAGUUCCCUGCCAAUCAUUGUUACAAACUCUGACCUUUGCACCUUGCCAUAUAUCAUAAUACAUUUGUGCGUACCAGAAGUAUUCAAUUAGGCACAAAAAUAUUCCCACCCAUUUCACAAAAAGUAAGAAAUAGACUAAGAGGGGUUAGUGUACACAUGACACUUCCCAUCCUAUGUAAAUAUCGCACAUCUCAGUGAUACAAAGCGUUCAUCAAAUUUCUUUUUUUAUAUAUAUAUAUAUAUAUAUAUAUAUAUAUGUUUAUAAUUACAAAUGCAUUUUAUAUCAUAUUAAUUCCAGUGAUGCAGUAGUUUUUAUAAGUCUUACAUUAAAAUUCCAUUGCCACUACUCUUGGUACCAUCUUUAAGAGAUAAUGCCUUGAACACAUACUUGAAAUGGGGGUUCAAAAAAGCUACCUACUUAGAUUUGCACCCGUGAGAGUUCUACAUGCUUCCAUUGUCUGAUUGUUAUUGCUCAAAAAACCUCCUCGUUGUUCUAGAUCGUCCUUUUGGAUAGUUUUCUCUUACCUCUGACCUUUAAUGGAUCACCUUCCCAGACCAGCUGAUUGUGUAGUGACACAAUCUUUAUGAUGUCACUCAUUGGCUGUGAUGUCAUUAUCUGCAUCUGAUCAGUAAAUGUAGACACAUAGUGCAAAACUGUAGUCUUCAAUAAUGCAUUCCUUAUAACCUAGUAUAAGUAACGAUGCUGCAUAUUAAAAUUCCAUACUGCUGUUAAUUAUUCUUGGAGUCAAAUAAAAGGCUGAAACUUCUACAUAUAAUAGCAGUGAAUAAAAAAGAUCCAUGUUUGCAGUGAAGACACCGGUAUAGCAAGCUUCUCAGCUCAAUACACCCUGUACAAUUCCAGUUUGUUUCUUUUUUCCUUAAUUGGGUGGUGACUUAAAUCAAGAGUGACCUUAAAGUAGAUUCCUAAAUGCGUAGAGCUAGAAGUUCCAUGAUGUUUAGCCAGCCUUUAGGUGCCCAGUGUAAUUGCUUUAUUCAUCAGCACUGCACAGUAACCCUAAUUCAGGUAUGUUGCCAAAUAAGUCAGUGGACUUUAAAAGGAAGCUAACAUUUCUCAGGAUUUUUAACUUUAUAUUUGCUUAUUCCUAUAUUUUACAAAUGUGUUUGUGAGGUGUGAAACAUAAAAUACUUAGAAAUCUGCACCCUUUGAUUCCAGGUCUGAGGUCAAGUUCUCACUCAGCCCUAUCUCCAUUGACAACACUCACCCUCACAUGAGUGGGGUAGGGAGAUCAGGGAGGGCACACUAAGUGACAGAUGGAGGGGGUGCAGUGGCUGUCUGGCACCAGCAUGCUGUGCAUACUGACAUUAAUUUUGCACAGAUAUAACAUUAGCCACUCGGAAAUGUAAUUCCGUGCUGUCUAAUGACACCCCUAUGAUGACUGCAUGGCCUUUUCGUCUGCACUUUUGUUAGAUGCAGACCCUGCAUGUGAUUUCUUGCAUUAGUUGGGUACCUCAGUUGGUUGCCAUAUUUACAUGUCCUGCACAGUAGCCCUGUUUCUAAUAAGUUGUCAUAAAAGUCAGAAAUAAUUCCUUUAGGGAGUCCAACUGGUAACACAACUGAACUUGAGUUUCCUUGAGUUGGUCAUAUUAAAUGGCAUGUUUAUUCCAAAAAUCUUCUGUGAAGCAUAGUGGAAAGAUUAUGGCCUCGUUUUCAUCCUUUUCGAUAACCUUUUAAAAUUAUCCCAAUCUGUUAGAAAAAAAAUCUUUUCAACUGAUGUUAUCUUUAACUUUCCCCAUAGACUUGUGUGCAUAAAUCAUUUGAAGCAAUUUUCUAACAAAUUAUGAUCAUUUGUAAACCUUAUCCAAAUUAAUUAAAUCAAGGCCUAGGUAAUAAAUGUAAUUAAGUUCCUAACCUGUAAAUCAAUUCCGUUACUUGUUUUUUUUUUUGUUUGUUUUUUUAGAUGAUUACAAGUAACAACACAAAACUGCUGAAACUAUUUUAAAAUUACAAGUACGAGAUACACACUGGUUUUGUAAUAUAAUAUAAUGUUGCAAUAACCAAACUUUCUGCUCAAAGAGCUUCUAUAAUAUCAGUCACAGAGAUUUUUCUUUUUUUUACAUACCUACAGGCUAUUUCAUUUCUGACACCCCUUGCCGUCAUUUUUGUGGUGAAGAUAAUUCAACGAACAAAUAGAACAGAGGUUAAAGAAGCCUGUCUGGGUAAGUAUGGAACUGGAUUUGAGAAAUUAUUAAACUAGGAAUUCCCUGAUAGGUGAAAUGUACCCAGUAUUCUUCACAUAGCCCUUAUUAAGAACAUCUUUAUCAAGAACUCCUUUUAAAGUUUUAAGAACAUUUUAAACACCAUAGAUACUGCAGCUUUACAACAUUAAUCAUAUCUUGUACUGCCCAAAAGUAGAUAAAUGUCAGCGCUGUGCAAUAGCCCCAAAUAAGUGUUUGUGGGGAAGCUGGGUAUUGAGAUAAAUGUGUAUGAUUUCCACCUCCGCAGCGGUGGUUUAGAACUUUGUAUCCUACAGCAGUGAUCACAGUAACUUAUCUUCAAAGAUGCAAACCAAGCAAAGAAAGUGCAACACAGUUUAUUAAUAUCAUGUAAAAAUGAAACUCCAAAUAGUUUAAAAAACGUAUACACAGUAAAAAAGAUGGUGUUUAAAUCCUACUGUCCAUCUAAGGAUCCAAACAGAGUCCAGAAUAUGUAGCAGAUAAGCAGUGUGCAGUAGAAAUCCAGAAAAAGUCCAAGGAUCUAGCCGAAAUGCUGCAAGUUCAAAUGGAGGGUUUAUAUACACAAGAUAAGGCAGACUCAUUAUCUUGGAAAAGCCCACUGAGUGCGGGCGAAACGCGUGGAUGAGUUAGAAGCCUUUCAUCUUAUCUUUCCAGGCAGACUCCUUUGGCAAUUAAGUGCUUUGUCAUCCCUCCAUUUGGUGGAAAUCAUACACAUUUAUCUCAAUACCCAGCUACCCCACAAACACUUAUUUGGGGCUAUUGCACAGCGCUGACAUUUAUCUACUUUUGGACAUUCUACCACAUAGGUUUGCGGAAUAACCUUUUAUGUCUGGCAGCUACAAAUUUUUUUAUCUUUGGACUUUUAAUAUUUGGUGUUAUACAGACGAUUUAAUUUUAUAUUGCGCUUUUUGGUUCUAUUUUUUUUAUAUCCUGUACUGCGCAUUGGGUGAUACCGUCUCUGCAUUGUCAUUGCUCACAGUUUUACCAACAGUGUGAAGUGAGGGACCUCUAAUUUCAGAGCAGCUCCAAUACAUGCACAUCGCAGCCUGCCUGAGAUUAGUGGGCAUUACAAUCCUUUAAUUCUAUGUACGUGGUCUGUCUGGAAAAAGUCCAGGUAUUGCUAAUAUAACGAGAAUGGUUUGCGCGACAUCGAUGUAACUUGCCAGCCCAGGAGAGAGGAGAGGAAUGCUCAUGCGUUAACAAGGAUGUCUUCACUGUACUAGUCAGUGGGGGCGCUAGAUGCCAUUGAGUGAGCAUGUGUACUGUGUGGUCGUCACCUUCAAAAUGACUGAGAGAGUAGAGCAACAAAUCUGCGUCAAAGUUUGCAUUAACCCCUUAAGGACCAAACUUCUGGAAUAAAAGGGAAUCAUGGCAUGUCACACAUGUCAUGUGUCUUUAAGGGGUUAAGCUUGAACAUUCCUCUGCGGAAACUCUUCAGAUGGCUUUUAGGGACGAUGCAAUGAGAGCAGGGCACAUAAAGGUGUGGCACAAAUGCUUCAAAAAUGAUCGGGAAUCUGUUGAAAGAUUUGCGCCCUGUGAUUUGUGGCUUUUCCCAAAACUAAAAUCCCCUUUGAAAGAGAAGAGAUUUAAGACCGUCAAUGAGAUUCAGGUAAAUUCGACAAGGUAGCUGAUGGCUAUUCCAACAAAGAAUUUUGCAGAGUGUUUUCAAAAGUGGAAAAGAAGCUGGGAGAACUGUGUGAGGUCCCAAGGUGCCUACUUUGAAGGGGACUGAGGCGUCAUUGUCCUAUGUACAAUGUUUCUUGUAUCUUCUUCAAUAAAUAUCUCUAUUUUCAUAUUACAUGGCUGGAUACUUUCUGGACAGACCUCAUAUAUAUAUAUAUAUAUAUAUUUAUAAUUAGUGGUCGGGGCCAAGGCCAAAUGUAAUUAAUACAUUUGAGCCAUACUAGUAAAGAUAAGUUGGUUGUGGUGUGCCAAAACCGAUGAUGAAUGGGAAGGCCUGAAUGAAAAAGGGCCUACCUACUGAAAGAAUUAUUACAGUGAGCGGUAGAUGGGUUCCUAAACACCCACAGAAUGCCCAGAGGUAGCUGUGAGGGAGGUUGAUAUAGGGUAGAUAAACUCAUCCCACAACUCCAGGAAAACUGCCUUUCGUUGUGGAGGAGCCAAAGACACAGAAACCUCUAUCCCUAUUGUCCCUCCCUGCAUGCCAUCAUUAUGGGGAAAGGGCUUGACUAAACAGGAUGGCAGCUGCAAAGAGGAGUGUAACUCCCACUAAUCUGUCAGAUCGGUACAUGUAAAUGUCAGUCGUUGUGGAAAAGAGUUUUGUUUGCAGUUUUAUAUUUUGUACCCGCUGUGCAGUACUGGUUUGGAAAAUAUAACCUGUCAUUUAAAUAACUAUCAGAUCAUGUAGCUUUUGUAGCUAAAGGUAGAACUGCAUGCAUAAAGAAAAUAUACAUAAAUGUGUGUGUGUGUGUGUGUGUGUGUGCACACAUUCGCCAGAUACAUCAACAGAUGAAAAUUCCAAGACAUGCUACAAUUUUCCAAUCUACAGAUGUCCCCAACCGCAUGCACAUCGAUGACAUUAGAUAAUGGCAUUACCACUGGAUCUUGAGUGCAUUUAAGGCCUUUUAUGAACAACCAGUAUUAACAAUAACAAAAUGUUCCUAAAACUUCUAUCUGCGUGAUUCAGUUGAGAUCAGUACAAACCAAUACUUGUCAUAAUUUUUAUCUGGGAAAAAGAAGAGCAAGUUAUGUGUGAAGACUGUUUUAAAACUGUCUCCCAGAAAUGUAAUUAUAUCUCUACGGUUGAAACCAACUAGAUGGAGACUGAUUAAGUGAUUAAUGUAGCUGUGCUGUGAAGAAAUACGCCUAAAAUUUGACCUGUGAGCAGUCCUAGACUUUAAUAAUAGCUUGCUUCUAGUAUAUGAGAGAGACAGAGCCCAGGGACAUUUGCUACACUGUAUUUUCUUUUGUUCUUAUCAACGAUUACCGUGUGCAUUGAGUUAAGUAGACAAAGAGCCAAGAAUCAAUAUGUACCAUACAUCAAUAGCAGACCUUAAUUACCAUAAAUCACUGCAGUAACGAGAUGCUGUCAGAUUCAACGUUUCUGUAUAUCAUGUAUGUCGGACAAUAGUUCAGUAAUGUAAUAUUACACAUUCUAUUAAUUAUCCAAUGGCGAUCAGAUGUCUACUGAGCUAUCGUGUACCUUUUAUUUAUACGUCUAUAAGUACAGAGUGACUGCUACCUUAAUAUAUACUGACAAGUACAAUUCUGUGAGGUUGAUAUCAUUAGGCAAAUUAAAGGACUGAUGGCUUAAUUCUGGCAGCACCUAAUAUUGAUCGUAUGCAUGACUCUUUAACUCUCACUGAUCUCUCUGGUAUCUCUGAUCUCUCAUGCAGCUGUGUCCUUGGCAUUGGCUCUGAAUGGAGUUUGCACCAACACCAUCAAACUUAUAGUGGGAAGGUAUGUUUUAACGCUGGGGUCGGCAAUUUCACUUCCUAGGACUGCAUGUUCUGUACAUUUAAUGCUAUGCAUAGUCCAGCGAUGUCCGACCUUUGACACUGCAGCUGUUAUGGACUAUGUUUCCCAUGAUGCCUAGCUCAUCCACAAGAGCUGCAGUGCCUAGGCAUUGCUGGCGUGGGAGAUUUAAUACCAAUUCUUCUGUUUAUAUUGCUCAUGCAUCCGAUGAUUGAAGAACUAAUGACAUGUCGCUGCUAUCAAUAGUCUGAAUGCUGAAUUAGUGAUGUCUGCUUUUAACAAUGUCCCUUGGUACCACCAGUUUUAUGUCGCCUAAUAGCCUCAUUUACAUGAAUUGUUCCCCAAGGCACAGUAUCGUCAGCGUCUUUACUCCCUAGUGCAGGAUUAUUACAUGUAAUUAGCUAUUACAGAGAAAGCAUUGGGGCCCUUGAGAAAUGUUAUUGAAUCAAGUAAUUUUGAAUGUUUGGAAUAAAGAGGAUCUGCAAAUAUAUACAAAAUAAAUCACAGAAAACAAAUAGUUUGCAUUUUAACUUUUAUUGAUUUUAGCUAGCAGAGAUAGAGGGACAACUUUUCUCCAGUAAUGCAAGCCUAACCAGUUGGCUCAGUGGGGUUGCUGCCAAGAAGCCAAGUAUGGCUAACAGACCAGUCAGUCGAGCCCCUUACAGCACACUCUAGAACUCACUAUUGGAAUCCAAAGCAGAAAGAGUUCAAGAAGACUUCUUUCAUAGCACAAAUCAUGGAUCAAAAACUCCCCAAUGUCAUUACAGACACAGCGUCAGGGUUAUUCAUUAUACUAGAAUCACAAAAACAGACUUGUAAAAAUAGCUGAUUUUGGUAGGUUCCCUCGAUUCAGCUAUUUUGCCCUUGAUUUUAUAUUUUGCUUGUCAACUCUCCACAGUUCUUGAUCUAGUGAGCAUGUGUUGAAUCGUAAGUUAGGAUGAUAGGAAUAAUUCCAUGUAAUGCAUUGCAACAUCUCAUCAUUUCAUGAAGUCCACAAUCCAUCUCGGUCACAUAUAAAAAAAAUGAAUAAGGUGGAACCGACCGGCUGCAAGGAGGAUCAAGGCUUGUCUUUACAUUGCUCAUAGGGAAAGCUAGCUCUGUAAAAGACAGCAACUGCUUUUGAUGGUUUCUCUGUAGUAUUUUCUUUGAAUAUUCUUCAGGUAUGUCAAAUCAUCUGAUUUUCUGUCCCUGUAGUAGCUUAGAAUCUUAAGAUAUCCACCGAGAUCACACAAAAAAGGAACUUCAAAAUACACAGAAUAAAACAUAUUUCAAUGUAUUUACUUUAUCAAACUUGUUUUCACAGUGAACUUACUUAGUAACUAGCACACUGUGUACCUCGCAGAUCCUAAAGAAACUAAAUACAGUAGUGCAUUCAGAGUGAUCUUGCCCUGGUUACUGGUCUUACACUACCUUUAACUUUAUUGUGUAUUCCGAGUGCUAUUGCAUUAAACCAUACACAAUAUAACAUUAAAUACUUACAUUUCUUUCAAGAGAAAAAUAUAUUCCUAGUUCCAGAUGAAUAUUUGUGACAUUUUUUCAUAUUCUAACUGUAGCAUUAUUUGUUUCGUAUAACCUAUGAUUCUCUUCAUUCACGUAUUUUGUAGCAUCUGGCAAUAAAACAUGAUUUCAGACCAGCAUUUCAAUUUCCUAGGCUAAAGAUAGAAGCCAUGCCUGCACAUGCAUUCAUUUCACAGUGGCUUUGGGAUGUCAAUGAGAUUGUGCAGCCCCAUAAGACUUGCAGUGUCGCGAUCAGUGUAGAAGAACAUUUUUAAAAAAAUAUUUAAUUCAAUUCAAGAGUGGAACAGAAUUGAGGCUAUUGAAGCAAUACAAUGAAGAAACCAGCAGUUGGAUUAAAAUUAACCGCUAACACUGUAAUACAUUGGAGAGAAUGGUAGAAGCUUACAGCAAAAUAUUCUAGGGAAUAUAAAAAUAUGUUUGACAGAAGGUUCUAUUGGCACGAUGGAAUAUAUACACUACCAUUAUAGGCAAUCAGCUCAUUCUAUAUGUGAUAGAAUUUUGUGACAUGUUCAGCUAGAUGUUGGCAUUUUAGAUCUUCGAUGCAGGACUAACAGGAAUAUCGGAUAUAGUUUUUGUCUACAACAAUUCAUAUCUCCUCCUGGAGUCCGUAGGUUUUGUGGAACCAAAAGUCAAUAACAGGCCGUAGCCAAGGAAUUAAUAAAUCUGGUUAUAAAUUAAACGUGUCCGCAGUCCGCUUACACCUGGUACACCAGUGGGCGCUAACUAGCACCUUCCAUGUUUUGUGGUUCGAGGAUAAACCUGUGUGAUACUAAAAAAUAAAUAUGUAGAAGACCUGAGCGUCAAGAGUGAUGUGCCAUACCGUACAUAGGAGGGAGAGUACUUCUUAAUUUUUUAGAAUAUUUUGCCUCCAUCCAAACCAAGUUGAAAUUCGAAAUCAGUAUUCCUAAAAUAGCAUGUUUAUUUUCAUCUGAAUAACAAUAUUGGAAUAUAUGAGUCUGCAUUUUCUAAAGACAUUAAAGCACAGCUAACAUCACGCACUAGUGUAUAUUUCAAUCCAAAUUAGAUUAGAACUCCUAGGCCACAUUGUAUGCAGUUGGUAUAGUAGAAUUGUAAUGUUGCUUUGGUUAUAGAAUGAAAUGGAAAGAGGGUGGCACCUCUGAUGAACUGGUUUUAUUGCCAGCUCAAUAUAAACGGUGCACUCCUUGUACAAUACAGUAAAUGCCAAUUCAUUUUCAUUCAUUCAUUAAUUGUCAUCAAUGGAUUAUGUUAUACUGCUGCGAGCCAUAGUGUUGGCAGUUUGUGACCUCAUCAGCGUUCGCCUCCACAUUCUCAUAAAAAUAUAAUAAGAUUUAAAAAACUCAAGAAAAAAGUAUUUUCUUAUUUGUUACAGGUUCUAUUUGUUACAGGUCAACAUUUUUGCUAAGUAGCUGAGUAGCUAAGAGGCGAAAUGUUGAAAAUGUAAAACCUUACGGCAUGCUAGCUUUAUUCUACUGAUUAAAUUAAACCUAAUUUUCAAAAAUUCCCAGAUGGGAUUGGAAUACAGAGUGAGUGGCAAGUGAGGGCUUAAGUGGAUCUGUCACCCAAGGCAACGUUACAUUAAUCAACACGCACAAAUCACUGUCUACGUAUGUUCUAAAACUGUUGUGUGGUUUUUAGAUAUAUUUAAUAAUAUAAAUUCAAACCUAAAAAAAAAGUAAUUUUGUAAAAACCUAGAAAGGAGCAUUUCUCAGCUUCUCCCUAGAGGUUUUCUGCAUCGACUAUAAAACUAAAUACCUAUAUUUAAGCAAAUACAAAAUUAGGCCAGACGUAUCAUGCAUGUUUCCAGAUAGAAAUGUUAUAUUUUUAUAUGAAUAUUUUAAAGGGUUACUCCAACCAUUUUUGAUAGUAAACUAAUUCUGCUUUACAAUGCCCUAUGAGGCAUUACUAAUAGGUGCUCCCCUGUAAAAAGGUUGUUAAUUUACUUGACAUCCAGUGCCGGGCUAAACCCCCGGCACUGAUCUCCACUCCCCAUUUGACAUCAUCCCUGCAGAUGUACGCUCCAAACACAUAGAGGAGCCUUUGAUUGGAGUGUUUCUCUGUCGCAGGGCACAUGCGUGCAAUCUGAGCCAGCGAGUGGGUUUAAUCAAGGAAGUUGGGAGGAAGCACACAUGGGGGGGGAUGCUUGUUACAUCUGUUGCCAGCGCACUGUAGGGGCUGACGACAGGUGUAAAAUAUGCUCAAAAUUUACUUUUGUACUUUUGGCAGUGUAACACAUUUGACACAAGUCCAAAUAUCUCUGAUUGUGCAGUGUUUUAAGCAGAAACCAUGCACAUCCAAACUCCUACCACCGUGACCACUUUAAACCACUUAAAUGGUUAUAGUGGUUGGAAUAACCCUUUAAGCACAAGAAGCAAGUUGUUCAAGUGCAAAUGUCUUAAACACAAAACCUAGUGAAUUGCGCAAAAGCAUGUUAGUGUAAUACACAUGCAGUUUUCUAGGUUCUGUUGAUUAAUUUUAAGUAACUGUUCAAUUUUAAUGAUAUUAGUGUAUUUAGCUUAUUAGUACUCUGAUAUCACGGAUAUACAGUGACAGUAUUUAAGUGUUAGCAAUACAGUUUAAUAUUAAGGGCUUAAAGGAACACUGUAGCAUUAUUAAUACAUACCGAUAUUCCUACAGCUAAAGUCCUGAUGCCACUUGUCAUUUAGGUCCCCGUUGUAAAAAAAAAAAAAAGUGAAAUAAAACAAAAUGCUCACUUUUUCUCCAGCACCGAGUCUCCCUCGGUGUUGUCGCAACCACCUUCUUGUUUGCUCAUUCAUAGAGGAGCAUUGGGGACUUUAGAUUUAAUAAUUCUCUAUGGCCAUUCGUGACGCCACAGUAUGAGAUCCAGUAGGCUUGGAGCAUGACAUAAAGCAGCGCUUCCAAGCUCUCUAAUUAGUUUACCAACUGGUUUUGUGGGUAGGUGAAGGGGAGGCAGGACUGCAGGUACUAUAACAACUUCAAUAAAAUGAAGUUGUCAAAGUACCUAGAGUGUCCCUUUAAUGUUUUUUUUUUUUAAAUUUUUUAUUUUUUUUGCAGUGCAUAUUAGUAUAAACAGGCCUGAGGUACCCCAACGGCAAUCCUUAGGCUUCGUGAAACAUUGGAUAGGGAAUGCACAAUUUUUGGGUUAUAAACAGGAGAUAAACAGGAUAGUACAAUUCCCAGGUAGGUCUAUACAGCCAAAUAUCAUGGUACAGGCAUCUAUUGGUGAGUUUGGCUAUGAGACCUGCCAGGUUAGGUAACUUACACUAAAAUCACAAUAUAAUACAAGACUGUCGGUAUUAAACACGCUCGACGCACAUGAAAGGCAUUUGUCCCGUGUAAAUUGCUAAAAGGGCAUCUAUAGGUAGGUUGGGUAGUUAGGAGACCUGCCCCUUAGGAGUUACAUGAGGUGCACAAUCCUAUAUGAUCAUCUAUCUCUUACAGGGCCGUCUUUAAUAUUGAUUGGACCCUGGGCAAGCAUCUGUUUGGGCCCCCUGGGCAUGCAAUCACUCCCUCCACCCCAACCUAGAGGCGAAACUAAUGUAGAGAGUGCCUUGGUGCAACAAAAAAAUAAAAUUCAGGCCUGCCCUGUAGCACAAGAGUAAAGAAAAGAUAGAUCCCCAUCUGUCAUACAACUCCUGCGAUGCUAUGCCAGGUGGGGAUCUACCAUCCUUGCAGGGUUGUAUUUUUGAGCAGUGUUUGUGCAAAUGAAUGUCAGCAUGUUAUUGUAUAGAGUGUAUGUGUGCAUGUAGGAGUGUAUUUGUAUGUACUGUUACCAUUGGAAUGCAGUGGUGUACUUGUGUGUAGUGUUUGCAUUUUAAUGCAGGGAUGUGUGAUUGUUUGUAGUGUUGGCUUUUAAAUGCAGGUGUACUUUUGUGUGUAGAGUUGGUGUUUGUAUAUAAUUUUAGCGUUUUAAUACAGGAAUGUGUUUGCAUGUAAUGUUUGUAUUUGCAUGCAGGGGGGUGUUUGGAUGUAGUGUUGUCUUUUAAAUACAUGUGUACAUUUGUGUGUAGUGUUAGUGUUUCAGCAAACUGGUGUGUUUGUAAUGUUUGUGUUUGCAGGGGUCUGUUUGCAUGUUGUGUGAUUUCUAUAACACAUAUACACAUACACAUUAACACGCAGAUACACACAUGCUCACACUGACACAUGCUCACACCUUGACACAUACUGGCACAUACACAUACACUCAGAUACACACCCUUUGACACACAGAUACAAGCACUUUGAUAUACACACACUGGCACAUACACACACACACACACACACGCACUGACACAGGUAUAUACACACACUCAGAUACACACAUACAUAAAGGUAUAAAUGCAGGGGUGUAUAUGUGUACAGUGCUAGAGAUGGAAUGUAAGAGUGUAUUUGUGUUGGCAUUAAAAUGCUGGGAUGUAUGCAUUACCACACACUCAGAUGCACACUUACACACACACUGAAACACACACACAGGUGCACAUACAGGUGUAUGAGGUAUACAUACACACAGAAACACUGACACACAGACAAACACAGCCAGAUACACACAAGGACAUAAACACAGUCAGAUACACACAUAUAUAUGUGUACAUUUACAUAUUUUAAUCUCUGCCUUCUAGCAGCUCUUGGACAGCAACUCCCAGCAACCUUGGCCAAUAUAAUGUCUCAACUCUGUUCUUACAUACCCUGGUCCAGAAUUUGGCAAAAAUGACAUUUGGAAAUGGUGUACAGCCUUUGAUAACACUUGAUGCAAUAAUAUGUUAAAAUAAAUACUUUUUAAAUUUAUAUUUAAUAGGGAACUGUCAGGUUCUUCUAGGAUUUUUAACAUGUACUUAUUCCCUGUGUGUUACAUUACAAACACCAACACACUUAAAUAAAAGUGAUAUCAGAAAUUAGCAAAACAAAAAACAAAACAUAUUUAGCCACCCUCCUGUCUCCUUACCUUUUGGGUACAGAAAGGUGGCUUCCCUGGUGUUCAGUGAGAGCUUGUUGGCCCAGGCUGAUGGGAGUCUGCCAUCAGCUUUCUCAGUCCCUCUCCCCCACAAUGCUUGCAUCCCCCUCCAUGCGGUGUGUGCCUCCUCCCCGGCGGCACUGAGGAGGAACUGAUCAGUUCUUACUGGGAUGAAGCAAUCUGACCUCACUUUCUCCCAGCAUGCCCAGGAAACAAAGAGACUCACAGGGCAGUAUGUGAGGGGGCUAGCUGUGAGUAUGUAGUCAGCCACCCCCAUAUAACAGGGGCCCGGGCCAGUCCAGAGCAGUAUUAAAGGGCUGUGGCCCCUGAUUACCUCAGGUGCCGCAGGGGGCCCAUGGGGCAGCUGCCUUAGGGCCCCCAGGAGUAACUGGGCCUGGGGCAGCUGCCCCUUUUGCCCCUCCUUAAAGACGGCUCUGAUCUUUUAUAAUCUGUAUUUUAGGUGUGCAGAGAAGCAUAUUCAAUUAGACUGACAUUUGGAGUGAAACAAAAUAAGCUAUUACAAACCGAUGGUUAGAUCUCUGAAUGUCUAAUUAAGAUACACACUUUAAAAGAUAAAAAAAAUUAUCAAGAAACACAAACUAGCCAUUUGUGAUAGGUCUCUAGGAUGAGAAACAAAACUACUCAAUCCUAGCUAGCAUGAAAAUUAUUACAAGCCGAUUUAAAGCAGUAAGUAUGAAAUUACCUGCUGAACAUAAACAUUCCAGACCUUGCUAAAUAAAACAGUCGAGUGACUAACAGUUGUAACUGCUCAGCAGGCCACCCCAUGGUAACUGCCUUUAAUGGUUUUUAGUGGCAUUUCAUUCUGUUUUUUGCACAAGGGCUUAGAGAUGCCAGUGGAAAAACAUGCUUUUAGUGUUAAGUUUUUACUAAGCACCAGAAAUACAGGUAAAUAUAAUCUCCAAAUAUUUCUGUGCCUACUUCGAGUGCUAAGUGGCAGUGAUCAUUGUUGAACCACAAUAUAAAUCUGCAGACAAAGUAACUGCAUGUGGAUGUUGUCCAAGAAAUACACGUUUUUCAUUGCUUGCUAGUCAGGGGUUUAAAUGCCAUCACUGCAUUUGUGCUAAAAACAUUUGUAGCCCUUUCCUCGAGUGUGCUGUACUGAGUUGUGUACUAAUGUGAUUUAAAUGAGUUUUAAAUUGCUUCACUGAUAAUCAAUAAAAGAGCUAGCAAACUGCAAUAUUAAAAUCUGCGAGAAAAGAAGCCAAAGUAUAACAAAGUUGUAUUCAGUGAAGGCGUAAACAGUGCAGUAUACAGUUUUACUAUGUAACUUUCAUAUUCCGUAAUAUUAUUAUUAGUAGUACCGUAGCACAAACUGGCUCAGAGAGUGUUAUAUUGCUUCUCUCCAGCAAUUUAAGAGCUUUAACACAUUAAUGAACCUUGUCAGUGAUAAAUAACAAGGCAGGGAAAGGUAGAGAAGUGGUAGUUCACCAGUUUUUAGCUUCCAUUAAAUCGGAUCCCUCACCCGUUUUCUUCUGUCGGUGGUGUCUUGCAGGCCUCGUCCUGAUUUCUUUUACCGCUGCUUUCCUGACGGGGUUUCGAAUGAGGAGAUGCAUUGCACUGGAGAUGCUAGCCUGGUGUCAGAAGGCAGGAAGAGUUUCCCCAGCAUCCAUGCUUCCUGUAAGUAAAUUAGAACCUUAUCACAUUAAAUCAGCUGAACCCACAUAGGAACCCAGAGAAUCACUAUGAAAGUGGUUCCGAAGUUCCAAAUAGUUCAAUGGAGACUUUGGGCCAUAUUUAUCAAGGCAAGACAAGUGAUAAUCUGGGGCAAAGUGCUCAAUAUGGAUUAUUCAUUGUGGAAACAAAGAAUGUUCAAGGAUCGAUUCCUUAGAAAAACACCCGUAUUGCAAUUAUAAAUAUAGCCAAACAUCACUGGAGGAAAAAUUUGAAUUAAUUGCAUGUAUGCAAUGGAAAUUGUAUUGGUUUGUGUGUUUCUUUGUGUUUUUGUGUUUGUCUGUGUUUCCAGUCUUUCUGAUGGAUGGAAUUCACAAUCUUCUGAUAGAUACUAAGAAAGAUUUUUCCUUAAGAUAAAAUAACCACUCUUUGUGGACUUUAACAUUAAUGGUAAUGCUAUAAUCUCAGAUUCAGUUUGCGAUUAAACCUGACUAUCAUACAUUGUAUGGUACAGUGGCACAACAACCACACUGCUACAUUUGUAUCCCAUCAUUACUAUCCCUUAUUUUUGACAUGUAGAGAUUUUAGACUCUGAUGGACUUAUAGAUCUAUUUGUGUACUCUUAUUUUAUUAGGCUACAUUUGUUUUUAUAUUUUAUUUCUAGGGUUAUAUUUAUUCUUCCCCACCCUCCAUUUUUUUUCUCCUGACUUAAAUAUCAUCUCACAUUAGUGUAAAAUUAUAUUUAAGUGAGGAGAAAAAUAAAUAAAUAAAUAUCUGUCAUCCGGUGAAGACGAUUGUACCUGUCCAGAUGGAAAUGACUAGUGACUGAGAGGACAAAAGAUGUUAUAAAUAUUAUUAUGUCUGACAAUCUGCUAGAGUGGAUUUUCAAAUUACUCUUGUCGAUCUAGUAGUGAAUAAUUGAAAAUUAAAUUUGAUUGGAUUUAUUUGGAAAGAAUGGGCUCCUCUGAAGGUGAAGGGUUCGCAAUGUGAGUGCUAUAGAAAUAAGUGUUAUUAUGUUUUGCCAUAUUGAGGGAAUUGCUUUCUAAAUGGAUUAAUUGGAUUUGUAGAAAAUGCACGUGGAUGUGUAGAGGAACGAUGCACAAUGAAUUCUAACGAUACAUUGUCUCAUCAAGAGCAUGACUGUUUCAUUGUGAUGAUAAAACGUACUUGUGGAGGAAUCCGUGCCUGCUAUAAGAGAAUUAUUACAGCUGUUGCAUAUGAUGUAGAAUUGUGAUUUUUAUGUUUCUGAUACUAUCCAGUUUAGUAUGAUUCUUUGGAAACAAGACGUGAUAUUCUAAGAUAUAGAAACAUAGAAUGUGACGACAGAUAAGAACCAUUCGGCCCAUCUAGUCUGCACAAUUUUCUUAAUACUUUAAUUAGUCCCUGGCCUUAUCUUAUAGUUAGGAUAGCCUUAUGACUAUCCCACGCAUGCUUGAACUCCUUUACUGUGUUAACCUUUACCACUUCAGCUGGAAGGCUAUUCCAUGCGUCCACUACCCCCUCUGUAUAGUAAUACAGACUAUUAUUUUUAAAUACUUGGGGCUAGGGUUUCACAUAUUAAUAUAGGGGGGUUCAUUAUAUCUACAUCUUAGCGGGAAGGUAGAUAACGGUUGAUAGAGUGACUGUUUUAUUAGACCGGGCAAUGGACAAAUGAAACUGCUCAUGGAUGGAACACCUCACUGAUUUUAGUGAUGCUAACAACCCCUCACUAUACUAAAGGCUUAUGUACAGUGCCACUGGCUUGCGCCAAUAUUGGUGAUACUUCAUGGAUCCCUACCGGGGGGUGCUGUCCUGACUCCCAUGAUGGUAAAUGCAGCACAAUUCUUUUAAAGGACUUCCUUCCCGAUGUGGGUUUUACGGUUUUAUGCGAUAUGUGUUAUGGGUUACAAUUGUUUGUAUUUUGCACUUUUUCUACAAUGUCAUCUUACUGUACUUUAAUAAUGUACGCGCUUUGUAUUUUUCUGACGAUAUAGAAUAAAAAAAGAGAUUGACAAAAAAACAUUGGUGUAUAACACACAGUUUGCAGCUGAAAUUGGUGAUACAGUAUCUGGUUCUGGCUUUCUAUAAUUGUAACAAAAAAAUCAGGUUAGACGUAUGAUUUGUAAUGCUGCACUGUAACUUAUGUCGUUAUUCACUAUACCAGAAAAAAAACGUGAUUGGACCUGAGACUUGUAAAACAGCCAUAUGUUCUACUUUUAGUUAUUUCAGCUUCAUCUGGGAAUUCACUUAUCAGCUGUCCACAGAUCAUUUGUAAACAUUAAAGGGACACUAUAGUCAUCCAGACCACUUCAGCUCAAUGAAGUGGUCUGGGUGCCAGGUCCCUCAGGUUUUAACCAUUCAGAUGCAAACGUAGCAGUUUCAGAGAAACUGCUAUGUUUACAUUUGGGGUUAAUCCAGCCUGUAGUGGCUGUCUUCCAUAUUAUGCCUCUAUCGCAGAGCGUCCAUAGGAAAGCAUUGAGCUCCUGUGACGUCAGACAGGGGAGCUGACGUCGGCGGGGGAGGAGAGGUCACCCGGCACUGGAUUAAGGUAAGUGGCUGAAGGGGUUUGGAAACGUAAGGCAAACUGCAAGUGUGGGAGUGGUGCGUGAUAGUGGACUUAGAGAGCAAAAUGAAUUAUUACCGUAUGUCCAAACAAAGUUAAAAAGAUGUAUCGUAAAAAAAGAUAAAAAUCUACCCAGUAUAACUAUUAUUUCACUGAUACAUUGUCCCUUUGAUAAUACAUCAUAGCAUGUUAUUAAAUUUAAAUAGGUCAUACCUUGUUUCUCAACAAUUUGAAUGGUCCAUUUAACCAGAUGAAAAGGAAAAACAUUAAAAAAAAGUAUUGAAAGUGAAAAAUUAGCAAAGGGCUUCUUCUUGUGUGAUUUUAAUUUUUUAGUUGAUUAUUGGAGAUUUCUUACCACAUUCCUAACAUGCAACACCUGAGAAUAAUGUGUUGCUAUGAUCUUUUAGAAAAGUGAGACAUAGUUCAGAGCUGAAGGAAGAUCAUCUUUCACAGACCUUUAUAAAUCCCCUUCAGGAUGUAAGUAGCCGUUUGGGAAAACCAAUGCUUUAAGAUAAAUGGCUUGCUACAUUGUCAGCUGCAGAGGUUGUCUGGGGAGAUGGAGUAAUCUACUCAGAAUUUAGCUGUUCCAAAGAACAAAGAAAUCAUGAUAAAUGAGAUUCUCUCCCAUUACCUCCUAUGUUGUCUAAUUGAAACGGAAACUACAUUUUAAAAUGAUCUUUGAUACAUUUACGAGAGAUAUAUAAUAUUUAUCCAAAAGUGAGCCUUGCCCGUCACUGACACAACUACACUUUGCAUAUCAGAAGGUAAUUUGGAAAACGAAAACUCAGAACAUUAACAAUUUAUCAAGGACAAACUGAGCUAUAAUGGAACAGCAGCAUACCUAUAUCCCUGAAUAUUCCACAGUUCACCAGUCUUUCUCUUGGUUUCCUUUGAUGUAUGUUAAGCUGGUGAUUUCUAUAAUAGAAAAAAUGAAAACCCAGAAAUGAGAAAUAUAGUGUAUGUAUGCAUUGAUGGGGGAGGGGGCUACAUGGCCUGUGCAGGGGACCUGAAAAGCCAUGGGUCUAAUUUUGGCACUAUUUUAUUGUUUGCCACAAGUAUAGUACUUAACAAGAAAUGAGACCUUCAGUUAUAUAAUUUGUGGCAGUUCCACUAUAUAACAUUAUAUUUGGUGUUGAUUUUAUACUAUAUAUUGACUAAAGUAACAGUUUUAUUAUUAACAAAUGGUCUGUGGACAACUUAGAAGUUGUGAGGGUACAGGUGUGGGUGCAAAGUUUGAAAGGUACACUCUAGGCACCCUAACAGCUUCACUGGAAUUAAGUUGUUAUGGUGCAAGAAGGUUCCGGGCACUAAGCUUACCUCAAGGGGAUAAAUUAAUUAUUUAACCUCAAAGUUUUCAGUUUUGAGCCCAUUAGCUCUGCCCCUGUAUUUCCUUUCUUUGUCCAAGGCUUCAAACAGGAUGCCUCGGAAUGGGCACCACGCAAAGGCUGAGAGCAUCAACUCGACCCAUCAGUAGCUCCCAAUUCAUAGAGCAGUGAGAGAAAAAUACAUACAUUUCUUGCUCUGUUUUGCGAAUGGUGACCUACUGAUAGACUGGUCUGACAAAGAAAUGAAGAUCAGGGGCAGAGCUAAUGUGGACCAGACUGAAAUCUUUGGAGAUUAAACCACUCUUUCUUGAGAUAAGCCAGUGCCUGGGACCCCCUCUCACCAUAUCAGCUUUAUUGCUAGUGUCUAUUUCGUGUAGUGGAACCAUCUAACAAUGCCCUUUAAGCUUUCCUCCUACUCAUUCUGAUGCCCAAAUUAGGAUUGCUGUAGUGUCUCUCCACACUUAGUGUUAUUGUCAUUAUACACAUGUUUAGAUAAUAUGAAAGGGGGCAUCAGGCACCUAAUUCACCUAGGGCACCAGACACGCUUAGGCCAGCCCGGCUACUCUGAAGAAUAUAAAAAUGGUUAUACCAUACACAUCGAUGAAAAGCUGUAUACUCAUCAUAAGUACACCAUGUGUAGCAGUGAAAGGCGAUCAGGGUUAUCUACUAAAGUAGGAAUUAGUGAAAUUCAAAUGUAUGGUCAAAAUAUUGGAACUGGAAACAAUCUCCAAAUCAGCUAUGCUUUCAGUUUAGCUACUCUGCCAUUGAAUAGGAAAUUCAGUCUGAUAUAAAUGGUGUUUUUAUGAGGAGCGUCCUCUUGUAGCCUGGUUGGCCAAGGAGCUGUCAUUUGUGACUCUCCAGGGUCUGUCUCUGUGAACCAUGUGGGUGCAGAUUAGGAAAAGUGUUGCCAAGAAAUAUGUCAAAUUCAUACGUUUUCAGAGAGAAACCAAUGAAUCAAUAAAUAGAACCCAAAGGGAAAACAAAACAAAACAUUGGUUAAAUAAUGUAUUUCCAGCUAUUUUAUAAAAGCCUGAAAGCCAUUUUUAUGUGCUACACCAGUCUAAAGGAGUUACGAGUUCUUUGAAAGGAAAGAAUCCAGAGAAUCUGAAAUUAAAGUUAUACUUUACACAGUGCUAUGUUUUCUGUACUGAGUGAGUAAUGUAUAUUCGGUGUCAGUAUGACAGUGGUAAUAACAGUUCAGCCAUGUGCAUGUGUGGGGUACAGGAGAUGUGUGGAUGUGGGUAUACCUAGCGCAAGAAAACCCAUAAAUAAAUCAUUGAGUACAAGCAGUGGAACUUGGCUUAUAUUGCAGGCAGAAUUCUCAUACUGAACUUGACUGCUGUGUUAGAAGAAAAAAAGAUAAGAAUCGAGACAAAACCAGCAAAGAAGCUGCUUGUAGGAAUUUAGUAAAAGUCCUCCAUGCCACGUGGUUGACAAGGAUGGACCUGAGAUUGAAAGUGAUGAGGAGAAUUGGGAUCGAUGAAAGUGAGAACUGGUCUUCGGAAAGAGGGGCGUUAUGAGAAGAAUUUAGUCCACAAGAGCCAAAUUAUAAAAAUUCUCCAAGUCGGAUAUGUUUUCAGUUUGGUUAUUCUAGUUUAUAAUUUGAAAUCCACUUUGGAUUCACUUUAAACCCAUGAGGAUUCACACACUAAUGAAAAACCCUGUUCGAGUGAGCUUGGAAAAAUGGAAAGGGGCUUGUACAGAUCUCCAUUUUACCAUCACCAUUAAAAAGCUUUACCCUUGUCUCUGAAAUUCCCAUAAUGGGAAUAUCAAUUCUUUCCUUCCAUAACCUCGUUAGGUUCUCCCCAACAUUUAGAACCCCAUAAUGCAUGCUGUCUAGUGCACCUUUCCCUGUUUUUACUUGUGUUCGUUGUUCCAAGGGCUCUCAAAUCCUGCUGUAUAAAUUAUUUGUCAAAUCCUGCUGUAUAAGUUAUUUCUGUCUGUCAAACAGUGUUUUACAAUGUUUCGUUUAUACCCUUUAUUAGUGAAUCUUGUGCUGUGCACUCGGCUGACUCCAUAUAAAUAAGUGAUGAUAAUAAUGAUCAGACACUAGAACACUGUUUCUGUUGUCUAACUGGAUGAGCACUUAGAAAGGUUUUAGAUUUCUGAUGUUUGUGCUUGUAAAUCCAAAUUUAUUGGAGAAAAUUGAAACAAUUUCCUUUCCUCUGAACCAGCAAUUUAUACAAAUAUGGAAUACUAGGCUUUAUUUAAUAAACCAUUUUAUAAUAAAAUAAAGAUAGAAACCUGCAUUGCUUAUUUUUUAGGUUAAAGCGUUUUAACUGCUGACACAGUGUACAAGUUCAUCUACUCAUACCUGAGAAUUCAUUCCCUUAUAAAAGUGAAAACACUGCUCCAGCAAUCACUAUGCAAUUGCCUAUAUUACUAAAUCCCAGCUGUAUUGUCCAUGCUACUCCUACUUUAGCUGAAAGCUGUGAUGGCUCUUGUAUCUAGCUAAGCUAACCUGCCUAGGCAGGAAUAGCACACACUUCACUCCCCUUGCAUUGCCACGAGGAGAGCAUCGCUCUUUGGGUACAGUUUUAAAAUAGAAAUGUCAAUGGUCCCUGAAUAUCUUAAUUUAACCAUGAGUUUGAUCUGUCGAUCAGAAGGAUUACUCUGGGUAGCCUGGGUAACCAGGUAGGGUUUAACAAGCUGGUCAAUAAACAAAGAGAGAUCGCCAGGCUUCCUACUUCUCACCCAAUAUGUAACAGGUAAAGGGUUAGUAUAUUGUGCAGAGACCACACAAUGCUUUUGUCCUCCCAUUCAAUACAGCAUUUGAAUAAAUAGAUACAUUUGGGCAUUGUAUCUUCAAGACCCUCCAUGACUCAAUCGCUCUACCAUCUUCCAGUAAAACAAGGACCAAAACAGUCCAUGCUGUAUUGGAAGAUGAUGACUGUUGGACAGAUACAUGAAUAAUAGCCCACAAGCUGUUUGGGUCAUUACCCAGUUGUACAUAAAAUGUAAUUUAUGUGCCUAACUAACCACUACAUACUACCUGCUUUUAAGAGAGAAGACAUCUUUACGGACAUUCUCCCUGCAUUAUGUUGUUGGGUCUUGCCAGUACUCUGAGCCAGUGUUAAUUUUGGAAGCAAAUUUCAAUUUGGUUUUAGUCAUAGUCUUUUGACUAAAAAGCUAUUUUAGUUUUAGUAGUAUUUUAUUUAUUUUCUAUGUAUUCAUUUUCUCCCUCAAAAACAGCUUAUACAUUGAAUAAGAAGGUAUUUGCAUAUCAUAUACACAAUUGUGGUAACAAUAACAUUGUCGGCCUCAUGUGAGGAAUGGUUCAUAUUACAAGACAUUACAGUUUAUAUAUGAUACACUACUAGGAUAGACUUCAUUAUGAUUGGAGCUGUUGAUACUAGAUUCAACUGUAUGUAGUUCCGAUUCUGGUUUGAUAGGUAAUAUCGGUCAAUAACACGUGAAAUACCCGUUGUCCUACUCUGUGUUUGGGAGCAUAAGGCUGAUUUGUUGACAUACCCCUUAUACACUUCUGACAUGUGUAAUAUGUUCUACUAACAACAUGAACUUAAAAUACUUAACUGAUAUAAUUAUAAAAAGGAAACAAAAGCAGUUUUCUACAUUUAGACAGUGAAAUAACAAAACAGUGUAAUUUCAGUGCCUUUCUGGGGGGCUUACACGCAGCUAAUCCCCUAUUGUGCCAGGGCCGACUGUGGACCGGGUGUUCUAUGCAUCAUUAUCAUGUUGGCUACUGGAAAGAAGGUUGAGGUAGAGUCGACAUAUUUAACUGAAGUGUAACAGACCACCUAUACUCCGCCCUAGUAUGUCUGUUAUGAAGCUCCCAAAUGAAAUAGUGAUUAUAGCUCCCAAGUCCUCAAACAGCAGCCUAGACUUGAUGAAGGGGUAAAACUGAUCUGUUUAAUCAGUGCUCAGUGGCCCACCUUUAUACAGUACAGAGACUCAGCAAACACGCCCAUGACACUCCUAUAAACGCACCCACAAAAUGUCCCCAAAUUCCAGUGUCCCCAUGACUAGGCAAUAAUUACAUAAAAUAAGAAAAUACAUAAAAACACAUAAUAAAUACAUAGGAACUCCCACAAAUAUUACAUCCCUGGAUAGCCUGGAACUGAGCGCCUAAAUUGUCCAAAUAGCGCUCAGAUCCCACAAACACAGCCGAAUUGCCACCCGGGUAAAGUUUUGACCGACCGCUCAUGAGGCGUCUGCCCAAACUAGUUCCAUAGUUUUAGAGGUAGCUAUCGGUCAAUUUCAGGAGUUCCAAAGUACACAAAAAUGCAAACGGUUUCCAUGGCUCAUAGGUAGUGUUCUAGUCCAUACAAACAAACCUACCGAACAGCGCUUUCCUGGCUUGUCGUGGAAAGAAGCAGGUGUUUGGAUGGCUUCACCGAUGUUCGUGCAGUCGAGUGUCCGUCUUAGAGUUCCAGACACUCGACGACCAAGUUCCGCUGCCUGCGUUCGUGCGACAAGUUGGGCGCCAUUUUUUCCACCACGUGGCUUUCGGUUAUAUGAACGGCGGCCACACAGAGAGAGCACUUAAUUCUGCAGUUUCUUUGUACUUAAUAAGCCAGGGGGGUGGUCAGUGUUUGGUAGUUUAUUAUACCGAAUGCAGGGAAAGCAUAAACGAAGCGAAGUCUAAGAACCCGAUCAGGGAACUGAUGAAGAGAUCAGUUCCGGGGUGGCAAAAUAGUGGGUUUUGUCACAUGUAGUUAUAUUGAACAGAGAAAAGUCCCUGUGUCAACAGUUUAAGGAGUUAUGGAGUCAUUCUAAGGUAGGGUGAAGUCUAUGAUCUUGGGAUAAAAUCAAAAGCAUUGUUAUGCUACCCAGGGGGGAACAAAGGAUUGGAAGUCAGUGGGUAAAGAGGGGAGGCGUAUAUAGAGAAGAUUUAGAAAUCCCUUACUUGCUUCCAAGUCUGCAGUGUUGGGGAGAUUGUGGGACGGGAGGAGUGGCUUGUCAGUAGAAAAGUACUCCCGGACUGAUGCCAUGGGAUCACGUGAAGUGGAGCUCUGAAGAAAGAUUUCUCUAUCAUUACCCACUGUGUCUGAGGAUUCGGAUUUGUCCAUUCAUAUAUUCUAUAUGCUUUAUAAUAUAGGCAGAUAUUAGGCAUGCUGGGAUUUAGCCCGUGUCAGGAUCUCAUAAGAAAGUCUUGGGUGCUUGUUGGAUGCUAAUGAAGUUGCGGGGGAGGUCAGCGUAAAAAACAGGUCAUCUGCAAAGGCUACUAUCUUGUAUUCUUUUUGAUUUAUUUGGAAUACCUGUAUGUCUCUAUUCUCCCUAAUUUCUUUUGAGGAAGGGUUCCAUCGUGAGAAUGAAGAGAAGGGGGGGAAGGGGGUACCCCUGCCUCGUGCCGUUUGUGAUUAUCACUGGGUCUGAGAGUUGGCUAUUAAUUUUAAGUUUGGCUGUGGGAAAGGAGUAAAUGGCAUUUAGCUAAAGUGUCCAGUUAGAACUAAAGCCCAAGAAGUUUUAAAAAGGACACAUCCACUCCGUCGAUGCCUUUUCGGCAUCGACCGAGAGAAGUAGGCUCUGGCUUGAAUAUGAUUUAGAAGCAUGGAUAAUAUUUAGUAAUUUGGUUGUGUUGUGUUUGGCUUCUCUUUUGGGAAAAAAGCCCGACUGGUCUUUAUGUAUCAAAUCCUUUAAUAUAGGGCACAGUCUAGAUGCCAAGAUUUUGGUGAAUAUUUUUCAGUCCACGUUGAUUAAAGAUAUCGGAUGGUAGCUUCCGCAUAUCAUGGGGUCUUUCCCCAGUUUCAGCAGAAUCGUUAUGUGAGCUUCUAGGGCUGCCGAAGGCAGCGAGUGAUUGUUAGUGAGGGAGUUAUAUGCUUGCAGAAAAGGGUCUACUAACACCUCUGCGAAGGUUCUGUAGUAUUUGGCCGUGAAACCGUUCAGUCCAGGGCUGUUGAUUACGGGUACUGUAUUGAUUGUCUGCUCAAAUUCCUCUCUGGUUAUGGGAGUAUCGAGGGUCUGUGCUAAAUGUUGUGGAAUAGUAUGUGGUACUCUAGGAGAAGGGAAAUCUUAUCGUUUGAUGUCUUUUUGAGAGAGAGGCGAAUCCCGUAGAUUAUAUAAAAGUCAGUGUAAAAUUGGUGAUAGGCCUCUAUUGUGUCAGGUAGUGUACGGGAUAACCCUUUAUGUGAGUGAUGGACCAUGACUAUGAACGUGUUUUGGUGACUGUGUUCUAGUGCAUUUGCCAAUAGUCGCCUGCACUUUCCACCCAUGGAGUAGAACGAUUGCUUUGCUAGUAGUUUACAUUUAAUUUGUGCAUUUUAAACUUGUGAUGAACGUUAAUUCAGUCCCCUGAUAAUGUAGCAGCUCCUAUAGGUGGUGAGAGCUUUAUGCACAUGGCAACUGUCCUUUAGUGGUAGGAAGGAGAGUCUGAUCCCGUUGCCAUCCCCGUUGUCGCUUCUGCUGGAUCUGUACAUCUCUUCUUUGUCUUCUACCGUCAUCUCUGCCUUUGUGGUAGUUGAAGGAUCACAGGCAGGGAGGGUGGGCCAUACCAGCCAGUCUAAGGCUUGCUGCAACACUGGUACAUUUAGGAUCGUAUGGAUGGUGUGUAAUGCUCCUUUAUAUGUGGCACUUACGGCAAAAGGAAAGCCCCAUCUGUACUUAAUAUUCCUGUCUCUGAGUUGGUCAGUAAGCGAUCUGAGGGAUCUUCUGGCCUGUAGAGUUAGCCAUGAAAGGUCUGGAUGAAUACUAAUAGGCUUGUUAUGAAAUAGCAGAGGUUGAGAUGAGUGCUGUAGGGCUGCUAAUAUAUCGUCUUUACAUUGGAAGUAAUGCAGCCUGCAGAUUAUGUCUCUAGGCUUAUCUGCCACUAUCCCUUUAGGCUGCAGGGCCCUGUGUGCUCAGUCUAAUAGCACCUGAGAAUCAGGUGGUCUGUUCAAUAUAAGAUUAAAACGUUCUUUCAGAGCCUGUGGUAAGUCUUCUGAGUCUUAUAUCUCUUGAGUCUUGUUCAGGGAGCCCUCUGAUCCUUAGAUUAUUGCACCUCCUUCUGUUAUCUAUGUCAUCUAGGCUGCGUUGGAUGGCUGAGAGGUGAGUAUUUUGGGCUGCCACUGUAUCUUGCAAGGAGUGUAGCUGAGUAUACAUGACAUCCCUGUCAUCCUCUAGGGAGCGCCACCCGGUCACCCAUGUGGCAUAUAUCCGCUCCAAUGGUGUCUAGCAUGGUCUGAAAUGAGGCCAACAUAUUGGCCAGGUCCUGCUUUGAGGACAUAUUCCAUGGUAAGUCCCAUACCUCCAGGUCUGACCCAUGGCUGAUGUCGGAUUCUGCUUGGCUAGAUGGUGGGGAGGCGGUUUGCGGUGAGUUCGGCACCAUAUUGUGGAGUGAUUGGCUCGCAUUCUGAUCCCCAUUAUUGCGGAAAUAUUUAGUCAGUGCACUGGUUUUCCCUGCCGGUGUCUGCAGGAGGUGCCCUGAGACGAGGUGCACCUUUUAAGGUGCCCCUUGGUGCGGAUGAAAGACCAAUUGCUUUGGAUUCCUCACUGUCAGUUGAAGAUCUCUGUUAAUUCAAUCCAGUUGGUGUUUAGCUCUGCCCCCUUUAGUCUUAUUUUAGUUAAUCUGAAUUGUUUUAGUCUAGUUUUAGUCGUCAAAAUCUCAAGUAGAUUUUAGUCAUUGCCGGACUGGGAACAGAAAGCAGCCCUAGAAAUGAAUAAUUCCAGCCCUCUAAUUCAUGGUGUCACAUAGUAUGCUUGUAUUUUUUAUAUGUCUCUGCUUUGGAAGAAUUUUUUCUUACCUGCAGCCCCUCGCUCCAGGUGAUCCAUGGGUGUUACAGUGCUGUAACACCCACCCUCCAAGCCGCCCCCUGUUGUGAUUGGCUCUGCUUGGGGACAAUUCUUUAAGCAGGGCAAUAGCUUUAGAUGUGUGAAUAGAGAAUCAUUCUGAUCUCUCAAGGUCAAUCUCGGAUCUUGGUCCCAAAAUGUUUAUUUAGAACGUUUAUUUUGUAGGAGAGGAAAGUGAGCAUUACAAACAUACAGUUUGAGUUCCCUACUCUUGUUUCACAUCUCAUCGAUGUUAACAGAAUGCAGUGGAAUGCACUACUUAUCAAUAAAGCGUUAUCCUGGUGACUUUUAUAUCUCCUAUACUAAGACAAAGCAUUCUGUUUUGACUUCAAUGCAGAAAUUAGCUAGCAAUUGGGAAUAUUGGAUUUCCCUGCAAUAAUAACCUAAUUUGGUUAGCAUAAAGAAGAACUGAAUUAACUUUAGUAUUUGUGUUACUUACUAAGUCAAUCCCAUUCUGUUUGCCCUAUUUGCAAAUACAAAAGUAAUAAUGGAACUAAUUUUAUUAUCUUUUGUUUAUUUAAUCAUUUUACAUGUUUAGGAAAACUGAGUAUUCAAGAGAAAUGAUCAGUGUACAUAUUCUAUUAAUAUAUCAUUACUAUACCAUGCAAUGUUAAGAGAACAAUAAUACAUUUAUUCAUAAAAUGUAACACUGCCUAUGGUGAAUGGUGCCUGGUACAUACAGUGCCUUAGGAUAUACACAAGCACUACAUCUUCUUGACUAUAAUAUAUAUUACAGCACCUCUGGGCAGAUUUAAUAUUCCCAUAUUAUUACAUUACCCUGCUAAUGCUGUGCAAGAAUAAAAUAUUAAUAAUUAAUAAGAUUUCUUUUGCUUGCCUCCUAUCUUUGAACUUCGCAGUGGGUGUUAAAAUAAAAACGUGUCCAAUAAUAUAUUGAUAUCACGGGGUGCAUGUAUCAAAGCAAGGUCUGCCCAACCUUGUAUAAAUCAUGCAGAAAAGGCACUGGAGAUUGUAUAACAAAUGUGCACGCAGUCAAUUUUAUUCAGGACUAGUCAUGUUAUUGGGUCACUGGGCAACCGUUAUGUUUCAAUGAUGAAAGGAGAAAACAAUAUCCAAGAUAUAUUGCGUAUUGCUCUGUACGUGAUAAACAAGUGCCCAUAAAACACUUCUUUUCCUGCGGGUGCAAAACUGCAUGGAGCCCGAAGUAGCAAAACUUUAGAAAAUCUGAUCUAAUUCUGCAGCUUAGAAGAUUAACCAACAGGGUUCAAAACAGAAAAUGUUGUUAAUUAUUGUCGAAUUGGCAGUCUGAUUGCAUUGCAUUACCACCAUGUAUUACAACAUAUUACAAUAACAAGUCUAUUGCAUAAGGGUCAGAUGUGUCCCUAUUUAGGAGGGACAGUUCUUAUUUUGGGUCUAAAUCUCUACCGUUUUCUCUAGGAGUUCAAUAUUUUUGGUGUGUCUGAGCGCAUAACACUCCUGGUGCUCCUCCUACCUCACCCAGCGCUCUUUUAGUGUCUCUUUCUCUGGCUCUGCUUUUUCCUCCCAACCUCUCUCUGUUGGUGUCCCCCAAGGAUCAGUCUUUGGUCCGCUACUGUUCUCGAUCUAUACUGCCUCGCUUGGUAAACUUAUCAGCACCUUUGGCUUCCAAUAUCACUUCUAUGUGGAUGACACGCAAAUCUAUCUGUCCUCGCAUGAUCUCUCCCCGCCCCUCUUGACUAGUGUGUCUGGUUGUCUCUCUGUUAUUUAUAGCUUCAUUUAAUAGCGAACCUUUCCACCAGGAGGCCAUUUUCAACCAGGCUUGCACUUUGUGACAACGUCAUGUGUGACGGGUAUGCCCCAAAAGGUUAUAUGUCUCUGGACGUCCAAACUCCUACCACCAUGACCACUUCAAUCACGGUGGUUGGCGUAACCUUUUAACAUUUUUCCACUUACUGAGGUAUUAAUGUUUUACAUACACACGUUAUAGCUACUGAAACAUGACACGCAGUAUCGAAGACAGCUACUGAAUGGUUAGAAUGUGCUCCUGACAAACUAAAUCAGUGUAGCAUCAGCAGGUGUUUUCGCUAGAUAAUCUGGAUCUAUCAGAUAGUCCCCUAGCUACAUUUUCACUUCACUUGAGAAACAAGUAGCUCUCUUUUUAUUUCACUUUCAAAAAGUGAUAUUUUGCCUUUUUGCACCUGCAGGGUUUUGGAGCAAAACACUUGAGAUCUAUACAGUUCUUUUUCCUAGUGCCACCUCUGUUGCUUGUGUUGCGUUCAUAAUUUAUCAUGCUUUGCUAGACCUUGAGUAGGUGAACAGCUGUUAGUCCCUGUGACCUGUGGGGGAAAAUGAGAAAAGAGUGAUUUUAGCAAGAUACAUUGUUUUGUUUUUUUAACCUUAAUAAUUAUAGGUAAAGUUGUGCAUUAUAAAGGUAAACUGUACGUCCACAUCCCAUUACUUUACUGUUUGUCUAUGCAACUUUUUCAGACACACUUGAUCAGCAAUUUGUGCAAUUUUUCCCCCCCAACAUUGCAGUCAUGGCGCUAGCCACUAAGCUUGUUCCACUACGACUUUAAAACUUUACCUAAACAGAUUUUUGUUCUGUCAUAGAUUCUGUUUUAAUAUCCGAGAGUGAAUUUUUUUUUUGUUUGAUUUCUUGGUAUUUGGCCAAGUUGGUCUUCAGUUAUUCUGUCCUCCUUUAAUCCUUGAACUUGACUUGUAUUAAUUACAUUCCAUUGAUCUCGGUGUGUUCUUGUUCAAUAUUCCUCUCCCUGUUUUAAAGGCUGUUUCACCCAUCUUGGCAGUCUGUUCAAUACAGGCAUUUUAAGAACCGAUAAUACGCAUCUGUCUGGUCUCCUCCUUGGAUAGGGCUGAUCUAAGUUAUCAUGUAAGGGUCAUAAUACGAUCCUCCUUACAUUGGGUGAUCAGACUCUGGAGACAUUCAAAGGGAAAGUUUUUAUAUAUAUAUAUAUAUUUUUUUUUUUUUUUAAAUCAUCUUUACUAUUAUUAUUCAUCAAAACUGCAAUAUAUGUUACUAAGUUGUAUUUUCAACUGGAAUGCUACAAAAAGAAUUACAAAGUGAAAAUAAAAAUGAAAGGUGACAAUGUAUUAUAUAAUCAUUUUGUGGUGGAAACCUCCUACAUAAACAUAAUGUCUUAUGUGAAAGUAAACUAUAUUCCUAAUUCUCAUAAUUAAAUCUUUGCUUUGACCAUGGAAAAUAUGUAAUCUAGACAGCAAUAGGAAUACAUUAAAGCAGUGUAUGAAUACACAUUCUUUGACACAUUGGAGAGGAUUGCAGAGUUUGAUAAGGGUAUUAUGUCAAUACAGGGCCGGCCCAAGACAUUGUGCUCCACCGGGGGUGGUUCCUCUGAUAGUGUCCCCACUACCUGGCUGAUUGUUUCCCAGAAUGGUGUGAUCAGUCUGCAUGUCCACCAUAUGUGAAGGAAUGUGCCCCUUUCAUUUCCACAACGCCAACAGAUGUCGGGUACUUCAAGGUCUCUUCUGUGUAAUGUGGACAGAGUCAGGUACCAUCUCGUAAAGAUUUUGAAGGAGUUCUCAUGUACUUGCACAGAUGUCAGUGUCUUCUGUAUGAGGACAAACAUCUUGUCCCAGUCUGCCACUGUGAAUGUCUGCUCUAGGUCCUCCUCUCAACUUCUCAUGCAGGGCGGUGGUAAUAAGUAGCGGUUCACCACUAGCAUAUUGUAUAUUAUGGAGACGCUUUUAGGGGUCAUAGUGUCCCGUACUUGAAGUUCGUUAAUUCCUUGAUGAUACACGGUCUUUGUGGAAUAGAAUGGAUGUAUCUUAUUAUCUGCAGCCUCCCCGUGGAGUGGAGUAGGAUGUGAGUCAUGUCAGGGAAUAGUUUGGCCAUCAUUCGGACAGUUCCACCCUGUCCCAAGACGUCCUUCACUCUGGGGGCAGUGGCUCCUCCCAGCUUUCCUCCCAUGGCGCCCUGCAUUCACGCCGGGAAGUCCAGGUUGUCCCGUAGAGGGAGAAGGGGACUUGGCUAUGUCGUCAGGUAAUGUUUCGGCCCGUAUCUGUGCCAUAGGGUCAGUGUCACGUUGACGAACAGGUUCUGUGCAGCUACCCCACUGCCUCCUUUCCCGUUUAUCCAUGGCAGGGCUCUGAGGUCGGUUCGUGUGCAUAUUGCCCCACCCCGUCCUAUAGAUGAGCUGGCCCUGUGUCAAUAUAUGUAGUAGGGACCUUAAAAUUUACUUGGGCUGAAGUCCCUGGCCUUUUUGUCACUUAGCAACACUCGAAUCUAAGUCAAUUCUAUGUUUGUUCUUAUAUCUCUGGAGCUAGAUAAAAGGCCAGUAUUGCUUAAAAAUAUAAAUAUUCAGUGGUAAAAUAGAUACUUAUGUAAUUGUUAAACAUUUACAUUUUUUUUUUUAAUAUACUGCGUUGUCCUUCUAAGGUUUCUUCUUGUUGAGCCCUUUGUGUCUUUUUCUAGAGCCCAGAACAUGACCUUUCUACAAUGCAUAGUAUUAUGAUCUGUUAUGUUUGUAUCCUGCUAACAGAUACCAUCUUUUUUAUAUAUAUUAUACUUGACAGGCAAUUGUACAUUUUAAUGAUCCAAACCUAUCCGUGUACGAGUCACCUUCACAGGACUGACUCAGAUAGGAAAACAAGAUUCAUGGUGAUUAGUGAUCUGUAAAAUCGAUCCAAUAACAAUAUACUACUUCUAGUGCUGUCAGGAAGUUAACAGAUUCCAUACCACCGACCCAUUUCUCUUACACCAACCAUAUUAUUCUACUUACGGCAUUAUUGGAUUUAACAUUCUGAAUGGUUUCACACUUACAAUGAUUGUGCGGAAAGUGCCGUGCUUAUUCUAGCUUUCAUGAAGUUGUUUAGAUGUAUGGCCGGGGACAUCGGCAAACGUACACAUAAAUAGAACUGAGAAAUAAAACCGAAAUGGAAAACAAAGCAGAGUGCCACACUGAUAUGAAGUCUGUGCUACAGAUCAGUAAGAAAAAUUCAGGAAAAAAAACAAACGAUGAUGUGAUUAGAAAAAAUGAAAUUGUGUUUGUCUUAUUUAAAAAAGUGGAUCUAUUUACUACACAUUUAAAGUAUCAUUCGCAGUGAGAGUCCAAUGGUAUAGUGCCUUUCCCUUGGGUUCUGGAAAUGAUUGAUUUUCACAUCAGACACUCAUGAAGUCUUCAUUUUGCUGGGAAUCAAUGUUAAGACAGAAUGCAAAAAAAAGUGUCCCACAAAAACACGAUGGUGAUACAUCAGAAAUGAGCCGCUACCAAUAUUUAUGUGGAGCUUAUGAAAAUAAACCGAAUCACAAACCAACCAGAAUGUGCAAUGUACAUCAUAUUUGUUUUGCUUAAAGGUUCUAAAUUUCACUUGUUGUGCAAAAAAGAGAUAACUGAUGGGGGGAGAGAGGUUAAGGAUAGUAAUGAGACUGAACCGAGCUGAACCAGCAUAUGGCUGAAAUUCAUGUGUCCUGAAAUUUUGUUUUCUAUUUUCAGGAAAAAUGUCUCAGCCAAGCUGAAUUUUCCCACCAUGGCCAAGUCUAAUAUUAAGUAAUUACAUUUGCCAUAGCUUUAAUUAACUCUUCAUCAGGAUGGUUUGCACUUUAACCAACUGCCAGCCACUAUAACCACUAUAGCACACUAUAGUCUUUAUGGUGCCGGGAUACCUCUGCCAUCAGACCAUGGUAGGUAGUCUAACAGUUUGAUACUUACCUGGCAAUUCCCACGCGCCUAUGGUCCGGGCCUGUCUUCAGAUAUGUCUAAAACAGAACUCUCUACUUCCACGAAGUGACAUAAAUUCUGCAUUUCUGGAUUCAUUGUCUGAGAAAAUCAACUAACUACAUACCGUGGGAUUGUGCUAGGACACUACUAGCACUAUAACCACGACAGCACAUGUCUUUAAUUGAUCUCCCACAGCUGUUAAAAGUAAUAAAAGACAUAAAAAAAAUACAACACAAGCAACAACAAACACCUAAUUCAGCUGAAAUGGGGAGUUAAGAUAAGAAUACAAAGACAACGUUCUGAAACUCUGCUGUCGUAGAACAAAAAGACCAUGACCACAAACCCAUAUCUUGCAACAUAUUCUUUAGAGAACAUAACUUAAACUGUUUAUUCUUACUUUCAUGCUCGGUGAAUAUGAGCAUUUAAUAGGCUCCGCAUAGCUUUGUAAAUUGCUAAGUGAUGCCUAAGUUCUGAAGCUAAAUGUCUGCACUGACAUAGAAGUAAAUGAUCCCUUGAAGCACGGCAGGUAUUACAAGCACAUUGAUUGCUGCAGGGCAUAGUUAAAUUUGGACUACUGCCUUUUAACCGCAGUACUGCAAGAAAUUAGAUCUACAUGGCCUGUGAAGUUGGACUUGGGUUUUAAAGACUAAUAUUGUUAGGCAAUUUCUGUUAAAGCGUGGCACCCAUCACUUCCUUUAAGAACAUCUAUAAUAAGUGAGUCGCAUCAAGAGAGUUAUAGUGUCUCUAUUGAAAAUUCUCAAAUAGGAAAAGAAACAAAUGGAAAUAGGGAAUUUAAAACCUCACUCUACUGUCUAACAGGCCCCCAGUAAAAGCCAAUGUAAGGGUAAAAAGAAGAAUAGUAACUAGAUACAUUCUAGUAAAAAGCCAGGAGUGAUGUAAACGAAUAUAGUAAAUAGGAGACAAUAAAUUGUGUAUACAAACUUGGAGACAAUAUGUACAAAUUGAAAAGACUGCAAAUAAGGUACAAAAAGGGUGCAAAAAAUGAAACGUGAAUGGAAUGAAUGAAUGACUUGAGCUAUGCUAUAAAAUAUGCAAUCUUAGUCCUGGAUAAAUAAAUGAAUGAAAAGAAGUAUCAGCUCUUUGAUACUUGAAUAAUGGUACAAUGUAUCUAAAAUAAGUGUCUGCCUGAGUCAGAAACUCUCAACUAAAGACCCAGAUGGGAUUGCUCUGUAACCAGGAUAAAAUGUUACAGUACUGGCAGAUAAUAUUCACAGAAAAUUAUAGGAAUCUUUACACUAAUAGACCAUUGUAAUAGAUCUAAAGUGACUGGAUCCUCACAUCGAUCUUAACUAAAAGGCCAUAGUGCUCACUGUAAAGCACUAAGGAUUAAAAACACUCACAUUUGUGAAGUAAGAGUCAGGCAUAUAAGAAACACGCAGGCUGGAAUCUUGAAGUGGAUCUACAGCUUCAUCACUCUGGCUGACUCGGAGACAAGUACAGAUGGAGACCUUGUUCGAGGUGUCACGUGCGUUCCACUGCUCUCUCCUUCUGCGUUCCACUGUAACCCGGUAACGGAAUGUUUUUUGCGACAGAGGCUUUACUGCAUCUCUAUGAAGAGGUUUGCUGAUUGGCCAAGCCCGCAUUUGGUGCCGCCCCCAUCCCACCCCUUGCCAAUGUCAGCCAAUCCAAUGCUUUCCCAUAGGGCUGAAAUCAUACAUUUUGAUGUCAGGAAGGAGAUGGAGUGGAGGUGGGGCCAGCGCCAGCAGACCCGCAUGGUGGUGGAAAUAAGGUAAGUUUUAUACCUUCUUAAAGAGACUAUGGGGGGGGUAAACUAAAUUAUAGUUUUAACACUAUAGGGUCAGAAAUACAUAUUUGUGUUCCUGACCCCAUAGUGUUCCUUUAAGGCAAAUAGGUGCUAUUUUUGGUGCUAACUGAUUGGUUUCCAUAAUAAUUGCUCCUUCUUUAGCACUUUAACCCAGAAUAGCCCUUUCUGCACCGUGUUAAAUCUCUCCUUUGUUCUAAAAUUCCCUUUUUUUUAAAUUCAUGUUUAUGAUUGUUACAGAAUCAUUGCUCACAAUUCACAUAUAAAUGUAAAACUGUGUAUGUAUAUAUAUUUGUAUAUAUAUAUAUAUAUAUAUAUAGAGAGAGAGAGAGAGAGAGAGAGAGAGAGAGAGGGAAAGUAAACUGUAGUGGUUCUGGUGACUAUAGUGUCCUUUUAAGUACAUAAUUUUUUUUUUUUUAACCAGGUGAAAAUGUGGGUUAGUGAAAUCAGAGACAUGUAUAUUAGUAACUGAGCAUCAGGAAAAGGCUGAACUUCAAGACGUAGCAAAGAAGAACUUAUUCCAGAAUGUGAUUGGAUAACACAGUACAAUUACAGUCCUUCCACCCUUCCCAAUGUCAUCGGGACAGUUCUUUAUUUUUGGCACUGCCACGCCAUUCAUGAUUUAGUUCCCUGAUGUCCCACUUUUGGAGACACCGGGGAACUGUCCCCAACAGGUAAACCAUGAGUACAUCAAUAAACUCGCUCACACUAUAUUCAGAUCUUAUGAUCUCCCUGCUGGACAGUGCAUUAUGUGGUGCCCGGAUUAGGGUAUGCCUUGGCACAUGUGGCCCACCCUGUGCAUCAAAUCCAAUGCUCUAUAUAGAGGAGCAUUGGGGACCUGAUGCACAUGCGCGGCAAACGAGCUGAAGUGGCCCACGUGACUUUAGUGAUCCUUUAAGUACUAGUGCAGUCUGCAGUGCAUGGCUACAUUCAUUGACAACUGGAAAAGUUAAUUUCAAAAUUAGCAUUACAGUCCAGUUACCUAUUACACCCUCAAGGCAACCACAUUUUGUUGAGAUAGAAAAGUUGCAUGCAAUUAAUUUGUUAAUAAUAUUACAUUUUUACUUGUACUUUUUCUCUUGCAAAACUGGGAGAAUAUUCGCUUUAUUAACCAACGGGAAGCCAAAAUUCUAUAAUUAAAUAUCUUUUUAUCAUGGGCACAAAUGGCUCAUUGUUAAAAUAUCUUCCCAAUCCUUUGAUAUCAUUUAUUUAUUAAAGCUAUGUGUUCAGUAACACAACUAAAGGGUUACUGGUUUUUGUGAUUUUUUUUUUUUUUUAUUAUGUGUAGAGCUUACACAUAUCAUACGCGGGCGGAAUGGUUAUUAGGAAGAUUUCAGCUUGGCUGCCUGAGCUGAACCUGUUGCAAGGAUAAAUAGGAAGAUGGAGCUUCGGAGAUUGUCAGCACAUUUAUCAUCUCGUAGCAUCAUACUUCUAAGUGUUAUGAAAAUAUGACUAAUUUCCCGGAGGUGACAAGACAAUUUGUGUCAUUUUGUAGCUUCUGGAGCUCUGUAAUUGAGGCUAGCCCUAGGACUGAAAUUGUUCAUUAUCUGCAGCUGAUAAUUACUGGGAAGAUGUUUUGAUCUAUUUUACCAGUGAUUAAAGAAUUGUAGUUGUUUCUGAGCUGUCACUGCGAGUUCCGGUUGUUACAUUUGUGUAGUGACCGUGCUGUGCGCAGAAUUGCUUCUGGCAAGUCUUUGUGCCAAUAUGGCUUAAUAAAUAUGUACGUAAAAGGCAAUACAAAGGGGGGGAAUUGGCAUUGUGCUGUGAAAAAAAAAAUUUCUGCAUAUAAUCCUGCCUAUUCAUCAGCUGGCAAAUGGGGUUCAAUAUUUUUGCUCUGGUUUUAUUUCUUAAUAAAUAUACAUGUAGGGUUAUUCUCUAAACCUGUAACUGAUCUGGAAAUUACAAAUUUUAGGUAAAAAUAGCUCAUCUGGAGAAUUUUUCCAGUUUGAUUACUUGGUGUAAAAUUUUAUCUACUUUUCCAUGUCAAUUCUCCACAAUUGUGAACCAUUUCAUGCAUGUACAUACGCUGGUCAUAAGGUAUUCUAAAUAAAUGUAUGCUACGUUUUAUGCUAUUUUAUGGUCUUUGUUUGGUGAAGAUUUUGUUUGAGGGAAGAUUUCCAGUAUUUAGCCUCCUCUAGAUGCAAAGCAAAUUAGGUAUUAGAAGGAUGCUUAAGAUCAUCUUAAUGGUUAUUCUGACACAACAAUGUGAAAACUAAGGAAAUUGAAUAUAAAACCAAAAUCGCUAAUCUUGGCAAAAAUUAUAAUUUACGUGCUAAUUAGGGGAUUUUAAAUAGCCUUGUAAGAUUUAAAACUUUUUUUUCUUUUCACCUCACGUGCAUAAGACAUAACAAUAUGCCAUGUAGCGAAGAGUCACGCUGUACAUAAUUAAUAUUUAGACCCAUCCCUAAAAGCCCAAAAACACAAUAUAUUAUUUUACCAUUUACUUUUCAUUUUAGUUUAAACCUGCCCAGUAACAAAGAAAAAAUAAAUCAUAAACAGAGUGGGUUACCGCUCCGAAAAAUAAUUGUUCAAUUAAUGACCAGUUGUCAUGUGUCAUUCCCUCUCCCCACUGCUGUGCUUUAAAUCUACAAUAAGCACAGUUACUUGCGCACGUGCUGGUGUGGCCCCAUUUAUGUAGGAAUCAUUACUGCACUGCAACAGAUAUUUAGGGGCACAGACCCUUCUUUAGUGAAAUAAUGUCUGGUUUUGAACACUAAUGCCCUCUCUCUAUAUAUCUAUAGGGUGACAAUCCACGUUACACUUGUGCUGAGUGUCUGUACUUUUUCUGGACUUAUUUGCCCAUUAACAAACUUACUUAGUAACAUGUUAUUUUCAUUUUCAUGUUUUAUGCACAAUAUUUUCCCAUUCUUCUUUGCAUACUUACUGGAACCAUUGGUCCAUUUCUAAGUGUCACACACAUUCACAAGAGGGAACCACACUGAUAAAUGUCACUGCUAUUUAAGCUUGUUUGAAACUCGUCCACAUGUGAGUGAUAUCACUUAUGUUCCCACAAAUAUACUACACUAUAUUUUUCCUUUUUUUAUUCUUUGCAUGUACCUAUUGAGAAGUCCACUGGAUUAAAAAAAAUACUUUUUUUAUUCUUUAUUUAUCAAAAGAGUUCAAUAGUAAGCAUAACAUUCAGCCAAUGACAGCGACAGAUUUAUAACGCAAUGAGUAUAUUAUAACAGAAAAACCAAGCAAAUAUCAAAUCAGCCCAAUCGGUGGUCAGGACUAAGCUACCACUUGACCUCUAAAACUGUUGUAUAAGGAAGAGAACAGAGAAGAGAAGAAGGAGGAGGAGAGGAUGAGAAAAGAAAAGAAGGGAAUAAAUAGUGUCCUGUCGCACACUACCCCCAAUCCACAACCUAACUAACCUCCUAAAUCCUAUUAGACAUAUAAUCUCUCCAUGGGUCCCAAACCUUGGAGAACCUAAAACCCUUUUGGCUGCCAGUGAAAUUAAGUUUGGUAGUUUUUGAGUGUGCUUAGACAUUCCGUCAACUGGACGUGAAAGUAGGAAUACUAAGACAGAGAGUUCAACAGGCCUUUAGAGGACCCGCACAGCAAGGUCUCUAAAAAUUGGACUUUUUAGUUCUUACUUUGCAAGAUAUAUUUGACAGUGUGAUAUUUCUUCUGUUUUUACUAGGCGCAACCUGUCUCUGACAUUCUGUACAGUGUAUCUGUCUUUGCAUAUUCUGAGUGCUGCUGGUAUGUAACCAUUCAUUUAAAGGCAUUAAAUACAUUUCUGAUGUUGAAGCAAGUCUGUCACCCCUGAUAGAAUCUUUAUGAAAUACUUAUAAAUACUGUGUUGGAAUUUUAAUAACAUUACGACAGAGUGAAAAGAUAUCAUAAGAUAAAGUAGGGACUACUUUGUCUUACAGAAAUUGACUAAGCGUGAAAAAAUGCUGAGCUACUGCCGUCAGUUUAAUAACAUCCCACAACCAUCUGGGAUUAAGGCAUUGUUUUCUCUUAUCAAAUGGCUAUAUCUGUGGAGGCUCCUGCUGUCUUGUGGGAUCUUCCACGACAUACAUCGCCCAUGUGCAAGAGUACAGCACUGGUGUGGGCACCUGGUGGAUGAAGCGCCACAAGCUGAAGAUCGAAGAUGGUGGCGCCUUCGAAAGACAGCACCAGGAAAAUAUAAUUCAUCACUGUUGCACCCCCAGGCCAACGCAACUCAAAAUAUGCAAAGACCCCAGAAGGUGACAGAGCCUCUUUAAAAUGUGUGUUCAUAUUUCCACACAAGGGUGACAUCAGAAAAAAAAAUCUGUUCUUUUUCUGUGACAAUUUUGCAUUCCAGCAAGUGUCAGAGUAAGAUUGAAUCUAUCUGCCUCAAGGCAUUGUGCAUGGUAUGUAAAUUAAAUUAAACAUCUGGGAGAAUCUUUGUUUGGAUAAGUAUGUUGUUUUAAUAUGUACUCACAGUUGGUAGGGAAUUUUCAAGAUGAGCAAGACUGUAAAAAGUUUAACUUCGUAGUCACUUCUUUUCUCAUUUCUUUUGAAGAAAGCCAGUUUCUAAAUCUAAUUUGUUUACCAUCAUACAGAACUACAGUGGUGUGCAAAUAAAUUCGGACAAGCUCGUGUUCUCACAGAAUUUUAAGUUGGUUGAUAGAGAUGUCGCGAACUGUUCGCGAACUGUCCGCCGGCGAACAAUAGCGUGUUCGCAUUGGGCGAACAUAUCCGAUUUCCGGUCCGCCCCCUAUACAUCAUCAUUGAGUAAACUUUGACCCGGAACCUCACAGCCAGCAGACGCAUUCCACCCAAUCAGCAGCAGACCCUCCCUCCCAGGAAGUGUCUGCUGACUGUGAGGUUCCGGGUCAAAGUUUACUCAAUGAUGAUGUAUAGGGGGCGGACCGGAAAUCGGAUAUGUUCGCCCAACGCGAACACGCUAUUGUUCGCCGGCGGACAGUUUGCGAACAGUUCGGCGGACAGUUCGCGACAUCUCUAUUGGUUGACAGCUGUUAACUGGCUUGAACCACUUCUAUAUGCCUUGAUCGGUUGUGGGAGAUACAUUUAUGAUCUCCAUUCAUGCAGGUUAAUUUGAUGCUUUUAGCACCAUAUUUAUUAAAACAUAUUGACUAUAGGCAACAUAAUUGAUUUUUGGCUGUUUUUAUGUUUUGGAAGUUUUUUUUUCAUACUGUUUUGGAUUGACAUGACAAAAAUUGGGGAUAUCCCUUUACCUAUAGCCUGUAUAGUCUUUUCGGCCACACUGAUAAUGUGGAUACUAAACUUUGAAAGUGUGAAUCAAUGUAGCUUGGGUUGAGAAAAAUUGGGAUAGAUCUAGCUUUUUGAUAUGUUACUUUUUAGCAUACAGUUAUCUUGUUCGUAUGAUGACUAGGUCCAUGGUAAAGGUAACGAUCUUAUUUCUACAUUCCAUCUCAGAAUCUUUAGUGACAGCAUCAACUUACUGGGAAUUGGGAAAUACAUUUUUUUUUAAAGAACAACAAUCUGAAAAAAAAAAAAAUAUUUUGAAAUCUGUCAUACUAUCUUAAGGGCCAUUCAGCAGAUGGCUUUGUGGUUGCACAUUUAACAGAUACAAAUUCUUUCAAACCAUUCCAGGGCACAGCUUGCAAGAAAUGAAGCAGAUUCCUCCUGAGGUCAUAAAAUCCCAUUUUUAUUAAAGUCUCUGAUCAAACAUAAAUUCUAAGUGUUGAUAGGAGUUGACUCAAUCGAGCAAUAUUAAUAGAUAAUACACCAUGUAUAAUGGGAAUUAUGUGGUUUCAGAACUGCAGUGGCGCAUAUUACAAGAAAACAAAAUCAAGCAUCACGAUACCUAUUUUAUGGUAGACAAAAAAAUGUAAACAUGAUACUUUGUGUAGUUGACCCAUUUGGGUAUAUUCAUUAAAUACAGUCAGUGUUAUUAGCUAAAGUAGGAAUCGUUGAUAAUUCAAAGUGAAUUAACAAUUUUUGACUUAUGUACUCUCAUCUUGACUACUUUUGGUGUCUCACGUGAUUUGUAGAUUGGUAAUUUUUCUGACAGCCUCCAGGUGAACUCAAGAUAAGCAAGAAUGUGAAUUUAUAUGUCCCGGAAAUGUUUGAUAUCUCAUAUAAAUGUAUUAUCCCCCUUGCUGGCAACCGCCUUGUUGGAAAAAUGCUGCAAACCUCCUUGGUAGACUUCUGUUGACUGGAUGUAGUGUUUUAGAUACCAACUAAGCCUCACGGGGAACUGACAAAAGCUGACAAAACAUACUAUUUUUCAUAGACUGGUAUGACCUUCAUAGGAUUCCAGUGUCAUUGACACAAUAGCCUCGAUUUAAUAUUGUUGGUCACAUUUCAAAUUGAUUUAAUAUUUUUGGCUAAACUUUUAAAAUUAUGUAAUUAUGACAAAUAUUUAAAUGUUGUAAUAUUUUGAUAUUUAUAUAUUUUAUAAAUAUAUAUAUUUUCUGAUAUUUUAAUUGUUGGGAAAAAACAAUUGUUAAAGUUUGUCCAAAAAUAUUAAAUAAUUUGGAAAUCUUAUAAAAAAAAAUUUUUUUAAAUUAGAUCGAGCCCUAUGACCGUGCGGCUACUGAGAGGGAUCAAGGGUUAUAGGUAGAGCAGUGUUUCCCUGUUUACUUUGCAUAUAGGAAUUAUUUCCCAGUCACAGGCUUCAACUAGAAAUCUUCCAAUGUUCACCAUGGUGUAGCUUUCUUACAGGGAAUCAUUUCAUGCAAUGAGUUCCAUUUGAAUGGUGAGUUCCACACACGUGUGUACAGUCUAUAAUCCUUCUUCAUGAGAAGCUACUGCAUAGUGCAGAUUAUUCUGUAUGUGCAACAUUUUCAGCUGCACAUAUAGGUUCCUUCCAUCAUGACUAUUUCAAAUUACUGAAGUGGUCAUGGUGGUUGGAGUAACCCAUUAAAGGAAAACAGCAUCCUGUAGUGGUUAUGGUGCUGAGUGCCCUGGUGCAAGCCCCUCCAUUGUAAGCUAUUUAACUGUUUUAGAAGUUACAAUAAAAAAAACAGGCACAACUCACACCAUAUCCACUGGUAAGCAUUAAAAAUGGUGGUUGGAAGUGCUACAUGUUUUAUAAAUGUAAUUAAAAUGUAUGUAUUUAUUGGGUGUAAAUUACGGAGAUGCUUGUUUUUAGUCACUUAGCAGCAUUCACCCUUACAAUAUGUAUUUUAGUUUUUUACCCUAUGAGAGAUGUACUAAAAUCUUUAAAACCACUUAACAGACCACUCUCGAUGACAUUGGCCUUCACGUGUGAGAGAUGCACUAAAAUCUUUAGAACCACUUAGCAGACCACUCUUGAUGAUAUUGGCCUUUGAAGUAUCAAGUCUAAGAGAUAGAAAAUUCCAUUGCACAGCUUGCUACGAAUGAACAAGAUUUCUCUAGAGGUCAAUGAAUCUUCUAUUUUAUUAAAUUCACUGAUUAAACAAAAACUAUAAGUGUUGGCAGAAGCGUGCUGAAGUGAGCAGAAAGUGAUAAGUGCAUUACUUACAGUGCGUUCUGUAGAGCGCCAAAUAUUAUAAUUUUUUUUAUUGAAUUUGACAAUUUUUAUUAGUUUUGUUAAUACAAAACAAGUAUACCAACCCAAUAAUAAUAUCUCGAUAUUUCAAAAUACAGCAUCCACAGCUAAACAGUAAUUAGAAUUGCAGUAUACAUUUAGUACAAUAUGUUAAUCAUUAAACAGCACUGUUGUGUUAUAAAGGAAUUCAUUCAAUUCUGUAACAAAUCUCCUGCAGGGCCAGAACAAUCGAUGAUUAAGUUUAGUUAAAUGUGGGGGAGAAGGAGAAGAUAUGAGACACACAUAAGACAUCACAAUCAGUGUUAUUCGCAAAAAUGAGGAUUAUUAAAAAUUGUUAAAGUGAAUUGAAAGGGAAUUUCAAAUGUAAGGUCAAAGUAACUUUUUUCCCCCCUAUUUUCUGACGUGUUCUGUUUCUUUACCCUCUUUGACAGUUGCCUUCUCAGGCCUGGGUUUCACAUCCUUCUACUUAGCGGGGAAGCUGCACUGCUUUACUGAGAUUGGACAAGGGAAGAGCUGGCGACUCUGUGCUGCGAUCCUUCCUCUGUACUGCGCAAUGAUGAUUGCUCUCUCCCGAAUGUGUGAUUAUAAACAUCACUGGCAAGGUAAGCGUUGAGCAUUGGUGGGUAGAGGAGAAAUAUUGAUACAUCUGGGAAAAGCAGGUGAGAAACAAAAAAAAGAGGAAGAUGAAGUCAAACAGUUGUGACCAUUCAUGACAUCAGACAUUUCUGUUUAUCCAGAAAUUAAUUAUUUGGAAGUGUGGCAUUAUUUCUACAAGAGUAUUUACGUAUUUACUAAUUGGCCAAGUUGAUACAUUGCAAUCAGGAGGCUUUAAGUUUUGUUUUUUAAAUAGUUAUAUUUGAUCUAGGUAUUCCCUACCUUUUAGCUGUCAGUCUGGCGUAUCAUGAUGUCCUACUUGCCCCAGUGGGAUGACAUCUGACACCAGCCUUCAGUCAGUCACUAUCAGCG